AUGACGACACAGGCGCCAACGUUCACGCAGCCGCUUCAGAGCGUGGUGGCACUUGAGGGUAGUGCCGCCACCUUCGAAGCGCAAGUGAAUGGUUCUCCAGUUCCUGAGGUGAGCUGGUUCCGUGACGGCCAGGUUCUCUCCGCUGCUGCUUUGCCCGGCGUUCAGAUCUCGUUCAGCGACGGCCACGCUGUUCUGAGGAUCCCCGCCGUGACCGCCACGCACAGCGGGAGAUUUUCCGUCCGAGCGACCAACGGAGCUGGACAAGCCACCAGCACCGCCGAACUGGUAGUGACAGCGGAGACAGCGCCUCCCAGUUUCCUGCAGAGACUUCAGAGCGCCACAGUGAGACAGGGGAGUCAGGUGAGACUCAGUGUCCGAGUCACCGGCAUCCCGGCACCGACGGUCAAGUUCUACCGAGAGGGAGCUGAGAUCCAGAGCUCGGCCGACUUCCAGAUCCUCCAGGAAGGAGACCAGUACAGUCUGAUCAUUGCUGAGGCUUUCCCGGAGGAUUCUGGGACGUAUUCCGUGACCACGAGCAACAGCAGCGGUCGAGCCACGUCUACGGCUGAGCUGCUGGUUCAAGGCGAGGAAGCUGUGCCAGCCAAGAAAACAAAGAUGGUGGUUUCCAGCUCACAGACUCAUCAGACAAGAACAGAACAGGUAGACACGAUGAUCCAAUCUGGCAUGAUGGAGGAUGAUUUCCACACCAUGGAGAUGCAAGUGGAGGCUGCUGAGCUGACGGACUUACUGUCUCACAAAACCCCACCCAGAGUAGCUCCCAGACCCGCGUCCUUGUCCCCGACCCAGUCGUCGUUGGUCACCCGGGUGACCGGAGGGCGGCAGCAGUCGCCGUCACCUGUGAGACACGUGAAAGCGCCGUUGACCACGCCAGUCGGGUAAGUCGGUGGUGAGGGGUGAAGUCGUCAGAAACUACCUCUCACGUCACAUCCCUUCUUCAGGGCCAGCACGUCUCCGGUCAGCACACGCAAGCAGGCUGGCUCCGGUUCUGAUGUCCUCCCACCCUGGAAGCAAAUGGGCUACCUGAGUGAGGAGCAGCAGAUCAUCUGCAUGACACAGGCUGGGGGAGAGAAAAGGUCUGGGGCGGUGGCCACGGUGCUGGCUGCCGUAGAUCUGGCUCGUGUUCGUCAACCCGUGCAUGAAGAGGGCGGGCCAGGGCAGGGAAGCGACUGGGCUUCCGAAGAAGAGUUGACGUCGCAGGCCGAGACUGGCUGGACAACAACUCAGGAAGUUCUUCUUGACAACACCGUUGCUCAGGUGGUGGAAGAAGCUGCUGCAACUCCUGCCAACGACGACGUAGUUCCGGCCACUUUUGUUUUUGAUUUGAAGGACACAAAUGUGACCGAAGGCGAGGCAGUGACCCUGGAGUGCCAGAUCUAUGGUCAGCCAGUUCCUGUCAUCUCCUGGUUCAGAGAAGACUACAAGAUCGACAGCUCCAUCGAUUUCCAGAUCACCUGUGAGAAUGGAUUCGCCCGCUUGAUGAUUCGUGAGGCAUUUGCUGAGGACAGCGGGCGCUUCACCUGCACCGCCACUAAUGAGGCUGGAACCAGUAGCUCUUCCUGCUACCUUCUUGUCCAGGUGUCUGAGGACAUCGAGAGCCGAGAGGAGGUUGCCGAGGAACUUGAAGAGAAACUGUGAGUUGAUCGUCAGAACUCAGAGUCCUCCACUGUUGCUGCCCCUUUCUUUGUUAGGACUCCCAGCUCACAGAAGCUGGUAGAGGGCGAAAGUGUAAUCUUUGAAUGCCAAAUCGGGGGAAACCCCACACCACACAUUAUCUGGAAGAAGAAUGGCAUUCCACUCACGACCGGAUACAGAUACAAAGCUGCCUACCAGAAGGAGACCGGACAGUGUCUACUAGAGAUCUCUAUGGCUUUUUCUGAUGAUGCUGGAGAAUACUCAGUCUUUGCCAGAAACCAGCUGGGAGAGGUGUCUGCCACCACCAGCCUGCUGGAAGAAGAUGAAUAUGAAGUCUAUGUGAAGAAACAGGAGGCGAUGUUCAAGACAGACGUAGAAGUCACAGUGGAGGAACCCAGAGUUGGAGACGUUCCUCCCACCAUGAUGACAUCUGAGAAGAUGACCACCACUUUUAUCUCUGGACAGGAUUUUCACCUCUCUAUCUUGGAGCAGCGUCUUAUCCAGGAGAUUGAGCUCCACAUCCAGAGAAUUAGCUACAGAGAACUGGUUACAGAAGACGGAGAACUGAUGGGGACAGCCACAGACGAGGAAGCAAUGCAUCCUACCUUUGACACGGCAGUUAAAAAUUACCGAAUCAUGGAAGGAAUGGGUGUCACUUUCCAUUGCAAGAUGGCUGGAAUGCCACUACCUAAGAUUGCUUGGUACAAAGAUGGUCAGCGUAUCCACCCUGGUGGACGAUACCAGGUGGAGGUUCUUCAGGACGGACGUUCCAGCCUGCGUCUGCCAGUGGUUUUACCAGAGGACGAGGGUGUGUACACCGUCUGCGGUGCCAAUAUGAAGGGAAAUGCGGUCAGCUCUGGGAAGCUGUAUGUGGAGCCUUCAGGAACAGUGUCACCUCAGAGAUACACGCCACAGCCAGCCAUGCAGAGGAUCCGGUCUACAUCUCCACGCUCUCUGAGCCGCUCACCAAGCCAUUCUCCCGGACGCUCUCCUGCCCGACGGCUUGACGACACAAACGAAGCUCAACUGGAGAGGCUCUACAAGCCUGUCUUUGUUGUCAAGCCAGUCUCAAAUAAAUGCUCCGAGGGGCAAACUGCCAGAUUUGACCUGAAGGUUGUAGGCAGACCCAUGCCUGAAACAUACUGGUUCCGCAAUGGACAACAAGUUCUCAGUGACUUCACUCACAAGAUUGUGAUUAAAGAGGACGGUACUCAGUCUUUGAUCAUCGUCCCAACUAUGCCACAGGACUCCGGCGAGUGGACAGUAGUGGCUCAGAACAGAGCUGGACGCUCAUCAAUUUCUAUCACUCUCACCGUUGAUGCAAAAGAAAACCUGAUACGUCCACAGUUCACGGACAAACUACGGAACAUCAGUGUGAAACAGGGCACACUGGUUGAACUGGCAGUCAAAGCUAUUGGGAACCCAUUACCUGACAUUGUUUGGCUUAAAAAUAGUGACAUUAUCACACCUCAAAAGCACCCACAUAUUAGGAUUGAAGGAGCCAGAGGAGAAGUAACGUUCCAGAUCCCUUCUGCAUCGGGUUCAGACAGUGCUUGGUACACAGCUACAGCCAUCAACAAAGCUGGCAGGGACACUACCCGCUGCAGAGUUAAUGUGGAGAUGGACUAUGUUGAUCCAGUCCCGGAGAGAAAGCUAAUUAUUCCUAGAGGAACGUACAAGGCCAAGGAGAUCGCCCCUCCAGAGCUGGAGCCUCUUCAUCUCCGCUAUGGCCAAGAGCAGUGGGAGGAGGGAGACCUGUAUGACAAGGAGAUGCAACAGAAACCACAAUUUAAAAAGAAACUGACCUCCAUACGAAUGAAGAAGUUUGGCCCCACUCAUUUCGAUUGCAGACUGACUCCUAUUGGUGACCCCACCAUGGUGGUGGAGUGGCUUCAUGACAGCAAACCCCUGCAGGCUGCUAACAGGUUGCGCAUGGUCAGUGAAUUUGGCUAUUGCAGUCUUGACUAUGAAGUAGCUUAUGCGAGAGACAGCGGCAUAAUCACCUGCAGAGCCACCAACAGGUUUGGAGUGGACCAGACCUCGGCCACCUUGAUUGUCAAGGACGAAAAGGGUCUUGUUGAGGAAAGCCAGCUUCCUGAAGGAAGGAAGGGAGCUCACAGAAUCGAUGAAAUUGAACGAAUGGCUCAUGAGGGAGGGCCUGCAGGAGUCACUGCAGAUGAGGAGACUGACAAAAUGAAACCUGAGAUUGUCCUAUUACCUGAACCUGUCAGGGUCCUGGAGGGUGACAUAGCCAGAUUUCGCUGCAGAGUGACCGGUUAUCCUACACCCAAAGUUAAUUGGUACCUCAAUGGACAACUCAUCCGCAAGAGCAAGCGAUACCGACUUCGUUAUGAUGGUAUUUACUACCUGGAGAUUGUUGACAUCAAGUCCUAUGAUUCGGGAGAAGUCAGGGUUGUUGGGGACAAUAACUUGGGCUCGGCUGAACACACUGUUAAGAUGGAGGUUCAGCAGAAAGAGGACUUCAGGAUGCAUCUUCGCAGGGUUCCUGAGGCCAAAGCACCUGAGACUGUACCUGAACCUGGAAAAACUACCUUUGAAGUGAUAAAGGUGGAUAGACCCUCGGAAGAGAGUCUGUCGAAAGAGGUGAUCACACUCAAGAAAGCCCAAAGGAUUGUCCAUGAAAAAUCCACUGAGGAGUCUGAAGAGUUGAGAGGCAAAUUCAAGCGCAGGACAGAGGAGGGCUAUUAUGAGUCUAUUACUGCAGUGGAACUCAAGUCCCGAAAGAGGGAUGAGUCCUAUGAGGAUCUGCUAAGGAAGACAAAAGAAGAGCUCCUUCAUCGUGCUAAGGAAAAGGAAGAGGCAGAGAAGAAAAAAGAAGAAGAGCGACGUAAAGAAACCGCCAAAACAGUCAAACCGGAGAGGGUAAAGCUGUCAGCUAGCAUGGAAGCUCCCAAAAUCUUGGAACGUAUCUCAAGCCAGACGGUGGCACAAGGGGAUGAAGUUAAGUUCAGAGUCCGAGUUGUUGGCAGACCAGAACCCGAGUGCCAGUGGUAUAAGAAUGGUGUUCAAAUGGAAAAGACUGAGCGGGUUUAUUGGUUCUGGCCUGAAGACCAUAUUUGUGAGUUGGUAAUAAGAGAUGUCAUAGCCGAGGAUUCCUCAAGUAUCAUGGUCAAAGCCAUCAACUCUGCUGGAGAGACCUCAAGUCAUGCUUUCCUUUUGGUGCAAGCAAAGCAAGUCAUCACCUUCACAGAAAAGCUGGAAGACGUUAGCGCCAAAGAGAAGGACACCGUGGCCACCUUUGAGUGCGAAACCAACGAACCCUUUGUCAAAGUCAAAUGGUUAAAAAACAACUCGAACAUCUUCUCUGGCGACAAGUAUAGGAUGCACUCGGACAGGAAAGUCCACUUCCUAUCUGUGCUGAUGCUUACAAUGAGGGACGAAGCUGAAUAUACCUGCGUUGUUGUAGACGACAACCAGGUCAGGACAAGUGCCAAACUAAAUGUUGAAGGAGCCCCACUGGAGAUCCUGAAACCCCUGGAGGGCGCUGAGGUGCCAGAGACCUACUCUGGGGAGUUUGAGGUCGAGUUGUCUCGUGAGGAUGUUGAGGGCAUGUGGUUCUUUGGAGACAAGCAACUUUCUCCUAGCAGAAAGCAUGUCAUCUCCUCACGACGCGGACGACAUAGCCUGUCCGUCAAGGACGUCAGGAAAGAAGACCAGGGCCAGUACUCCUUCAGAGUGGGUGAAAUGAAGACAACUGCCUACCUCAAGAUGAAAUUCCGCUCAGUGACCUUGAUGCAGCCUCUAGCUGAUAUGACCCUCUGUGAGGGUGACAUUGCUCAGAUGGAGGUCAAGUUCUCUCAGGAGAACAUUGAAGGAACUUGGAUGAAGGAUGGAAAAGGGAUAACUGUGUCGGACCGGGUACACGUUGUUAUCGACAAACAGAUCCACAAACUCCUAAUUGAGGACACCAGGAAGGACGACUUUGGCAUCUAUUCAUUUGUGGUCCCUGAUCAGGAGAUCACCACUGCUGCAAAGCUGACUAUUCAAACUAUCGCCAUCCUGACCCCGUUGAGGGACACGAGCACGGUUGAAGGCACCAAGACCGUUCUGGAGGCCAAGAUAUCUGUUCAAGACAUCAGCUCAGUCAAGUGGUACCACAACGACAAACCGAUGACCUCAAACGAUCGAAUCCAGAUGGUGGCAAAGGGAGCCAAGCAGCGCCUGGUCUUCACCAGGACCUUUGCCUCAGAUGAAGGACAGUAUAAACUCCUGGUUGGCAGAGCCGACACCAGCUGCACAUUGUCUGUGCAGACCGUCCAACUCGUGGUUCCAAUGGUGGACAAGGAGUGCGCUGAGUCAGAAAACGUCAUUUUUGAAGUGGAAGUUUCUCACCCGGGCAUCGAUGCCUUCUGGACUUUUAAGAGGCAGCCGCUCAAAGCCGGAAGCAAAUACAAGAUGGAAUCUAAGAACAAGAGGCACAGUCUGACAGUUUUAAAUGCCAUGAAGAAUGAGGAGGGCGAAUACGUGUUUGCUGCUGGGGAAAAAACAUGCAGCGCUUCACUCACCGUCUCAGGUGGCGCUAUCAAAAAGCCGCUGCAGGACUUGGUGGUAGCGGACUCCCAGACCUCUGAGCUGGUGUGUGAGGUUGCCAACCCAUCUGUGGAAGGCAAAUGGCUGAAAGAUGGGCAGCCCGUGGACUUCAAUGAGAAUGUGCUGAACGAGGUGAACGGCACCGUCAGGCGCCUCGUCAUACUCAUCACUAAAGCCACCGACAUCGGAGAGUACACCUACCAGAUUGCCAGCUCCAAGACCUCGGCCAAUCUGAAAGUUGAAGCUGUGAAGGUGAAGAAAACAAUGAAGAACGUGAACGUGGUGGAGACACAAGACGCUGUGUUCAGUCUGGAGCUGACUCACGAGAACGUGAGGGGAGCACAGUGGAUCAAGAAUGGAGUUGAGAUCAAGAAAAGUGACAAAUACGAACUGACUGUCCUUGGCACCGUGCACACCUUGAAGAUAAGGAACUGCAGCACACACGACGAAUCCGUCUAUUCUUUCAAGUUGGGGAAACUGUCGGCCAAUGCCCGCUUGAAUGUCGAAACCAUCAAGAUCCUGAAGAAACCCAAGAAUCUGACGUCGCUACUGGGAGCGACGGCCGUGUUUGAAUUGGAAAUCUCGGAGGAAAACAUUCCUGUAAAGUGGACGUUCAACAACAAAGAGCUGAAGGCCAACGAGCAUUUCAGGAUGACCUCAGAGAAAAAGACGCACAAACUGCUAGUGCAGGAUGUGAAUGCCACCAAGGAGGGAGAGUACACGGCCGUCGUGGGUCAUCUACGCUGCAGUGCUCGCCUCACCGUAGAAUCUCUUCGUGUGACCAGACCCUUUAAGAGUGUGGAGGUGGCUGAGACACAGACAGCCGCCUUUGAGUGUGAAGUGUCUCACUUCAAUGUCCACUCCACCUGGCUGAAGGACGGUGUGGAGAUCGAGAUGAGCGAGAAGUUCCGGACGGCGGUGCAGGGUAAAGUCCACCAGCUGAAGAUUAUGAACACCAGCAGGGACGACUCCGCUGAGUACACGUUUUCUUGUGGGAACGACCGAGUGUCUGGCACACUCACUGUCAGCCCCAUCGUCCUCACAGCCAUGCUGCAAGACAUAAAUGCUCAGGAGAAGGACACGGUCACCUUCGAGUUGAACGUCAACCACAAGGGAAUCUGCUACAAAUGGUUGAAGAAUGGCGUAGAGAUCCGCUCAACAGACAGAUGCCAGGCUCGCUGCAAACAGCUCACCCACACCUUGACCAUCAGGAAUGUUCAUUUUGGAGACAGCGCCGACUAUACUUUUAUGGCGGGAUCUUCUGUGGCCACAGCCCAGCUUUAUGUGGAGGCUCGUGUUGUUGAAUUUACCAAACACUUAAAGGACAUAAAGAUCACAGAGAAGAAGAGAGCCACUUUUGAGUGUGAAGUUUCAGAACCCAACAUCCAGGUGAUGUGGAUGAAGGACGGUCAGGAGCUGGAGGCGUCUGACAGAUUUAAGAUGACCUCAGAGCAGCUUGUUCACCGCCUAAUUUUGCCCUCUGUCCGACUGUCUGACGCGGGAGAAUUCACCGCCGUGGCGGGAUCCAGCAUGUCCAAGGGGAUGCUUGCAGUCGAGGGACGGGACAUCAAGAUCUCAGAGCCCACCAACAAGAAUCCUACUGUUGUUGAGAGACAAAGAGCGACUUUUGAGUUUGAAGUAAACGAGGACGAUGUAGAAGGCCACUGGAUGAGGAACGAAGUGGAAAUCCAGUUCUCUGUCGAGGAGCGUUUCAGCUACGUCACUAUCAGGAAGCUCCACCGCCUCACCAUCUCCGAAACCUACAGAAGUGAUGCCGGCGAGUACACCUUUGUCGCCGGAAAGAACAAGAGCACCGUGAAACUUCACGUGAGACUUCCCGAACCUCCUCAGGUAGCCCGCCGAAUGCAGCCCCAGACUGCGAUGUCAGGCAAAUCGGUUCGCUUCUCAGUGCUAGUUAGCGGCCUCCCGCAACCUCAGGUGACCUGGUACAAGGACUCCCAGGCUCUAUACACCAGUGACACAUGCAAGUUCCUUCACGACGAUGGCGAACACACAUUACUGCUACUGAAAGUCCUCCCCGAGGAUGCUGCUGUCUAUAGCUGUGAGGUCAAGAAUGACUUUGGAGAGGCGUCAAGCUCUGCCUCACUCACUGUGGAAGUUCCUGAAGAAAGUCUGGUUCGGGUCUCUGCCCCAGUCCUCCUUUCUCCCAUGCAAAACAUCCUGGUGAAAUCGGGCCAUUCUGCCCAGUUGGAGUGCAUUAUCUCUGGGGAAGAUCUACAGAUAGACUGGUUCUGGAACGACAGAGAGAUCAGGCAGUCCGCCAACAUUAAGAUGUCUCGCUUUGGCAACAUCUGCCAAUUGAACAUUUCCAAAGUGGUCUUCGACAAUGAAGGAGAAUACUCGUGUGUUGCAAGGAAUGCGUCAGGAAUGGUCACAUGUACUGCAAGUCUGAAUAUCGAUGAUGAUAAAACCUUAGCUAGCAUGACAAGAACUGGGGCUCAGGCUAAGCUAAGUCAGACACUCGAGGCUCAGACAUUGACUGAGUUUACCGAGUGCUUCUCUGAGAGCUCGUCCAUGUCUUGGCGGACAGUGACCGUUGAAAUGGAGAGCACAGAAAACAAUGUUCAAAUCGGAUUGUACCCAAAGCCCAAACUGCUGAUGGAACUGCGGGAUGUCCGGGUCAAAAGCGGUGAGAUGGCUGAGUUCAGCUGCGUAUUUGACGGGCAGCCGUUCAUCAGGGUGGUAUGGGAUCAUAACGGCCAGAACCUGGUCAGGGAGCGAGUGAGGAGCUCUCAGAAUGGCGGACAUUUGUCCCUGGUCAUUCAGUGUGUUGGUCUAGCCGACCAAGGCCUGUACCGCUGCACCGCCACCAACCUACACGGUCAAAACAGCUCUUCUGCUCGGCUCACUGUGGAAGCUAAAGAGGCAAAUGUCAAAGCCGAGUGCGCCAUCGUGACUGAUUCGGUGCAUGCGGUGUCACGGGCGAACAUGGAGAACGCAAAAGAUUCUCCUGAGAUUCCAGACCAGGACAAAACAGUGGAGAAGCCGGGGUCUCUGCCUUACUGCUCUAAGAGACUCUACAACCUUGUCAGCCAACUUUAUUUCCUGGACACAUAUCCCGAUGCUGAUCCCUGCGGCCGCCCCAACUUUCUGAUCCAGCUCCCCCGAGAGCUGUUGGUCCAGAACUGCAGCCCAGGGCUGUGUUGUGUCAUGAAGGAACUUUCUCUGUCUGCCAUAUGGCUUUACGGCUGCUUGAAUAUUGUGGACUCUGUAUCAUACUCUCUCAAACAUGAUGGCCCCCUGUGCUGUAUGAAUGUUAAGAAAGGGGGACCUGGACAAGGGGGUGCUUUCUCUUGCAAAACCUCAGCCGAGGAUGCUAAGUGCAGCCUGGUGACCAAAGUCACUGAAGACGAGAGGACACCUAGGAUCCACAUCGAGGAGGAAGUCUCAGCCUUCUCUAGCUCAACAAUCACAGUGGAAGAAGAAACCCAUCAGUCCUACUACUCUGAUGCUACGGCACCAGACCAAACACACACAUUCAAACUCGAGCCAGAGUCCAAAUUAUACUCCAGCACUUUGGAGAAAACAAAACAAAAGCCAGUUUUCCUCAGAAAACUUUCUCCAGCAGUAGUGACUGUUGGAGAAAAUGCUUCGUUUACCGUCACAGUAUCUGGUUUACCUGAACCCACUGUUCAGUGGGCCCACAAUGGGCAGACCAUAAGCAUGUCAUCAAUCUACACAUUUGUCCAUGAACAAAAUAAGUACAGUCUGAUAAUUAACAGCGUUGGAGAAGAAUUAGAGGGAGAGUACUCUUGCACUGUCAGCAAUCGGUUUGGACAGGAAACAUGCACUUCUUAUUUGAACAUUCAGGUGAAGGAACCACAGAAGGCAGAUAGCCUGGAGAGAAAGUUUGUGCCAAUGGGCAACCCUCCAGUGUUUUCCAAAGCUAUUGAGUCCGUUCAGCUGUGCGAGGGAGGUCAUGCGUCGUUUUGGUACAUUGUGACCGGGGAUCCUGGGCCUGAGGUACACUGGCUCAAGGGCAGUCUUCACAUUAAACCUAGCAGCUGUUGCAUCAUUGUGAACAGCUCAGACGGCUCAGGAUCCCUCACACUUAAAAGUGUCAAGCAGGAUGAUGGAGCCGUCUACACAUGUAAGGCUUCAAACUCAUUUGGGGAAGCCACUUGUACUGCUGAACUAUUGGUAUUUAGUGAGGAAGUUCAAGAGGAAUUGGUUAGAAAAACAAACGCUUUGACCUUGUCCAUGACAGAAGAAACUACAGAAUCCGGAUUUUACAAGAAAAGUAGUCGGUCUGAUCAGAUGAUUUACAGCAUUAGUAAUGAAAACAUGCAGGUUAUUCCUAGCGAGGAAGUGGGAACCUUUGAACUACCGGUCAUUUCUGUAGCCACCCGCCAUUGCGAGCAGGUCACCCACAAAGCAGCAGUGCUGCAGUCUCACGAGAUCCAAGAGAGCCUUUCUUUGGUUCCCAUUCAUCCACCACAUGCUUCAACUGUUCCCGUGAAAACAUUACACUUGGCAGCUUCCCUAUCAUCAGUCCAGGAGAGACAAAAGAUCACUGAGCAGCACUCUGAACAUAUUCUUUGCCCUCAGGUGGUUGAGCUUGACUUUGCCAGACAGCAGCGCUCAAAGCUACAAUCAGCUACAACAGAGGAAGUCCUCCCACUUACCACAGUGAAAGCUCAGACAAUGGCAGACCACAUUCCAGAGCAAGUACAGACUUUGGCUGAGCCCCGGCAGCUUGUUAGCAGCCAUUCAGUCGAGCCUGCUCGUUUAGCCUUUGAUGAAACUUUACCUGUAAAUCACAGACCAGAGGAAGAGAAAACUUUAAAUAUCAUUGAGGGGCUUAACAUGCUAUACUGUGCUCAGUCAGCAGGGCAGCUGCCAAUCACAGAAAACCAUUGUGUGCCGUUGCUAGUAGAUACAGCAACCAAACCAUUGAUAGAGAAAGAGCCACGAAAGGCAGUGGUUGCACCAGUAAUUGAAUCAAUGCUGUCUUUGAGCAAAGAGCAUUCAUUCAUAAAGAAUGUACCAGUACAAGACAUAGUCAAUCCAGACAAAGGUCAAGUCUACAGGUCAGCUGUUACCGCUGAAGAGAAAUAUUUACUUCAAAGUGAUCAGUUAGGAGAGAUAUCAGGUAUUGUGUCGUCUCAGAGUCUGCAGCCUCUGCCACAAGGAGAAGUACUUCUGAACCUUCAGCUUAUCAACAAUCAGUCUGUUUUGCAGUCAGAAGGUAGAUUCAGCAGUGACACGCCUUCAACAGACCAGGCAUGUGUGAUAAAAAGUCCUAGUUUGCUUCGCACUUUAACUCAAGAAGAGCAGAUGACUGUUGUUUGUGACGUCACCUCAGAGGUCUCAUCCAAGAUGAACACUGAGUCUCUCAAGCUCAAGACAGAGCUUCCACCAACACAGUACCUCCAGUCAAUUGAUUCUGCAUCAGUUCUACAAAAGGAAGGUAGACUUACCACUAGCAAACCAACACAACAGGUGGUGGCACUAAAACAGGAAAAGGCUCGAAAAUAUGCGGCACUCUCACAAGAGAGUAGGGAGCUCAAAGGGGACUUCCACAAAGAUCUGGAGGUGUCUUCAGCAGGGAUUCAAUCCCAACCUGGUACACAGCCUGGGAUUUUAAGCAUCCUGGCCGUCUCCUCCCAGUCUGUGCAGCUGCCAAAGGAGACACCAUUCCCAACAGAUAUAAAACAGCAAAGAGCAUUGGUUCAGAAAGAGGAUUGCUGGAAUACUGUUAAUUCUGUAAAUGUUACAGACAUUCACAAUCUGGAAGAGGGCCAUACUACUUAUCUUCAAACUGAAAACAAAGUCCAGACUGAGAUAAAGACUGAGUCUAAGAUUCCCCAAAUGUCUGUUUCAGUUGAAGAAAAGGCAGUUGCAAAUGAGAGCUGUGCUGUUUUAGAAGCUGCUGAGCAAGACUUUGCAAUCUCCAUCCAGGAAGGUCAAUCAGUGCGACAGUCAGUUUUGCUACAGGAAAAAAUAAUUCUCACUGGGGAAAAGUCAAGUGAGAUUCUAACUCGUGAGGGCUUAACUUCAAGACUUUUGACCCAACCUAAAAAAGUUGUGUUUGUCUCUGAAAGUCAAGAAUCCCAAACUCUACCUAAAGAACUUAACUUCAUUAUUCAGAUGCCCAAAGAGUCACAUUUGAAUAUUCAACAUCAGCUCAGAGAUGCUCUUCAGUCUGCUGUAGCCUGCCAGCAUCCAGUGCUGUUCGCUGAUAUUAUUGGCCACUUUGACGCACUCAACAUUGAAGAAAUAAAUGUACAAAAGGAGCCCAAAGGGAUUGUGCACACAUACCUGAUUACAUCACCUGGUGCUCUCAUGGAGCUCACACUGCUUUUUGAGGGUGAAUACCCCCACAGGGCCAAUCUGAGAUCAGAACUCCAGGUCGCUCUUCAUGCUUUGGUUUUGCAAGAGCAGCAAAGUCUAGUUUCGGAGAGACCAGGUUUUAUGCAAAUCAACAAGCCUCAGAAGGCAAUGAUCUGCUCACAACAUUUCAAGCAAAAGUUCUCAUCAGUGGUUGACAAUGUGAUUGUGGCAGAGAGUACUGUUGGGGUUCCUCCAGUUGCUUCUCAGUCUGCCUCCAUCAUCAUGGAAACACUCUUCCAAAAUGCAACAAUUCAGAGUCAGAUGGAAGUCCACGAAUUAAACCAGGAGAGUGAAGCCAAGGCUGCUUCAGUCAAUGGGUCAGUCCAAGAGCCAGUCAUUCAGACUCCUCACCAACAGUAUGAAGACUUUGUUCACAAUGAAAAGUCUUCUUCAGGGGCCAUUGUUAUCAGUGAGUCUUUAGAUAGUGAGGCUAGCUCUCCACUUGUCAUUGCUUCAAUGGACAAGGUUUGUGCUGAGGAAAACAGCAAGAUUGUCAUUGCUUCCACCAUCAAAUAUGCCACUAUUACUAAUUGGUUUGUCAAUGGACAAUUGGUCAAAUCUGGCAAAGAGUUUGAAUGUUCUAGAGAUCAGGACACGUACAAACUGACUAUCAACAGAGUUGUGAAGGAGAAACAUGAAGGUGAAUAUGCCUGUGAGGUGGAGAAUCAAGCUGGGAAGACCACGACAUGGACAACGCUCAGAGUGGUCCCAAGAGCAAUACCUGUGUUUAAGCACACAAUGGUUCCACUGGAGAUCAAUGCUGGCAACAUUGUCAGGUUUGAGUGUGAAACUGAGGAUGCUCCUGAAGUCAUCUUCAAGUGGUUCAAAGAUGGACAUCGCAUCAAAGAAGGUGACAGGUUUCGGAUUAUCAGCCGUGUUACCACUUCCUCUCUGGAGCUCCUGAGCGCCACCAAGGAUGACGCUGGUGAAUACAGCUGCAAGGCGUCCAACAAGCACGGCAGUGAAGAAUGCUCCGCCACACUAAGUGUGACAGACAAACAGUUCCCUCCCAUUUUCAUAACUAAACCCAACGUGCAUACCGCUUAUGUUGGGAGGAGCAUGAUGACUGAGUGUGUAAUAUCAGGAUCUGCUCCUCUGAAUGUCGUGUGGUUUAAAGACCAGCGAGCCUUACUCCACAUGCCCGAGCACUACAGAAACUUUGCGGAUAAGAAUAAGAUUGGGCUUGAGAUAUCCACAGUUCAGCCAGCUGACCAGGGACUUUACCUGUGCCAUGUGUCUAAUAAUGUUGGCACGGCUGAGUGCGGCUUUGAGCUACAGGUUUUUGAUAAGCCUAACUUUGUGAAGCUCCUGAAUCAAGUGGCUGCUGUGGUUGGGAACCCUCUGCACCUGGAGUGCCAGGUGGAUGAAGUUACAGGAGUAACUGUGAGCUGGACCAGAGAUGGUAAAAAGGUCCACCAGUCUCCCGAAUGCAAAUUGUCCUUUGAGGACAAAACAGUUGCUCUUGACAUCCCAAAGACCGUGCUGAAAGACUGUGGCUCUUAUGUGUGCACGGUGACAAAUGAAGCAGGGAGUGCAACUUGCACCACCUUAGUGAAGGUUCAAGAGCCGCCGGUCUUUGUAAAGAGACUGGAAGCAGCCGCACUUUGGAGGAACGGUGUCACUGCACGCCUGCAAUGCAAUGUCAAAGGAUCUCCUGAACUUCAAAUUACAUGGUUUCUAAAUAACCACAAGCUGCCUGCUGGCAGUCGAUACAACAUCAGUUUGAAAAACAACGUGGCUUCUCUUGAGAUUCAGGAUGUCACUUUGAGUGACAGUGGCAGCUACACCUGUGAAGUUCUCAAUGAGUUUGGGUGUGAAAGCUGCAGCACAAAAGUAAAAAUCAAAGAGCCGCCGUCUUUCAGAAGGGUUUUGCCAUCUGUAGAGGUUGUGAGAGGUGCUGUUGCUGUAUUGGACUGUGACAUUGAGGGAUCUGCACCAUUCGAGGUGUCCUGGAAAAAGAAUAGGAAACACUUGAAGACCGAUAAGAAAUAUAGAAUCAUGUCACAGGGUUCUUUUACCUCUCUGGAGAUUCUGUCCUUUGAAAGCAUUGACGCUGGCGAAUACGAAUGUGUUGUAUCCAACGAAGUCGGCUCUGUAAAUUCAAAAUCAGUGGCAAAAUUAAAAGAGUCUCCAGUGUUCUCAAAGAGGAUUGAGAGUGCUGUAGCAGUGCUGGGCAGCAGCGUUAGAAUGCAGGCAAUAAUAAAAGGCUCCCCUACAAUCACUGUCAAGUGGAUGAAAGACUCUGAAAUGCUCAGAGAUGAAGAUCCAAACGUGAAAAUUGUGCUUGAGAACAACGUUGCUAGCAUUUUAUUCUCAUCUAUUCAAAUAAAGCACAGUGGCAAGUACACUUGCCUGGUGGAAAACGAGGCGGGUCAACAAAAAUGCGAGGCAAACCUAACUGUUCAAGAACCUGCAAAGAUCUUAGAGAAAACAGAGUCCAUCAGUGUGACUGUUGGGGACCCAGUCACGCUUGAGUGUACCAUCUCUGGAAGCCCAGACCUCAAAGUCAAGUGGUUUAGGGACGACAAGGAAAUGAUCAGUGGACGCAAAUAUCGGAUGAGUGUGAAGGAAAACACUGCCAUUCUGAAAAUUCUGACUGCAGAAAAGGCCGACACCUCUGAGUACAAGAUGGAGGUGUCCAAUAAAGUUGGAAAAGACCAGUGCACAUGCUCAGUGACUGUUAUCGACCGGACAGUUCCCCCCUCCUUCAUCAAACCUCUAAAGAAAGUGAUGGCAAAUGUAGACAGUACCGUUACCCUAGAGUGCAGACUUGCUGGAUCGCAGCCAAUGGGAGUGUCUUGGUACAAAGACAAUAAAGAACUCCAAAACGAUGCUAAUUAUGAGAUUAAUUGGCAUGACAACAAAGCAUCUGUGCUAAUCAGCAAAGUUUGCCUAGCCCAUGCUGGAGUUUAUACUUGUCGGGCCUCAAAUGACGCCGGCAAUCGAGAGACCAGCGGUACUUUGUCGAUAAAAGAACCUCCAGUCUUCACAGAGGAACCAAAGGCUCAGGACUCGUCACCAGGGUCCAACAUUGUUUUCAAAGCAGACUUUACAGGAUCAACUCCUCUGGCUAUUAAAUGGUUCAGAGAGGAGAAAGAAAUGUUCACUGGGGGGAGAUGUUUUAUUAAGAGAGAACGUUUGUCAAGCUCCUUGGAGCUUUACUCAGUCAAACCCAGUGAUUCUGCUCGGUACACGUGCCAAGUAUGCAACAAUGCCGGGAAGGUGGAUUGCACCGCAGUCCUCUUUGUCAAAGAACCGCCAAAAUUUGCAGUCAAGCUUGAGUCUUCGCUGCUGCUGAAAACUAAACAACCUCUAAAGUUGUCCUGCAAAGUGCAUGGCACGCCUCUUAUCACCAUCACAUGGUUUAAGAAUGGCAAAGAAAUACAUUCUGACAACAGAUGCAAGGCAUCCUUUGAUGGCUCCAUAGCAAACCUGCAGGUGGACAGGUGUUCUGCAGACGAUAGUGGUGAAUAUGUCUGUGUGGCAUCCAGUGACGCUGGAAAAGAUGAGUGCAGCAGCUCAGUUAACGUCAAAGAACCCCCCUCGUUUCUGAGACCUUUUGAAUCGAUCGAGCUUGUGAAAGGAUCUGACAUAGUCAUGGAAGGAACUGUUUCAGGCUCUGCCCCAUUUGAAAUCUGUUUCUUCCACAAUGACAAUUUGAUUAGGAACAAUAAACGACAUAAGAUCAGUGUUGAGGAUGAGACUGUCUCUCUUCAAAUCUCAAACUGUGAGGAUCAAGACUCUGGCACGUACCUGUGCACAGUGACUAAUAAUGUUGGUGAGACGUCGUGCUCCUGCACCAUUUCCCUGACAGAACCACCAUCAUUUGUUCAGAAACUCGAAGACAUAUUGUGCAGGGCACACUCAGACGUGUCUAUGAGAUGUACCGUGUCUGGGUCACUUCCCAUGGCACUGUCAUGGUUCAAGGAUAAUCAGGAGCUCACAGAAAACGAGCAUGUCAAGAUGUUCUUUGAAGCCAAAUGUGCAACGCUGACUCUAGAAAACACUCAUGUCCAUCAUGGUGGGAAGUACACGUGUCAGGCUCAGAAUGCAGCCGGUAGUAAAAGAUGCUCUGCCAUCGUCGUCGUGUCAGAACCACCAAGUAUUCUAGAACAUUCAAAAUCCGUCAGUGUGACACAGGGUGACCCGACCACGCUUGAAUGCCGAUUCUCAGGCACCAAACCACUCAAGUCCCAAUGGUUAAAGGCCGGAAAGGAACUAAACUCAGGCCUGAAAUACAAAGUGCUUGGUGCGGACUUCCGAUCUGUGCUGACCAUCUUGAAAACAGAUAAAAGUGAUGGCGGUGACUACGUAUGCCAAGUUGAAAACGAAGCUGGUGCAACUUCUUGUGUGGCUGUAGUCACAGUCUUAGAUGGCAUUCUUAAACCAACUUUUACAAGUAAACUGAAGGAGACCGAGGCCAUCAAAGGUUUUUCUGCUCAUCUGGAAACCCUGGUAUCAGGCUCGCUGCCAAUGAACAUCCAAUGGUUCAAAGACAACGACAACAUCCAGACUGAUGACAAAUAUAAGUGCUCCUUCUCUGACAAUGUUGCAUUACUGGAAGUUAGUCUUCUUGAUAGUCAGGACAGUGGUUGUUACACCUGCGUGGCCACAAACAAAGCAGGGUCUUCUCAAUGUUCGGGCAUCUUGCAUGUCCAAGAACCACCGAGUAUUAUUGAAAGACCCGAAUCAAUUAAUGUUUUGCCUGGGUCAAAGGUGAAGUUACAUGUUCGGGUGUCUGGCACACCACCAGUGACCAUGAGAUGGUAUAAGGACAUGAUGGAGAUCCACUCAAGUGCAGACUGUUCUGUAAUCAGACACAACGGCUCAAGUUCUCUGGAGUUCUUCUCUGUGACAACAUCCGAUUCUGGUCUUUACAUCUGCAAAAUUAAUAACAACUUUGGCUCCACAUUCUGCAAAACCACAGUCUUUGUUCAAGAACCCCCUGUUUUUGUGGAGAAACCCGACAGCUUUUCAGUGGUAAAAGCAGGAGCAAAACAUGUCUUGGAAUGCAAGGUUUCUGGUUCUCCAGAGAUCUCUGUGCGAUGGUUUAAAGGCGGAGCCCCCAUUGAACCCAGUACAAAUCGCAAGAUGUUGUUCCUCAACUCCGUGGCCACAUUAGAGAUUCAGCAUGCCGCUGAAAGUGACGUGGGGAAAUACAUUUGCGAAGCGCACAAUGACGCAGGCACAGAGAGUUGCAGUUUCGAAUUGGAAGUGAAAGAGCCUCCCACAUUUGUUGUCCAGCUGGCAUCUCUUGAAGUCGUUGAAGGUUGCACUGCAAUGUUUACCUGCAAAGUGUCAGGAAGUGGUCCCUUUAAAGUCACAUGGUUCAAAGAUAGAGUGCCUAUCGAAUCUAACUACAAGUAUUUAAUUGUUGACGACGAGCACAUGACAUUAAAAGUCUUGGACUGCCAAGUCAGAGAUGUUGGUUCUUACGAGUGUGUGGUUGCUAACGAGGUGGGAAGUUGUUCCGGUGUUGCAGCUCUUUCGAUGAAAGUACCUCCACGAUUUAUUGAAAGGAUUCAAAAUAGCUCAACAAUCUUGGGGGAUACUGCCGUCUUUUGUUGCACCGUUAAAGGUUCUGAGCCUCUAUGCAUAAAUUGGCAAAAAGACGACAAAUGGAUUCCAGAGGAUUCCAAAAUCAAGAGAGCGUUUGAAAAUUUGGUGGCCACUCUAAAAAUUCCUUUGUGUGAGACAAGUCAUGGCGGGAAAUAUACAUGCCAAGUCAUAAACGAGGCUGGACAGGAAACAUGCUUCGCAGCCCUUGUUGUGAAAGAACCGCCUUCAAUCCAAGACAAGCCAGGAGCAGUCAAAGUCACUCGUGGAGAUCCAGUUAAACUUGAGUGCAGAAUAGUUGGAAGUCCUGACAUUGUUGUAAGUUGGAGCAAAGAUGGCAAAGAGCUCCACACCAGUAGGAAAUAUAAUUUAUUCCACGAAAAGGACCUCAGCAGUCUAAAUAUUCAACACUGUGAGCUGCAAGACAGUGGAGAUUAUCUUUUGGAGGCCACAAAUUCUGUUGGAAAGUGUCACUGUAAAGUUUCACUGCUAGUUUUAGAGGAAGAAAUAGCUCCUGCCUUUACAAAAAAGUUGACAAACAUUCAAGUAGUUCUGGGUUCAGUGGUCACGAUGGAGUGUAAAAUGGUCGGUUCUCUUCCAAUUAUUGUUGGCUGGACUAAAGGCAAAGAACCCCUCAGUGAGGAUUCCAAGUAUAAAAUGUGGCAGGAUGACAACACGGUCCGGCUGCAAUUUAGGCUGACUGAGAGCUUUGACACAGGAGAGUACUCGUGUCAUCUUAGCAACAAGGCGGGCGGCUGCAUAUGCAGUGCAGCUGUCACUGCUAAAGUGCCGCCACGGUUCACAGUGGAACUUGAGUCCCAGGCUGUUGUUCCAAAGUCCACAGUGCUUUUCAAAAGCACAUUUGAAGGAACACCACCAUUUAUAGUCAAAUGGCUCAAAGAUGACUUGGAACUGGUGGCUGGUCCAUCUUGUCGAAUCGGACAGGAUGAAUAUUUUUCUUCAUUGCAACUGGACUCUGUCGGAAACCUGCAGAGUGGGACUUAUUCUUGCCAAGUUAGCAACGAAGCGGGCGCAAUAAGAAGUGCAGCCCAAUUGCUGGUGAAAGAACCACCAAAGUUUGUCCAGAAACUUCUUCCCAAAACCUUUGUCAAGCUGCGCGAGGCCCACAGUUUGGAAUGCAAAUUCUCCACCACAAUGUCACUCAAUGUGAAGUGGUUCAAAAAUGAUGAAAAGAUCAUGGAUGGAGACGACUAUAAAACCGCUUUAGUGGACUCAACAGCGCUGCUCCAGCUUCGCUCUGCGGGGCUGGACCACAACGGUGUGUACACGUGCGAGGCUCAAAAUGAUGCCGGCAGUGUGAGCUGCAGCACCGAGCUCACAGUCCAAGAGGCACCCUCCUUUAUCAAAGUUCCUUCCCCAGUGGUGGGCGUUAAAGGGAAAGACGCAAGCCUGUACUGUGAAAUGUACGGCACACCACAUUUGCAGGUGAGCUGGUACAAAGACAACAGACCGUUGAAGGAAAGCAGGAAGUACAAGAUGGUGAGCGAAGGCAGCUCUGCCACACUUCACAUCAUGAGGCUGGAGCCAAAUGACACCGGACUCUAUGAGUGCAAAGUCUCAAACUGUGUGGGAAGUGAAUCCUGCCGCACUACCAUUAGCUUGAAAGAUCCCCCAGUGUUUACCACCAAGCUGGUCGACCAGUCUGUGAAAAUAGGCGAGCAACUUACACUGACAGCGGCAGUCAAAGGUUCUGAGCCAUUGAGCGUGUCGUGGGUUCAGGACGAAGAUCACAUCCUGAGAGACGGUGACAACAGGAAGAUUAGCUUUGAGCAUAAUGUGGUCACACUGGUGGUACCCAACGCAGAUUCCACCACAGCUGGCAAGUACACCUGCCAGCUGAGGAAUGACUCUGGAGUUGUGGAGUGCAUUUCCCAUGUGACAGUUUUAGAACCCGCAUCUAUUGUGGAAAGCCCAGAGUCUUUGAAUGUGCAGGCAGGAGAAAAUGCAGUUCUCGAGGUCACUGUGUCCGGUUCACCUGAGCUAAAAAUCAAGUGGUUUAAGGACAACAAAGAACUAUUUUCCGGUGCCAAGUACCAGAUGUCCUUCUCAAAGAAGGUUGCACACCUAAAGUUCCGGUCUGCUGAGAAAGCCGACGCUGGAGAGUACAAACUUGAAGUUACAAACCCAAAUGGUUCUGCUUUGUGCAAAAUUAAACUCUCCAUUUCAGAUAAGUUGAUUCCUCCAAGUUUCAUAAGAAAGCUGAGAGACACCCACCUUGUUGUGGGCAAACCCGGUGAGAUGGAGUGUAAGGUCACUGGUUCAGCUCCUUUAACAACUUCCUGGUUCCACAAUGGCCAGGAGAUCACAAGUAGUUCCGACUACGAUUUUAGCAGAUCUGAUAAUAACUGCAAAUUGAGAGUUCCAACGAUCAAGGUGUCGGAUUCUGGCAAAUAUACUUGCAGAGCUGUAAAUGCUGUGGGAACCAGUGAAACAAGUGCUUCCAUGCAUGUUACAGAACACCCUUCCUUUGUGGAAACGCCCAAAGCGCAAGAUACACAGCUGGGCAAAAGUGUGUCCUUCUCUGCUAAGGUGAAAGGCAGCGCCCCCAUCAGAGUCAAAUGGUUCAGGGGCACCAAGGAAAUGCAGCAUGGGAGGGGGUGUGAGAUUUCCCUCAAGGAGGAUCUUGCUAAAUUAGUUCUUCACAGAGUAGAACCAUCCCAUGAGGGAGAGUACACCUGCCAGGUCAUAAACAAUGCAGGGAAGGAAAGUUGCACUGUUUACCUCUUUGUCAAAGAGCCAGUUCGCUUUGUGAAAAAGCUGAGGGAUGUUUUCUCUGAGAAGGGCAAGCCCCUGAGGCUUGAGGUCACGUUUGCUGGAACCCCCAAAGUAAAUGUGACAUGGAAGAAGGAUGACAUCCUCAUCUGGGCCUCAUAUCAAUACAACGUCAUCACCACUACCAGUUCCUGUAUUCUUGAGGUUCUUAACUCUGACAGGUUGGAAGCAGCAGGACAAUACUCUUGCGAAAUCAACAACGGAGUCGGAAGUGACAGAUGUGAUGCACAAGUGUCCAUUCUAGAGGGACCCUAUUUUGUUGAAAAGUUGGCGCCGGUUGAGGUUGCUCUGGGUUAUCCGGUCACCCUCCAGUGCCAGAUUGCAGGAACUCCUGACAUCUCCGUAGCUUGGUUCAAAGCAGACGGGAAGCUGCGCCUGUCCAACAAGUGUGUGAUGGACUUCACAAAUGGUGUCGCCACUUUGAAACUGCUUGAAACAACCAAGUUUGAACAAAGCGAGUUCACCUGCAAAGCUGAAAACCGGGUGGGCUCGGCCUCCACCAGCUGUAAUGUGACAGUGAAAGAACCCGUGCAUUUCAUCAGAAAGUUGGAAGACACAACAUUUACAGUCGGUCAACCACUCAAGCUAGCCUGCAAGUUCGUUGGAAGCCCGAGGGUCUUUGUCACAUGGAAAAAGGACGGAAAACUUAUUUGGGCAUCCUAUCAGUACAACGUUAAAACCACUGACUCAACCUGCAUCCUGGAGGUCCUCAACAGCGACAGGCCAGAGGCAGUGGGAAUAUACUCUUGUGAAAUUUCCAAUGGAGCGGGAAGUGAUGUCUGCCAGGCUUGUGUCAGUUUAGAGAGCACGCUUCCCCCAAGCUUCAGCAAGCGUCUGCCAGAGUCCUUGACGGAUUCGGUGGGUAAGACGGUCACCAUGGAGACUUGGCUUUCUGGCUCCCAGCCCCUGAAUGUCACCUGGUACAAGGACAACACAGAAGUCUGUGGGUCAGAAAAAUAUGAUGUCACCUUUAAGAACAACAUGGCCGUAUUGUGUGUCCGAGACUCCAACAUCUCCGACUGCGGUGUCUACACCUGUGAGGCUUCCAAUGAGGCUGGUAAAGCUUCUUGUCAGGCUUCUCUUACAAUUUCAGAAACGAGCAAGCCUCCUAAAUUUGACGUCCUUUUGCAACCGGUGACACUGUGCGAAGGCGAUAAUCUGAAGCUGAAAUGUCAUGUUGCCGGCUCUCCCCCGCUCAUCGUCCACUGGAUGAAGGACAGAAGGGAGAUCAAGUCCAGCGCAAGUACAAAGAUCACAUUUGUGAAUGGGACAGCUUGUUUGGAACUCAGCCAGUUGACUAAACCGGCUGCAGGAGAUUACUUGUGCAAGGCCAGCAACGCCGCCGGCACCGACUUCUGCAAGGCCAGGGUCACCAUCAAAGAAAAAGAUGCCAAGUUGGUCCCCGCCACCACGGCUCCCGGCCCCGCCACCACGGCUCCCGGCCCCGCCGCCACGGCUCCCGGCCCUGCCGCCACGGCUCCUGCCCCUGUGAAACACCUUGACAACCUUUUCUUCAUUGAAGAACCAAAGAACGUUUCUGUCACAGAGAAGGGCACGGCCACCUUCAUCGCCAAGAUCGGAGGUGAGCCCAUCCCCAGCGUGAAGUGGAUGAAGGGCAAGUGGCGGCAGAUCACACCUGGUGGUCGCGUGACAACUGAGCACAAAGGCCAGAAUGCUAAACUGGAGAUAAGAGAAGUGACCAAGUCGGAUGCGGGUCACUACAGAUGUGUGGCCUCCAACAAACACGGCGAGAUCGAGUGCGGUGCUGAGAUGGCCGUCACCAAAAGGGAGGAAGCAGCAGGGCUUCAGGACAUACGGAUUAUGCUGAAGAAGACUCCCUCCAAGCAGAAGAGUCCCAAGAAAGAAGAGGAGAUCAACAUUGUAGAGUUGCUCCGAGGUGAAGAGCCAAAGGACUACGAGAAGGUUUUAAGGGAGCAUGAGAUCCACGACUACCGUGCGAUCCUCCAGGCCAUGGAUCUUCUGAAGAGAGAAAAGGAAACGGAGGCUGGAAAGGCGGAGGCGGAGCAUGGUGGUCGGGUAGGUGAAGAAGACCUGGCCCGACUCAUCCAGCAGCUUGAAGGACGCGUGGACACAGAGCCCAUUGCUGUCUUGGAAGACAUCAGUGACCAGGUGGUGACUGAAAACCAGAGCGCCACCUUUCAGUGCCGUAUCAAGAUCAACUACCCAGAGAUCACGCUGACCUGGUACAACGGAACCCAGAGACUGGAGAGCAACGACAAAUAUGCCAUCAGCAGCGAUGGUGAACACCACUGCUUGAACAUCCAGGACUGCCAGUCCAAAGACCAGGGAAACUACCGGGUGGUGUGUGGUCCUCACAUCUCCAAUGCCAAGCUGACCGUCUCAGUUCCCGAGGUUUACAGCACACCAGAAGAGGCGCCUUCUGCACCUGAAGCUGCGCCCCCUGCUCCACCUAAAGAAGCUGACACCGAGAAGCUGGAGAUGAUGGCUGCUGCGUUGCCUCAACAAGAGGAACACAGGGUCCCUGAAGAAUUGAAAACAUACCGCAAAGCAGAGCCAAUGACUGAAUCAGAACUGGAACAAGAACCAGAAGUUGAACCAGAACAAGAAGUUGAAUCAGAACAAGAACUACAAGCUGAACCACAAGAAAAAGCAGAACCUGAACCUGAACCAGGACAAGAACUGGAAGUAGAACCAGAACAAGAAGUUGAAUCAGAACAUGAACCAGAAGUUGAAUCAGAACAAGAACUACAAGAUAAACCACAAGUAAAAGCAGAACCUGAACCUGAAGCUGAACCAGAACAAGAACCGGAAGCUGAACCAGAACAAAAAACCGAAGCAGAACCAGAGCUACAACCAGGACCGGAACCAAACCAAGAACUAGAAGCUGCACCAAAAGCUGAAGAAGAAUCAGAACUAUAUUCCCAACCCAAAUCUAAACAAGAACCAGAUGCAAAACCAGAAGCUGCACCUAAAACAAAAAAGGCAGUAGCUACAAAGGCUGAUCCAGAUCUUUUUCAAGUGGAGUUGAAGUCUGAGCCGCAAGUAGAUCCAAAGGUGACUCCAGUGUCUAAGAAGACUUCAGUAGAGGCAGACAAGCUUAAGACUUCCAAGAAAAGAACGGAGACUUCUAAAGUGCGAGCUUCUCUUGCGGCCGAGAACAGAGAGACCAUCGCUGAAAAUGUUGUCGUACUAAAGGAUGCUCAAGAAGUAAAGAUCUUUAAGCUCCAUCACACAGAAGAGAAAGCUGGGACAGUUGAAAAAGAAAUUGGAGAGAGAAAGGAAGACCAGAGCCAACAGAACAUUCUUACUAAGGAAGAGAAAGUUGGGACAGUUGAAAAAGAAAUUGGAGAGAGAAAGGAAGACCAGAGCCAACAGAACAUUCUUACACAGGAAAAGGGGAAUGUUCAUACAUGGUACGUUGAAGGCCGCCCAGUUAGCAGUCCUGAGCCCUUUGAGAAAACCGAAUUAUCUUGCAUAGACAACGAUGGUAACACAUUGGUGGAACAUUUUGACCCUGAACACAAAACCACACUAGCAGGAACUUUAGAUACUUACGAUGAAAACAAGAAAACCCCAGCAACAGAGGCUAUGACAAAGAAACAUACUCUGACUGACAAAAGUGAUUUGCAAAUACAACUCAAAGAGGUAGAAACUGAAGUGUCAAUACGUACACACAAAGCAUUACCCAAACCAAGUUGGCAAGCUGAUCCUGCUGAAGAGUCACAUCCUUCUCAAACUGCUGUUUCCCAUCUCAUAAGAGGCAGUCCUCCCACUGAAGAGCUGGUAACAUCUCCAGCUGACAAAGUCAAAGAUGUGUCUUGUGAGGAAAGUGCAGAGAAAUCACCUUUAAAGAACAGAAUGUCCCCUCAAGAAGAAUCCGUCCUGUCUAAAACAGAACUCCGCCGUGUUCAAGUCCAUAAACCCUUGAAGGACACGGCUCCAUCAGCAAGGAGUACAAUGUUUCCUUUAGGGGAAGCAUCUCCUCUUAAAGUAGAUACUUCCUCAAACAAUGUGUCCUCACCCAAACUUGUUGGACCACAGCCGAAACCUCUUACAACUGAGAUGCAUCUCUCUUCACCACGAAAACAUGAAGAUUGUGCUGAAACACAUUUCACGGAAGAACGGACAAGAACUGAGCAGUCAGCAGGGAAAGAAGAUGGCGGAAAGCAGAGUCAAGUAAAGAAAUCACAGAUGGAAAAGUUGAUGCUUCAUAAAGGUAUUGAGGCCAUGAUCCACCCUCUUCCAAGACUUGCUCAUGCGUCUCCUCCAGAGACAAAACCAUCUAUGGCAGUACCUUCACCGCCCACAGAGAAAGUUGCUCCACCUUCAGAGAAGAAAGAGUUGAAAGGCUUGGCUCCUUCUGGUCUAGACCACAAAGUAUCUCCUCCCGCAGUGCCUCCUCCAAAGGAGAAGAAAGUGCCUGCACCCGCACCAAAGCCUCCAGCUGAACUCAUUCCUUCUCCAGAGGAGAAACCUUUGGAACCAUCUUCUGUUGUGAAGGAUGUGUCUUCACCUACAGAAUGCGAAGAAACACAUUAUAUCAAACAGAAAAGUGGUCCCACCAAGCCAGAAGAACAACACGUUCGUAAAGAAGAUGUCACCGAAAUGACAGUUCUACUUUCUGAUAGCGAGCACAGAGAGUUAACACUCCCGACAACUGAACAAGUCUUUAUGUCAAAUAAAGAGGCAUCAACAACCAUGAGGCCACCUAAAGAUGUGCAGUAUGGACAUGGCAAAGAAGAGGUACGGAAGCCAGAUGUGUCUAAAAAGACAAAAGAGGCAGACGAUCAAGAAACAACAGUGAAACAUUCUGAACCUGAGAGUGGACUCAGUCCGGAAAAGACAGUUCAACUCACCGCUAGUGCAAAAUUCACAAAAGUUGGAGACGCUGCUUCCAGGGGUCCUGAUUUAACACCUGGUGUUUGCAAAGAGUUGAAAAAGAAAGCUGAUCUUGAGCCUCCAAAGGAGGAAUAUGUUAAAGCUCAACUAGUGUCUCCAUCAGACAAGUUGCAAGUGAAACUAGAGCCUAAAGUUGUGCAGUAUGGACAGGGCGAUGAAGAGGUACUUGAGCCAGAUGUGUCCAAAAAGACAAAAGAGGAAGAGGAUCAAGAAACAACAGUGAAAGACUCUGAACCUGAUAGUGGACCCAGUCCGAAAAAGACAGUUCACCCCACCACCAGUGCGAAAUCCACAAAAGUUGGAGGCACUGCUUCCAGGGGUCCUGAUUUAGCACUUGGUGUAAGCAAAGAGUUGAAAAAGAAAGCUCACAUUGAGCCUCCAAAGGAGGAAGAUGUUAAAGCUCAACUAGUGUCUCCAUCAGACAAGUUGCAAGUGAAACUAGAGCCUAAAGUUGUGCAGUAUGGACAGGGCGAUGAAGAGGUACUUGAGCCAGAUGUGUCAGAAAAGACAAAAGAGGAAGAGGAUCAAGAAACAAUAACAGUGAAACAUUCUGAGCCUGAUAGUGGACUCAGUCCGAAAAAGACAGUUCAACCCACCACCAGUGCGAAAUCCACAAAAGUUGGAGGCACGGCUUCCAGGGGUCCUGAUUUUGCCCCUGGUGUUUGCAAAGAGUUGAAAAAGGAAGCUGACAUUGAGCCUCCGAAGGAGGAACAUGUUAAAGCUCAACUAUUGUCUCAUUUAGACACCGUGCAAAUGACUCUGAAGCCUGAAGUCCAAAUAGAAGCAAAAGUGUCAGAGAAAGACGACACGCUUGUGGAUACAAAAGUACUCAGUCACAAAAGAGAUGGACGCUCUAAAAAAUGUACGCAAGACGAACAAAAGCCUACAAGAGAGGAGCAGGGACCGGCUAUUGUUCCUAAGGAUGUCAGUGUCAGAAUAAUGACAGACAUAAUUCCACAAACAGAAGAUGAACAUGAAGUCCCACAGAGAAAAACAGAUACCGUCAAAACAGUUGCCAAACUCCAGAGGACCUCAUCACCUCGACCAAGUACAGAAAAUGUUGAAGUUGAGCAGACUUUGAAAGACAUUGAAAACUUUGAAGGAAAAAGGAAGACAGUUGAACUAACAAACAAGGUUGAUGAGCCAAAACCCAGAGAACUCUUUGAUAAAACUGCUUCUCCGAAGGUAAAAACCUUUUCAAAAACCGUUUCACCAAAAAUGUCUGACGUUUCAAAGAAACCUUCCCCAGAGGAGGCCUCUCACCUGGAUGAAACUGACAGUGUGAGGGUUCCCCUAAUGAAAGAGGUCUCUCCAAGCGCAGUACAGGUGAAGAAAAUUCCCACCCAGGUAGAGGAGGAAGUAUUUGAAGAUGAAGUCGAAGACGAGGACACGCAAGCGGAUGAGGAGGCCUGGGGCUGGGAGCUGGUUCCCUUAGAGAGCUGGCAAGGUGAAGGGAUGGAUGGAUCGCUGCAGACUCCAGGCAUGCCUGACAGCCAACAAGAUGGCAAACCAGCAGAAGAACCUGCCAAAGGACUCGGACGAGGAUUUCGGGUGAGACAAACACCCUCUCCCGGUGACGGGGGCCGGGGGCGGGGCCUGAGGCCCGGUGGGAAAGGCCCUUCGCCACCGGAAGAACCUUUUGGCGGAUUCAAGCUCAAAGCCGUCCCACUUAAGUUUAUCAAGAAGAUUCAGGACAUCGUGCUGCAGGAAGCAGAAUCUAUCGGCUCGUCGGCCGUGUUCGAGUGUAUGGUGUCGCCGUCCACUGCUAUCACCACGUGGAUGAAAGAAGACAUUCCCCUGCGUGAGGGCCCCAAGUACCAUCUCACAUCUGACGGCAAAGAUCGUACGAUAACGGUCAAAGAUGUCCAGCUGUCGGACACUGGAGUGUACACCUGUGUCGCCAAGAACGCUGGCAAGGAAAUCACCUGCACCGCUAAACUGGUUGUUGAAGAGCUGCCGGUGAAGUGGAUCAAAGAGUUGGAAGUGGACACGUCGUGUACGAAAGGCCAGCCCAUGUACCUCACAUGUGAGCUCAACAAGGAGAGGGACACCGUCUGGAAGCGUGGUGGGGUGCAACUGAAGAGACAGUUGGGGAAGGUGGCCAUCAACGUGAUCGGCAUGCAGCACGCCGUGACUAUUCAGAAUUCCAUGGAGGAGGACGCUGGCGUUUACACAUGCGAGGUGGUGGGGCAGGAGGACAUCACCACCAGCACCAAUGUCAAAGUGAUCGAGGUCAUCAAAGACUGGCUGGUGAAGCCUCUGAGGGACCAGCACGUAAGACCCAAGUCCAAGGCAAUAUUCCGAUGUCAGCUUUUCAAGGAAACGCCCAACUGGAAGUGGUACAAAGGCGAAACCGAGCUGGCACCUUCCGAAAAGGUGGAGAUCGUCAAAGAUGGCAUCUUGAUGACUCUCACCAUCAAUAACUGCCAGCCGGACGACGUGGCGGAUUAUACCGUGGAAGUGGAAGGCCGCAAGUACAUGGCCAAGCUGAGCCUUGGAGAGCGGGAAGCGGAGAUCCUGAAGCCACUUGUUAGCCUCGAAGUGGUUGAGAAAGAAGAAGCCAACUUUGACACGGAGAUUUCAGAGGACGACGUCGUUGGGGAAUGGAAACUUCAGGGACAAGUGCUGACGCGAUCUCCGACGUGUGACAUCAAAGCCGAAGGGACCAAACGUUUCCUGGCCUUAAAGAAUGUCCAGCUGGACCAGGCGGGCGAAGUGUCCUAUCAGGCUUUAAACGCCAUCACCAGCGCCAUGUUGACCGUCAAAGAGAUCGAAAUGGGCUUUGUUGAGCCUGUCAAGGACGUUUCUGUUCCUGAAAAGAAACAAGCUAAGUUUGAAUGCACCAUCACCAAGGACGUGUCAAAGGUCUUGUGGUUCAGAGGGGCAGAGAUUGUCGUCUCAGGCCCCAAAUAUGAAAUGAUCGACGAUGGAAAGAAACACAUGCUGAUCAUAAACAGCUGUGAGUUUGACGAUGAGUCUGAGUACACAAUAGAAGUUUUGGGUCAGAGAUCAACUGGUCGGCUGACUGUGGAAGGCACCAGACUUAAAAUUGUGAGGCAACUUGAAGACCAAACUGUCAAAGAAGGUAAAACGGCUCGCUUUGAGCUGGAGCUGACUCUUGACAACGUACCCGUGGUUUGGUACCGCAAUGAAGUCAAACUACACUUGAGCCGAACGGUGAUCACUCAUGUGGAAGGAAAGACGCAUGUUCUAGAAAUGAAGGAGGUGACACUUGAUGAUGUCUGCCAGAUUAAGGCAGAGGCUAAAGGAAUAGUCUCAAUGGCAAAGCUGACAGUCAUAGAGGGUGAUGCUGUGUUUGUGGUGAAACUCCAAGACUACACGGCCACUGAAAAAGACCCGGUCUCUCUGGACUGUGAGCUCAGCAAAGAUGUGCCUGUUGUUUGGUAUUACGAGGAAAAGGAGAUUAUUGCCUCCAAGACGGUGGUAAUAAAGACAGAGACCACUCGAAGGUCUUUGGUCCUGAGGAAAGUGGAGCUGAGCAGUAAGGGGAAGUACACCUGUGACUGUGGAACCGACAAGACGGUGGCUAACCUCAAUAUUGAAGCUCGCAAGGUCAAAUUGAUUCGACCGAUUUACGGUGUAGAGCUUUUUGAUGGAGAAACGGCUCGUUUUGAGGUGGAGAUCUCUGUGGACGAUGUGCACGGGCAGUGGCAACUGAAUGGCGUAGUCCUGAGUCCUUCUUCUGAUGUGGACAUCAUCGAAGAGGGAGGCAAACACACGCUGAUCCUGUACAACUGUAAAGUGCCCAUGACGGGCGAAGUGGUUUAUACGGCUGCCAACGCAAAGUGUGCUGCCAACUUGCAUAUCAAAGAACUUCCUCUCAACUUCCUGACGCCGCUGAGUGACGUGCAUGUGUACGAGACAGACCCAGCCAGGUUUGAGGUGGAAGUGUCGAGAGCCCCGAAGAGCUUCCGCUGGCUGAAGGGUUCACAGGAGCUGCAGACUGACGACAAGUAUGAAAUAAUCCAGGACGGGAACACGUACGCCCUGCUGAUCCCAUCGGCUGCCUAUGAAGACGAAGCCACGUACAUGUUUGAAGCAGAUGACAAGAGAACGACCGGCAAGCUGGUCAUCCAAGGUAUCCGCCUGAAGUUUGUUAAACCCAUCAAGGACGUGACGGUGAAGGAACGUGAAACGGCAGAGUUCAGCGUGCAACUCUCUCACGAAAAGAUACCGGUGGUCUGGUACAAGAACGACGUGCGCCUUCACCCAAGCAAGGUGGUGCACAUGUCGGAACAGGGAACCGUCCACACGCUGACCCUCAAGGAGGUCGUUAUGGACGACACGUCCAUGAUCAAGGUGGAGGCCAUGGACAAGAGUGUCAGCGCCAUGCUCACCGUCAUCGAGGGCGACUUGUACUUCACCACCAAACUACAGAAUUGCUCGGCUGUGGAAAAGGACCAAGUGAAGCUCGUGUGCGAGCUGAGCAGAGCCGCCGCAGACGUCAAAUGGUACAUGGGCGAUAAAGAGCUCACACCCUCCAAAAACAUCGCUCUGACCAGGGACGGCAAGAAACGUAUCCUGACUAUCCGCAAGGCUGAGAAGAGCGACAUGGGCGAGUACUCCUGUGACUGCGGCUCGGACCAAACUACCGCUAAUCUCAACAUUGAAGCGCGUGACAUCAAGGUGGUUCGUCCACUCUACAGCGUCGAGGUGACCGAAACGGAGAUGGCCAGAUUUGAGAUAGAGAUUUCUGAGGACGAUGUCCAAGGAAACUGGAAGAUGAAAGGAGAAGAUUUGCGCCCGUCAACGGACGUGGAGAUAAAGGAGGAGGGAAGCAAACAUCUUCUGAUCCUCUACAACGUGCGCAUGGACAUGGCGGGAGGCGUGGACUUCUCGGCGGAAAACGCCACGUCGAGCGCUCAGCUGCGGGUGAAAGCGCGGCCCAUCCGCCUCCUGCAGCCGCUGAAGGACGUGACGGUGACGGCCGGGCAGACCGCCUCCUUUGAGUGCGAGCUGUCCUACGAAGGCAUCGCCGUCAGUUGGUUCCUGGCUGCACAAAAGAUGGAGGCCAGCGAGCGGGUGAAGACUCGAGUGGCUGGGCGAAUUCACGGUCUGACGGUGCGGGACGUAAAACUGUCUGAAGCAGGACAGGUCAGAUUGACCGCCAAGGACUUCCAAACUCAGGCUCAGCUCAUAGUUCUAGAACCGCCAGUACAGUUCACCAAGCCUCUGGAGGACAUGACGGUGGAAGAGGAAGCCACCGCCACGCUGGAGUGCGAGGUUUCCAGGGAGAACGCACGUGUGCGAUGGUUUAAGGACGGACAGACGGAGAUCCGCAAGACUAAGAAAUAUGACAUGAUCGUUGACGGCACAAAGAGGGCACUGGUCAUUCAUGACUGCAACCUGGACGACAUCAAGACAUACACGUGUGACGCCAAGGACUUUAAGACUUCCGGCUUCCUUGAUGUCAUACCGCCUCUUGUGGAGUUCAUCAAGCCUCUGCAUGACGUCGAGGUCAGAGAGAAAGAAUCUGCCAAGUUUGAAUGCAUAGUAUCCCGCGAGUCUGCAAAGGUUCGCUGGUUCAAGGAUGGCGGAGAGCUAAGAAAAGGAAAGAAGUACGAGAUAAUGGCCGAGGGACUUAAGAGGAUCCUGAUUAUACACAAGUCUACAUUGGACGAUGAGGCGGAAUACGAGUGUGAUGCCGUGACGUCCAAGAGCUCCGGCAUGCUGACUGUCAUUGAGGAAGCUGCCAGGUUUACCAAGAACCUCUCUAAUGUGGAAGGCACAGAGACAGACAGCGUGAAGCUGAUCUGUGAGGUGUCAAAGCCAGGGGCAGAGGUAACCUGGUACCAAGGAGUCAGGGAGCUGCCAGAGGGUGGCCGAUACGAGCAGAUCAUGGAUGGUCGCAAGAGGAUCCUGAUCAUCCAAGAUUUGAGGAUGGAGGAUGCUGGCGAAUAUAACUGCAGACUCAGCCCUGACGUCAAAACAUUUGCCAUCCUGAAACUGAACGAACUUGCAGCUGAGUUCAUCGCCAGACCUCAAAACCUUGAGGUUGUGGAAGGUGAAAAGGCCGUGUUCGUCUGCUCAGUCUCCAAGGAAACCUACGAGGUGAAAUGGUUCCGAGGGAACAAGGAAGUGGAAACUGGGGACAAGUACACAAUUGUCAGUGACGGAAAGAGACGGGCUCUUACUGUGAAAAACUGUGUCCUUGAGGAUGAGGGAGGCUAUUUGGCCCAAAUCGGCAGCGUUAAAGCCUCCGCUGAUCUCUUCGUAAUUGAAAAACUGAAGAUCAUAACACCCAUCAGAGACACAGAGGUGAAAGAGGGAAGCGAGAUCGUCUUCAACUGUGAGACGAACGAGGAGGGAGCAAAGGCUAAGUGGCUAAAGAACCUGGACACUAUAUUUGAUAGCAGCAAGUAUAUGAUGGCUCAGAGGGACAACGUCUUCUCCCUGAGGAUCCGGAAUGCCUCCAAGGCUGACCAGGACGAUUACACGAUCUGCCUGACCAAUCAUAGAGGAGAACAGGCCAAGUGCUCGGCCCACGCUAAAGUCGCAGAGGAGAAGCUGAAGUUCCUGGAGCCUAUUGAGGACACUGAGACUCAGGAAAAGAAGACCAUUAUUUUUAGGUGCAAGGUGAACCGACCCAAGGCGACCGUGCGGUGGAUGAAGGCUGGCGAGGAGGUGCCUCUCAGCAAACGCGUUGUCUACAAAACGGACGGCCUUACCCACACACUGACCAUUAAGGACUGCACCAUGGAUGAUGAGGGAGACUAUAGCGCUGUGGUCGGCGAAGACAAGUGCGCUGCUGAACUGAUCAUCAACGAGGCGCCGACAGACUUCACAACACAGCUCAAAGACGAGACUGUCACCGAAUUUGAGGAUGCAGAGUUCACCUGCGAACUGUCCAAAGAGAAGGCCGAUGUCAAGUGGUACAGGAACGGUCGAGAGAUCAGAGAAGGACCAAGGUAUCGCAUGGAGAGAGAAGGUAAGACAUGCAGGCUGGUCAUCACGGAGUGCAGACCAGACGAUGAAUGUGAAUACGCCUGUGGCGUGGAAGAGACGAGGACCAGAGCAAGACUGUUUGUUGAAGAAAUCCCAGUGGAAAUAAUCCGACCGCCUCAGGACAUUACUGAGCCUCCAGACUCAGACGUGAUAUUUGAGGCGGAGUUAAACAAAGACAGGGUGGAGGUGAAGUGGAUGAGAAACAACAUGUUAAUAGUGCAGGGAGACAAGUACCAAAUGAUCACAGAGGGUAAAGUCCACAGACUGCAGGUGUGUGAGAUACGCCCUCGAGAUCAGGGCGAGUACAGAAUUGUGGCCAAGGACAAAGAUGCUCGAGCGAAGUUGGAGCUAGCGGCUGCUCCCAAGAUUAAAACCACAGACCAGAACCUGGUAACAGACGCUGGCAAGCCAUUUGUCAUAACAGUUCCCUACGACUCUUACCCUCGUGCAGAAGCCGAGUGGUUUUUCAGUGGCAUUAGUUUACCUCAUCAGAACAUAGACACUUCAGUUGACAAGACAAUAUACCGCCUUAAAAGCCCUAGCAAGGAGGACCGGGGCAGGUACAAGGUGGUCAUUAGGAACAAGCAUGGAGAGGGAGAGGCCUUCAUUAAUUUGGAUGUGAUUGAUGUUCCCGGACCGAUCAAGAACCUGAUGGUGACCGACACUGCUGAUGGUGAGGUCAGUUUGGCCUGGGAGGAACCAGAGAGUGAUGGUGGAAGCAAAAUCACGUCAUAUGUGGUAGAAAGGCGUGAUGUGAAGCGAAAUACAUGGACAGUGGCAACACAGCGUGCCGAUGCUCCAGAGUAUUGUGUCAGUGGCCUUCAAAAAGACUCAUGGUACCUGUUCAGAGUCUGUGCCACAAAUCGUGUUGGGAGUGGGCCUUUUGUUGUCACAGAGGACGCAGUUCAAGCCAAGAAUAAAUUCGAUGUCCCAGAUGCUCCGGAGAAUGUGGCUGUCAGUGAGGUGAACAGAUUUGGCGCCACCAUUGUCUGGGAGCCUCCAAAGUUUGACGGUGGCGCAGAGAUCACUGCCUAUGUGAUCGAACUCCGGGACAGGACUUCUGUGAAGUGGGAGCCGGCCAUGGUCUGCGGUGCCAGCGAUCGCCUGGCCAGUCUCAAUGACGUGGUAGAGAACAAGGAGUACAUCUUCAGAGUGCGGGCUGAGAACAAGGCUGGCCUCGGCAAACCAAGUGCUGCCACCAAACCCGUCAAGAUCAUGGAUCCCAUUGAGAGGCCGAGCCCACCACUCAACCUUAAUUUCAAUGACCAAACCAAGGAAGCUGUCACGCUCACCUGGGAGACACCUGCCAAAAAUGGCGGCAGCAUGAUCACUGGCUACAUCAUUCAGAAAUGUGAGGACGGCACAGACAAGUGGCUUCGCUGCAAUGCCAGACUGUGCCCGGACCUCUCCUAUAGGGUGUCUGCACUGAAAGCUGGUCAUAAGUACCUUUAUAGGGUUUGUGCUGAGAAUGCCGCAGGCGUCUCUGAUCCAGCCGAACAACUUGGCCCGCUGCUUGCUGAUGAUCCUCACGUUGGUCCGACCUUUGAUCUAAGUGCCUUUAGGAAGGGCUUGGAGGUCAUUGUCCCUCAGCCUGUCACCAUCAGAGUUCCCAUCACUGGAUACCCUACCCCCACCUCCAAAUGGACCUUUGAAGAGAAGGAGUUGACAUCAGCAGAUGAGCGUGUCUCUAUGGUUACAAAGCCCACAUACACUGAGCUAACAGUUAUGCCUAGUGUCCGUCCAGACAAAGGAAUCUACACAAUUGAGCUGGAAAACGAUGUCUCAUCCGUCUCUGGAGAGAUCGAAGUCAACGUUAUCGCAUGCCCCAGUGCUCCUAAAGACUUCAGGGUGUCAGAGGUGUCCAGACACCACGUCCACCUGAUGUGGGAGGCUCCUGAGCAUGAUGGAGGAAGUCCCGUCACACACUACCAAAUUGAGAAGAGAGAAGUUUCACGUAAGACAUGGGCCAAGGUGGCUACAGGAGUCCUAGACCUGGAGCAUACGGUGACCGACGUAAUUGAAGGGAAGGACUACCUUUUCAGUGUCAUGGCCUGCAAUAAAUGUGGACCAGGAGAGCCGGCUUAUAUUGACGAGCCCGUCAAUGUAUCCUCCCCAGCCACUUCACCCGAUGCUCCUGAAAACCUGAAGUGGCGUGAUAAGACCAGCAAAGGCAUUUUCUUGUCCUGGGAACCUCCAAAGUAUGAUGGUGGUGCCCCAAUCAAAGGUUACAUCGUGGAGAAAUGUCAACGGGGAAGCGACAAGUGGGAACCCUGCUCUGAUACAGUCCCUGAGCCAAAGUUUCAGGUGACUGGUCUGAUUGAGGGACAGUGGUAUGCCUACAGAGUCAAAGCUGUCAACAAGCUCGGACCCAGUCGACCUUGCAGGGCUACUGAUGAGAUCCAGGCCGUUGAUGCUAAAGAACCUCCAGAUAUUCAGCUGGAUGUGAAGCUGUUAGCUGGUUUGACUGCCAGAGCCGGCAGAAAUAUUGAACUCCCAGCCGAGGUCAAAGGAAAGCCAGAUCCCCGUGUUAAGUGGACCAAGGCCGACUUGGUCCUACGGACUAAUGAUCGGAUCAGCAUCGACACACAGCCAGGUUACUCCAAGGUGUCCAUUGCCAACACAAUCAGAAGCGACACUUCCACCUACAUCAUCGAAGCGGUCAACAUCUGUGGACGUGCAACUGCUACCGUUGAUGUCAACAUUCUUGACAAACCUGGUCCACCUGCCGCCUUGGACAUCUCUGAAAUCACCAGCGAGUCUUGCCUCCUGGCCUGGAACCCUCCAAGGGAUGAUGGUGGUUCACCUGUCACCAACUACAUCGUCGAGAGUCGGGAGACUGACAAGCCUGACUGGACAAAGCUUUCAGCCACAGUGAAACACACCACAUUCAAGGCUCACAAGCUCACCCCUCUGAAGGAGUAUGUCUUCAGGAUCAGUGCUGAAAACCAAUACGGUGUUGGAGAACCUGUGGAGCAUGUGCCAAUCAUUGCAAAGUAUCCAUUUGACCAGCCAGGCGCCCCCAGCAGAGUCACCCCGUCUGACAUCGCCAAGGACGCCGUGACCCUGAACUGGUUUGAACCAGACGAGGACGGCGGAAGUCCCAUCACGGGUUAUUGGGUGGAAAAGUACGACCCCGACACCGAUAAGUGGGUCAGGUGCAACAAGUUGCCCAUCAAAGACACAACGUUCAGAGUGAAAGGGCUAACCACUAAAAAGAAGUACCGGUUCAGGGUUCUGGCUGAGAAUUUGGCUGGAACUGGAAAACCCAGCUCAGAAACUGACCCAGUUCUCAUCAAAGACCCCAUCGAUCCUCCAUGGGCUCCUGGCAAGCCUGUAAUCCGUGACGUGGGCAAGACCUAUGCCGUGCUGGCCUGGACCAGACCCGAGCAUGAUGGCGGAGCUAAGAUCGAAGGCUAUAACAUCGAGUUCCAGAAAAGCGGAAGUGAUGAGUGGAUCCAAAUUGCCGAGGACGUCCCCCAGACUGAACAUAAGCUCCAGGGUUUGGUGGAGAAGCAGGAAUACAUUUUCCGGGUCAAGGCUGUCAACAAAGUUGGCGUGAGUGAGCCCAGCGAGCCCUGUGACGCCGUGGUCUGCAAGGAGAGGCUCUAUCCACCAUCUGCGCCUCAGUGGCUGGAAGUAGUUAACAUCACCAAGAUCAACGCUGACCUCAAAUGGCAGGUUCCCAGCAGUGACGGAGGCUCGCCCAUCACCAACUACGUGGUGGAGAAGAGGGACGUGCGACGGAAGACCUGGCAGACCGUCGACACGACGGUCAAGGAGCCCAAGUACACGGUGAGCCCUCUCAACGAAGGCUCGCUGUACGUGUUCCGCGUGGCUGCAGAAAACGCCGCCGGGAUGGGCGAGUACUGCGAGCUGGAGGACGCUGUGCUUGCCAAGGACACUUUUACUACUCCUGGACCUCCUUAUGCUCUGACCGUGGUGGAGGUCACCAAGAGACACGUGGAGCUGAAAUGGGAAGCUCCGAAGAGCAACGGUGGAAGACCCAUCACCAAGUACGUGAUAGAGAAGAAGGAGAAAGUGGGAACUCGUUGGCUGAAGUGCUGCAAGACUCCAGACAAGCAGACGCAGUUCAAGGUGACUGACGUGGACGAGGGCUCAGAGGUGCAGUUCCAAGUACGGGCAGAGAAUGAGGCGGGAGUGGGAGAACCAAGUGAACCCACCGAAGUCCUUACCAUCGAGGAUCCAACCAGUGCGCCAUCUCCUCCCUUGGACGUGACUGUGCCUGAUAGCAGCAGAGAGCACAUCAAUGUGUCGUGGAAGCCGCCAGUCAAGGACGGUGGCUCCCCGAUCACUGGCUACCACGUGGAGGUGGCUGAGGCCCGUCCUGAGCUAAAGUGGUUGCGGGUUAACAGCAGACCUAUCAAAGAGCCUAAGUUCAAGAUCGAAGACGGAAUCAAACCAGAGAAGAAGUAUGUCAUCAGGGUUCGUGCCAUUAACGCUAUCGGCGUUAGCGAACCCUCCGAGCUCUCUGACAAGGUGUUUACCAAGGAUCCAGACUGUGCCCCAAAAUUGGAACUGGACACACAGGAUGUGGUGGUGAUUGAGGGGGAGAAGCUGCACCUGAAUGUCCCCUACAAGGGCAUCCCGAUUCCAAAUAUGGUGUGGCAGAAGGACACGGUGGAAUGCAAAAAAGAUGAGCGUCUCUCCAUGACAGUGGAGAUGAACAGUGGUCAUCUGGAGCUACUCAGAUGCACACGUUCUGACGCUGGUGUCUAUAAUAUCACCCUGGAAAACAGUCUGGGCACCGCCAACGGGAGUAUUAAUGUCAAAGUCAUCGGGCUCCCUGGUCAGUGCAAAGACAUCAGCUCCAGUGAUGUCACAAAUAAUUCCUGCAAGAUCAGCUGGGAAGCCCCCGAGGAUGACGGCGGGACACCUAUCCUUAGUUACAUACUGGAGCGUCGUGAAGCGUCCAAGAAGACCUACAUGCCCGUCAUGUCAGGGGAGAAUGUUCUUUGUUGUAUGGUUAAAGACUUGUACGUCAACUGCGAGUACUACUUCCGGGUCAAGGCUGUCAACAAGGUCGGCCCAGGAGCAUUUCUGGAGCUGCGGAACCCUGUCAUUAUAGAGGAGGUUAAGCAGAAACCAGACCCACCGAUCCAAGUGGAGGCUCAUGACCCAACAUCCAAAUCUAUCACCAUCACCUGGAAAGCUCCCGAUUACGAUGGUGGCUGCCCCAUUCAAGGCUACGUCGUGGAGAAGAUUGAGAAGGACGGUGAUCGCUAUGAGAGGGUUACCCCAAGCUUGGUCCCCGGUUUCUCCUAUGUGGUGACAGGUCUGAAGGAAGACACUGAAUACCAGUUCAGGGUUCGAGCCGAGAACGCUGCUGGAGUCAGUGAGCCCUCGCGAAGCACACAACUCAUAAAGGCUGCUGACCCCGUUGAAAAACCGAGUGUCACCCUGCACGCCAAUGUGCAGUCUGGUUUGUGCAUUAAGAGAGGUGAGGAGAUCUGCAUCAAUGCAAACAUCUCCGGUUCGCCUUACCCCAAGAUCACUUGGCUGAGGAACAAUGAGGACGUCACCAAAGAGCCUACAAAGACUCUUGUCCCGCUGGUCAAGAAGAAGAAGACAAGAUCGAAGGUUCCCGAACCCACAGAAGAAUUUGUGACGCCAAUGCGUGAGCGCCUCGGUUUGGACCAGACUAAGAAGGGACACUCGGCACUAAUGAUCCGAGAGGCUAUAAGAAGUGACCAUGGCAACUUCACCAUCGAGGUGAAGAACAUUCAUGGCGUUGCCAGCGCCUCUUGCGUUGUUAAUGUUCUCGACAAACCUGGCCCACCCUUCAAUUUCACCUUUGAUGACAUCAAGAGCACCUCAGUAAUAUGUAACUGGGAGCCUCCUGAAGAUGACGGCGGCAGUGAAAUACUGAACUAUAUCCUAGAGAAAAAGGAUAACAAGAACGAUGCCGUUGGCUGGAUCACCGUCACAUCCACCGUGAAGGGUACCAGCUUCCCCGUCACUAAGCUGAUCGAAGGAAAAGAGUACAUCUUUAGAGUUACUGCAGAAAACAAAUUUGGAUGUGGACCGUCAUGCAUCUCCGAACCAGUGGUUGCCAAGAACCAAUUUGAUCCUCCUGAUGCUCCGAACACCCCAAGAGUUCAUGAAGUGACAGCAAGCUCCGCCCACAUCUCCUGGCAUGAGCCAAAGGACAAUGGCAGUCCGAUUCUAGGCUACUGGAUUGAGAAGAAGGAGGUGAACAGCAAAUAUUGGACUCGUGUCAACCGUGCUCUCCUCAACUCUCUGGAGGUAAAGGCGAGCGGUCUGAUGGAGGGACUCAGCUAUAUCUUCAGGGUGUGUGCCGAAAACCUGGCUGGGCCCGGACCUUUCAGUGAGCCCACGGACCGUAUUGUUGCUAUGGAUGCUAUCUUGCCUCCUGGGCCCCCAACACCAUGGGUCGUGGACACUGGGAAGGACUCAAUCAUUGUGGCUUGGAAGCCACCUUUGUUCAACGGAGGAGGGGACAUCCUGGGAUAUCAUGUUGAGAAGGUGGUGGUUGGUGAAAAGGACUGGACACGCAGCACAGAGUUCAGGUGCAAAGAACUGACCUACAAGGUCACAGGUCUGACUGAAGGAGCUGAUUACUACAUCCGAGUCAUCGCCGUUAACGAAGCAGGUCCCGGAGCUCCUGGUGUCACAGAACCUGUCACCGUCAAAGAGCCUCAAGAACCUCCCGCUGUUGACUUUGAGCUCUCUGUGAGGAACGGUGUGAUGAUCAAGGCUGGAGAGCCCUUAAAGCUUCCCGCCAUAGUCAUUGGCCGGCCCCAGCCUGAGAUUAAGUGGGCUAAAGAUGAUGCUGAAAUUGACAAGGAGAGAAUGCUAGUGGAGACGGACGGCAAGAACAGCUGUCUGCUCAUCAAAAAGGCAGUGAGGGCGGAUCACGGAAAGUACCAGAUUUCUGGAACCAACAGCAGCGGGACUAAGGCCGCUGAAACGAGAGUGGAUGUCAUGGAUGUCCCAGGCCCUGUGAUUGACUUGAAGACUGUGACGGUGACCAAGAAGAACAUCACCCUCACCUGGUCCGAUCCACUAGACAAUGGUGGAAGUGACAUCUUUGGUUACGAGGUUCUGAGGAAAGAUGCCAAGAUGAAACUCUUCCGCCAGCCUAUUGAGGUGGCGUCCUGCAAGUGCGACAUCCAGGGCUUACUGGGUGGCGAAGAGUACAUUUUCAGGGUCAUUGCCCGAAACAAGUAUGGAGAUGGCGCUCCAACGGAUCUUGGGCCCAUCCUAGCUGAAGAUCCUAAAGCUACACCAUCUGCUCCGGAGAAGCUCCAUUACACUGACAGAAGCAAGAACACUAUCACACUGGCCUGGCAACCACCACGCAGCGACGGUGGUAGCCCUGUCAUAGGCUACUACGUAGAGAAGAUGAGAUCUGACGGCGGUGAAUUUGACGUGGCUAACCACAAGAUGUUUCCCAAGUGCUGUGGUACCAUUGAGAACUUGUCAGAGAACCAGGAGUACCAGUUCCGUGUCAAAGCUGUAAAUGAGGUCGGUGACGGGCCACCAUCCAAGCCAAUCACAGCCAAUAUUCAGGAUGAUAAAAUUCCACCAGUUAUUACAAUUCUGAAGUACUUCAAAGGUAACGCCAUCAUUGUGAAGAAAGGCUCUGACGUUGACAUUCCAGCUGAGGUAAAGGGACUUCCUCUUCCAACACUCAAGUGGAUGAAGGAUGACGAGGAGCUGGACAAACCAAACAGAGAAAAGAUGACAAUUGAAACGGAAGAGGUGAAUCGUACCACACUGAGGACAAAACUAUCCAUGCCAGAAAGCACCAGACAAGACAAAGGCAAAUACAAACUGCUGGCUGAAAACUGCCACGGAAAAUCUCAGCACAUAAUCCGCGUGGAGAUCUUGGACCGCCCUCUUCCCCCGAGGAAUAUUGUUGUCUCUGACAUCAAGGCUGACUCGUGCUACCUGACCUGGGAUGCCCCGGAAGACAACGGGGGUAGUGAGAUCACAAACUACGUCAUUGAACGCAGAGAUGCCAGCAAGAAAAAAUCUGAUUUUGAGGCAAUGACCUCCAACCUCAUUGAUCGGCGAUUUGGGGUCUCCAAACUGACUAUGAAUGGUACCUAUCAGUUCAGAAUCAAGGCAGCGAAUAAGUACGGGCUCAGCGACGGCUGUGAUUCAGAGAAAGUAGAACUGAAGGAUCCAUUUGGCCUACCUGGACCGCCACGCAACCCCAAGAUCAUUGCUGCCACAUCAAACACGAUGACUCUGACUUGGCUGCCUCCGCUCGACAAUGGUGGUGCCACAAUUCAAGGCUAUUGGCUAGAGAAGAGGGAACGUGGAGCUGUGUACUGGGCAAAAGUUAAUCGUUGCUCUGUCACCAAACCGGCAAUUAGGGGUCUGCAGUACACUGUUUUUAAGCUCAUUGAAGGAACAGAGUACCAGUUUAGGGUGGCGGCAGGCAAUGCUGCAGGUAUCGGGCCUCCCAGCGAGGCUACAGAGUGCCGCUUUGCUGUGGAUCCAUGCAACACUCCAAGCUCACCUGGAUCCCCUGUGGUCAAAGACAAGACCAAGGACAGUAUCACACUCGCCUGGAGUCCCCCGGAAAGGGAUGGUGGCAGUCCUGUCAAGGGUUACAUCAUUGAGGUCCAUGAGGAAGGUUCUCCUGACUGGAGAAGGGUGACUCCUGCAGAAAAGCUCCAUCAAUCUACUGAGAUAACUAUUCCCGAUCUUAAGGAGGGCAAAAAGUGCAAGUUCAGGAUUUACGCUGUGAACGCUGUCGGCAACUCUGAGCCUGCCAAGACCGCUGAUAUCCUGGUUCAGGAUAUUUUGAUCGAGCCAACAGUUUCUCUGGAUGUGAGCGCUCAGGACCUGCUGAACUGUAGGGCCGGAACCACCAUCAGGAUACCCGCCACCAUCACCGGGCGUCCAGUGCCUAAAGUCACCUGGAACUUUGAUGGAACAGCCGAGACUGAGAAGAAAAAUGAACUUCACACACUUCCCAUUGACUCUGAGAUUCACUCCACUGACACAACCUCCCUGGUCGUCAUCCCCGACUGCAAACUGAACCACGGUGGCCGCUACAUCCUCAAUGUGGAGAACCCCGCCGGACACAAAGUGGUCAAAGUGCGAGUCAACGUGCUCGACAUACCAGGACCUCCUCGGGAUCUGAAGGUGAGCGACGUGACAAGAGGCACUUGCAGACUCACCUGGAAACCUCCAGAGAGUGACGGAGGAGAUAGGGUGAAGAGCUACUUCAUUGAGAAGAAGACAGUGGAGGGAAAAGCCUGGACCAAGGUGAAUACAUCCUGUGCUGCGCAGUCCUUUGUGGUUCCAGACCUGAUUGAGGGUCAGGAUUACUUGUUCCGAGUCCGUGCCGAAAAUCGAUUUGGUUUUGGGCCGCACGUGGAGACCACUGAGGGAACCAAAGCCAAAGAUCCCAUCCAUCCUCCAGAUCCUCCGACCAGACUAAAGAUCCAAAGUGUGAGAAAGGCCACAGUGGCCCUCACAUGGAAGGCUCCCAAAAAUGAUGGUGGAUCACCUGUCACACACUACAGCGUUGACUUACUCUGCUGGGAUGCCAGUGGCACUCAGAAGGAGUCUUGGAGGAGGUGUAACAGGAGAGACAUCGACGUCACAAGCUUUAAGGUGGAGGACCUGACCGAGCGGGAUGAAUAUGAGUUCAGAGUGAUUGCUUACAACAAGGCUGGACCUAGCCGACCAUCUUCCACUGCUGGGCCCAUUCUCAUUCAGGACCAGACCUGCGCUCCAUCCAUUGAGAUGAAGGAGUUUAUGGAGGCCGAGCAGGGCAGUGACAUCAGUGUCGUGGCCAAGAUUCGUGGCUGUCCAUUCCCAACACUCACCUGGUACAAGGCGCCGCCCCACAAGACCGAUAAAAAGGUGGAGGUCUGCUACGAUGAACACAUCAACAAGAUGGUGUCGGACGACAGCUGCACACUACUGAUACAGCAAGGGAAACGUCCUGACACCGGCCUCUACACACUGGUGGCCUCCAACAGCGUUGGCAAAGCGUCCAAGGAAAUGAGGCUCAAUGUGCUUGGCCGCCCUGGUCCUCCCUCUGCUCCUAUUAAGUUUGAAGAGGUUGGUUCUGAGAGGAUCACUCUAUCCUGGCUGCCGCCAAAGGACGAUGGCGGUUCCAAAGUCACUAACUACGUCAUCUGGAGGCGGGUGGCCAACAGAAAGACCUGGGUCCCCGUCACCAGCGAACCCAAAGAACGCGUUUGGACGGUUGAAAACCUAAUGGAGGGCCACGAGUACGUGUUCCGCAUUAUGGCCCAGAACAAAUAUGGCGUGGGCGAACCACUAGACAGUGAUCCAGAGGUGGCCAGAAAUAUCUAUACUGUCCCUGGCCAGUGUGAGAAGCCAACCAUAUCCAAUGUCACCCUGGACUCCAUGACUGUGAACUGGGAGGAGCCUGAGAAUGAUGGUGGCACCCCAAUCACUGGUUAUUGGUUGGAACGCAAGGAGACCACGGGUAAACGAUGGAGCCGUGUCACCCGUGACCCCAUCCGCCCCAUGGGUCUGGGUGAAUCGUUUACAGUGAGUGGACUGGUUGAGGGCUCUGAGUAUCAGUUCAGAGUUAGUGCAAUAAACGCUGCGGGACCUGGACUCCCCAGUGCCCCGAGUGACCCCACGUUUGCCAGAGACCCCAUCUCCCCACCCUCUCCUCCAACACCAAAGGUUUCAGAUUGGACAAAGUCCACCGUGGAUCUGGAAUGGAUCCCCCCACUGAAGGAUGGAGGCUCCAAAAUUAUAGGCUACUGGGUGGAGUACAAGGAGGAGGGCGCUGAGGCCUGGAUCAAGGCUAAAGAUACUGAAAUCCGAGGUACCCGCUUUGUGAUUGCCGGAUUGAAGACUGGUGCACAGUACAGGUUCAGAGUCAUCGCUUUCAACCUUGCUGGUAAUAGUGAGCCAGGCGAAGUUCCAGAGGCACUUACGGUCAAUGACAGAAGCGUUGCCCCUGAGAUUGAUUUGGAUGCCUCAGUGAAGGAAAGAAUCGUGGUCCAUGCUGGUGGCGUUAUCCGGAUCAUCGCUUAUGUGUCAGGCCAGCCAUCACCAGAAAUCACCUGGAGCAGAGAUGGAGCAGCACUGCCCCCAGAGGCCAAGGUGGAAACAACAGCCAUUAGCUCAUCUCUGGUCAUCAAACCAUGUGCCAGAAGGCAUCUCGGCAUCUACACUCUGACUGCCAAGAACGCUGCAGGGGAAAAGAAGAAAAACAUUUCCGUGGAUGUGCUGGAUGUCCCUGGGCCCGUCGGCAUCCCCUUGACGACCGAGAACCUGAGUAGUGAUUCCUGCAAGCUCAACUGGUAUUUCCCAGAGAAUGACGGCGGCUCACCCAUCAGCAACUACGUGGUACAGAAGCGUGAAGCAGAGCGAAAGGCCUGGACGUCGCUAUCAUUCACCGCCAGCCGACAGAACGCUGUGGCUACUGGCCUCACCUCAGGCAAGGCCUACUUCUUCAGAGUAGCUGCUGAGAACGUCAUCGGCAUGGGACCCUUCAUGGAGACGUCAGCCGAGAUCAUUAUCAAGGAACCGAUGAGUGUGCCCGACCGACCUGAAGAGCUCGAAGUCACUAAGGUCACGAAAGAUUUGAUCAACAUCACUUGGAAAGCACCCAAGUUUGAUGGUGGCUCUGAGAUCAUUAUGUACGUCCUGGAGGCUCGUAUGAUUGGCAAAGACAAGUUUACCAGAUUGACAAAGGAGAAGCUGAUGGAGAGGAAGUACACUUUUGACGGACUGAGGGAGGGUGACACCUAUGAGUUCCGGGUUAUCGCCGUCAACGAGGUUGGACCGGGCAAGCCGUCAUUCUGCACCAAACCAAUCACCUGCAAGGAUGAACUAGAGCCACCAACCAUUGAACUGGACUUCCGUGACAAGAUCAUAGUCCGAGUUGGUGAAAGCGUCCUGCUCCAGGGCCGAUACACCGGCAAACCCUCCCCUUCCAUCGUGUGGUACCGAGACGAUGAGGAGCUCAAAGCUGACAAACACGUCAUGUUCAAGAACACGCUGACCUCCAUGUCGCUGGGUUUGAUGAAGGCCCAGCGCCAACACAGUGGCCGUUACAUGGUGGUGGUGGAGAACAGCAGCGGGUCCAGGAAGGGAGUCUGCAACGUCACAGUUGUCGACCGACCAAGUCCUCCAGUGGGACCGGUGGUCUUUGACGAGGUACAUCGCGAAUACAUGGUGAUCUCCUGGAAACCUCCACUGGACAGUGGCGGAGUGGACGUCUCCAACUACAUCAUUGAGAAGAGAGACACCAACAGAGAAAUGUGGACCACGGUCACUUCAGCCUCCACCAAGACUACAUGCAAGAUCCCUAAACUGACAGAGGGCAGGGAGUACAUCAUGCGAAUUUUUGCUGAGAACAUGUACGGUAUCAGCGACCCACUGGAGUCCGAGGAAAUGAGAGCCAAAGAUCUCUUCAGAGUCCCAGAGGCCCCUGAGAUGCCGACUGUCAGAGAAGUGUACGCCACCAACGCUCUAGUGCUGUGGAACAGGCCUCGUGAUGGAGGCAAGCCCAUCACCAACUAUAUCCUGGAGAAGAAGGAGACGGCCGCCACAAGGUGGUCAAGGGCCACAAGAGAAACCAUAUAUCCUGCUACUCAGUACAGAGUCCAAGACUUGGUGGAGGGCUGUGAGUACGAGUUCCGUGUGAUGGCCGAAAAUGAGUUGGGAAUUGGAGACCCUAGUGUCCCCUCAAAGCCCAUUCUUGCCAAGGAUCCCAUUGUGCGGCCGAGUCCUCCGGUCACCCCCGAGGCCUACGAUAAGACAAAAGACUCAGUCAGUCUCAGGUGGAAGAUGCCUCGCCAUGACGGAAGAGGAAGGAUACUUGGCUAUCUUGUGGAGUACCAGAAGCCGGGAUUGGUGGACUGGAUUCCGGCUAAUAAGAGCCCGGAGGAGUGCCCUGACCUGCACUAUGUGGUGAAAGGGCUGGCUGAUGGCCAGGAGUACGCCUUCAGGAUCUACACCGUCAACGCAGCAGGGAAAUCGGACCCGGCCCACGUUAAAGAUACCGUGAAGGUCCAUGACAGACUGGAGGCGCCAGAGUUGCUGCUAGAUGCCAACAUGUCACGUGACCAUCUGGCCAUGCUGGGUACCGACAUCACCCUAAGUGCUACCAUCAAGGGUGUGCCGACACCCACCGUCAGCUGGAAGAAAAAUGACGGAGAAAUGCCGUCUCACAUCACGGUUGCUGUCACCUCCACCGGCAGCAAGGUCUUCAUCCCCAAGUGUGUCCGCCCCGACUCGGGCAAAUACACUCUCAUGGUGGAAAAUGCUGCCGGAAAGAAAACGGCGACUGUUGACGUUCUGGUUCUGAACAAGCCAUCGCCUCCAAGAGAUCUGCUAGUCUCUGAGGUGACCAGCGAGUCUGCAUACCUAACAUGGAAAGCGCCAGAGGACAACGGUGGCGCCGUUAUCUCCCAUUAUGUUGUGGAGAAGAAGGAUGUGGCCGCUGAGCAGUGGGUCCCAGUCUCCGCGUCCAAUAAGAAGCGGAGUUUGAUGGCCAUGUAUCUGAUGGAAGGAACCCAGUACCUGUUCAGAGUUGCAGCCGAAAACCAGUUUGGUAGGAGCGACUAUGUGACAACAAAGACGCCCAUCAAGGCUGUUGAUCCUCUCUAUCCACCUGGCCCACCAAAGAACUUACACCACACUGACGCAGACAAAACGGAGGUGUGGUUGGAGUGGGAGUGGCCUGAUCGCAACGGUGGAAGCGAAAUUACCGGCUUCAUAAUCGAGCACCAGGAAGAAAAUCAAGUGGAUUGGGCCCCUUUCAAGACAGUUAGCAAUAACCAUGCACAUGUCACAAGUCUGAAGGAAGGCAAGACCUACCGCUUCCGUGCGAUGGCUCAAAAUGCUAUUGGUAUUAGUCGACCUGACACCAGCAUCCCUGUCACCUGCCAGGAGAAAACAUUGCCACCCACUAUUGAAGUCGAUGUAAAGCUCAUUGAGGGUAUUGUUGUUAAGGCGGGAAGCAAUAUCGUCCUCCCUGCCAAAAUGACUGGAAUCCCUAUCCCCACUGCCAAGUGGAUGACAGAUGGUAAAGAAAUAACAUCUGAGGGCCGCUAUAAGAUUGAGUCCACUGGAAGUACCACCGUCAUGAGCAUCGCAGACUGCAAGAGAGGAGACACUGGGGAGUUCAUUCUCACUGUGUCCAACCCCGCGGGCAGCAAGAGUGCUGCUCUGCAUGUCACUGUGCUUGACCUUCCAGGUGCACCCAUCGGACCCAUUAACAUCUUAGAGGUAACCCCUGAUCACAUGAUGAUACAAUGGAGGCCACCUAAGGAUGAUGGCGGUACACCCAUUACCAAUUAUGUGGUUGAAAAGAAAGAUUUGAAGAAACCAUGGGAGCCCUGGUCAGUAGUGAGCUCCAGUGGCAUCAGCACCAAAGCCAAGGUAUCACGCCUGGAGCAGGGUCGUGAGUACAUUGUUCGUGUCCGCGCAGAAAACAAGAUUGGAAUUGGUGCCGGUCUUGAGAGUCCUCCGACUAUUGCGAAGCAUCUGUUCAACCCUCCUGGCCCACCAGGCUUCCCAAUGUGCUCGGAUAUCACAGAGAAUGCUGUGACAGUGGAAUGGUCCUUGCCUGACUAUGACGGAGGCAGUCCUAUUAGUGGCUAUGUGGUUGAACGCAGAGAAAUGACAGGGAAGUGGAUCCGUGUGAACAAAAUUUCUGUAUUGGACCUCAGAUACAGAGUCUCAGGUCUAUUUGAAGGCAACAGUUAUGAGUUCAGAGUGUUUGCCGAGAACAUCGCUGGCAUUAGUGAGCCAUCCCUCACCUCUGACCCCAUCAGAGCCACUCGAGCUAUCACUAAACCAGGACCUCCUUUAAAUCCUAAACUGAAGGACUGGAGUAAAUCAUAUGCUGAUAUCUGCUGGACCAAACCAACAAGGGAUGGAGGCAGUCCAAUUCUGGGCUAUUUUGUUGAGAUUCAAAAGUCAGGAUCUGCUCAGUGGGACAGGAUCAACAAGGAACUCGUAAAAAUAUGUGCCUACAGAGUUCAAGGCCUAAUCGAAGGUAUGGAAUACAGGGUCCGUAUCAGAGCUACAAACAAAGUUGGAGACAGUGAACCCCGGGAGCUGAGUGAGACCAUCUUGGCAAAGGACAUUCUUGUUCCUCCUGAGAUUGUUGUUGAUGUGUCGUGCCGGGACUCUCUGACUGUCAGGGCUGGUCAGAUCAUAAGUUUGAUGACUAGAGUUAAGGGCAGACCUGACCCAGAGAUCACAUGGACCAAGGAUGCCAGAACCUUGUCUCGGGAAAAGCGCACUGAGCUGAAUAACAACUAUCCUUUGUGUGAAUUGGUCAUCAACGAUGCAGUCAGAUCAGAUUAUGGCAAAUACUCCAUUGUUGCCAAGAACAGCAGUGGACAGGCACAAGCCACUAUUCUUGUCAAUGUCUUGGACACACCUGGAGCUUGCCAGAAUAUAAAGUUGGCCUAUGUGACCAAGAACUCUUGCAUGGUGUCAUGGGAGAAUCCAGAGGACAAUGGAGGCACAGAGAUCACCCAGUACAUUAUUGAGCACCGUCAGCCAAACCAGAGAGGAUGGACAGUUGUGUCCAAUGACUGUACAAAGCGCCAAAUGAAAGCCCCUCUCUCAGAGGGCUGUGAGUACUUUUUCCGUGUUAGUGCCGAAAACAAAAUCGGUGUCGGACCACCCAUUGAGACCAAAACAGCCGUGCUGGCAGUUGACCCAAUCGAAAAACCUGGCGAACCAAUCGACUUCCAUAUUGCUGAGAUUGGCAAAACCUUCUGCUUCCUCAAGUGGAAGAAGCCUGACUACGAUGGCGGCAGUCGAAACCUGGGUUACCAUGUGGAGAAGAAGCCAAAAGACGCUGAGGAGUGGGAGAGACUUCACAAGGGUGCAAUCAAAGAGACUUACUUCAUGGCUGACAGGUGCAUUGAAAACAAGGUCUACCAGUUCAGAGUUCAGACAAAGAAUGAUGGUGGUGAAAGCAACUGGGUGACCACAGCUGAAGUGCUGGUCAAGGAACAGCUUGUCAAACCAGAAAUUAAGAUACAAUUGGAUGGAACCCUUGUAGUUAGGGCAGGAGACUGUAUUCCGAUCGACUCAAUAGUUAAGGGUAAACCUCAGCCUGAUGUCAAAUGGACUAAGGAUGAUAGCACUGAGGAGAUAAGAAAGAGCCCCAGGCUUCAGAUAGAAACUGGUUCUGACUUCUCAAAGCUGCUUCUGACCUCUGCUCGGCGUACAGACAGUGGCAAAUACGUCGUCAGUGCUUCAAACAGUGCAGGGACAUGCUCUGCGCACGCUAAUGUCAAUGUAUUGGACCGACCUGGCCCCGUCAGUGAUCUCAAGGUUUCUGGCAUCACCGUCGACAGGUGCCGUUUAUCCUGGAAUAUCCCAGAAGAUGAUGGAGGUUGUGAGAUCUACAACUACAUAAUUGAAAAAUGUGAUACCAAGAGGGGUGUCUGGUCUGUCCACUCAAAUGCUGUCAUCACCAACAAGGCUAAUGUUACUCGUCUUAUUGAAGGAACCGAAUAUAUCUUCAGAGUUCGUGCGGAGAAUAAAAUGGGUCCUGGCCCUGCAGUGGAGAGUGAAGCCAUUAUAGCUGGCACUAAGUUUAGUGUCCCAGGAGCCCCUGAAACACCAGAGGUCACAAAGAUGUCAAAGGAGGAGAUGACUGUGCAGUGGUCAGAGCCUGAGAAAGAUGGUGGAAAGCCAAUCACCGGUUACCUGUUGGAAAAGAAGGAGGAACAUGCUGUAAGGUGGUCCCCUGUUAACAAAGAGGCCAUCCCUGCAACUCGCUUGACGGUGACAGGACUGCUACCCCUCCAUGAAUAUCAAUACAGAGUGAAAGCAGUCAACGAAAUUGGGGUCGGCAAUGCAAGCAAAGCCUCGCGUGCUAUCUCAGCUAAGGAUGCACUUGAACCACCUGCACCACCCACCAACUUGAAGGUCCUGGACAGCACAAAGUCAAGUGUAACGCUCGGCUGGACCAAGCCUGUGUCAGAUGGCGGAGCUCCCAUCAUCGGCUACGUUGUUGAGAUGAGGUUGAAGGGAAGUGGCAAAAAAGGAGAUGACAGUUGGAAACGGUGCAAUGUGGCUGCUCAGCUUGUAUUUUGCGAGUUCACUGUCACAAGUCUGGAUGAAAAACUUCUGUACGAGUUUCGAGUUUCAGCUCAAAACCAGGUGGGCCUCAGCCUGCCUUGUGACCUGGGGGCAGCUGUGAAUCCCAAGGAGAUACUCGAGGCACCAGAGAUUGACUUGGAUGCCAAUCUAAAAACGGGGCUAACUGUAAGAGCUGGUUGUCCCAUCAGACUAUGUGCUACCAUAAGAGGUAGACCACCUCCCAAAGUCACUUGGAGGAGGAUGGGCAUUGAUAAUGUAGUCAGGAAGGGGCAUGUCGACAUCAUCGACACCAUGACCUUCCUGGUCAUACCUGAUAGCACCCGCGAUGACGCUGGAAAAUACUGUCUGACUGUGCGCAGUCCUGCUGGAGAAAAGGCUGUUUUUGUGACUGUUAAGGUUCUUGAUACCCCAGGACCUGUGAUUAACCUGGAAGCCAGUGACAUCAAACAGACAUCAGCCAUGCUGUCUUGGAGCCCUCCAGAGAUCGAUGGUGGCAGUGAAAUUACUCACUACAUUGUUCAGAAACGUGAAAUUGAUCGGAAGACGUGGGGAACGGUCAAAGCCGAAGUUGAGAAGGAUAAAAUCCCCUUUAAGGUCAGCGGUCUCAUGCCAGGCACAGAGUACUACUUCAGAGUGACUGCUGUCAAUGAGUAUGGUGCAGGAGUUCCCAAGGUGUCACCCACUUCCUACCUAGCCUCUGAUCCUGUCAGCAAACCUGAUCCCUGUGAGAAGAUUGAAGUUCUGGAAAUCACAAAAAACAGUGCCACAGUUGGCUGGGUAAAGCCUGCAAGGGAUGGCGGAGCAAAGAUUGAUGGUUAUGUAAUUGAGUACAUGGAGCUCAAGCCUCUUCCUAAAGCGAUAUGGAAUGCCUACACAACUGUUAAGGGGCUGAGCAUCAGCAUCAGUGGCCUAAAAGAGGGAAAGAGGUACAGGUUCAGAGUGGCUGCCAAAAACAUGAUGGGCUUAAGCCUGUUCACAGAAAGCAGAGAGCCGGUCGAGAUUAAGGAACAGAUGUUGGAGCCAAAGAUUGUAAUGGCAGAGACGGUCAGUGCCAAAGCCGGAGCAAAGCUAAGGGUAGAGGCGCUUGUUUCUGGAAAACCUUCUCCUACCUGCAAGUGGCUGUGCGGCGAAGUCCCACUAGUCUCGUCAAGUCGUCUGGCAGUGCACCGGUCUGGCAACAUGUGCGUCUUGAUCAUCAAGGACGUCUCAAGGACAGACAGUGGAGAGUACAGCCUUGUGGCCGAAAACAGCACUGGGAAAGUGGCUCAGGCCCUGAAAAUUAUCAUCAGAGAUAUUCCCGGACCUCCUGUGGGUCCUGUUGCAAUCAGUGACAUUGACUCGGAUGCUUGCUCUCUGUCCUGGAGCAGUCCAUUGGAGGACGGAGGCAGCAAAAUCACAAAUUAUGUGGUGGAGAAAUGUGAUGUUAGUAGAGGUGACUGGGUUACCGCUGUUUCCUCCGGCCAGAAGACGAGCUGUAGGCUGGGGAAACUCGUUCCAUGGAAAGAGUAUGUGUUCCGCAUCCGUGCUGAGAACCGCUACGGAGUGUCGGAUCCUCUGCAGUCUGACAGAAUGAUUGCCAAGUUUCCAUUUGAUGUUCCGAGCGAACCUCUUAACUGCCACGUCAACAAAACCAACAAGGACUGCAUGUUUGUGGCCUGGGACAAGCCAGAGACAGAUGGUGGCAGCCCCAUUACGGGUUACUACAUUGAGCGCAAAGAAAGAAACAGCCUUCUAUGGGUGAAGGCUAAUGACACUGUUGUCCGGAGCACCGAGUACCCAUGCGCUGGCCUGAUUGAAGGCCUGGAGUACACUUUUAGGGUGUCCGCCAUCAACCGUGCUGGUCAAGGAAAGCCAAGCAAGAAGACAGACUUUGUAACUGCUAGAACACCCAUUGAUACACCGGGGAAACCAGAAGUCCUGGACAUGACCAAGAACUCUGUAACUCUUGUAUGGGGCCGACCCAAGAACGACGGCGGUAGCAAGAUUAUUGGCUACUAUGUAGAGGCCAUGCGGUUGCCUGGAGACCUCUGGGUGCGCUGUAACACCAGCACCCAAAACGUCCCAAAGGAGGAGUACACCGUGACUGGUCUAGAGCGAGACCUGCGAUACCAGUUCAGAGUCAUUGCCAAAACAGCUGUCAACAUUAGCAAACCCUCAGAGCCCACAGAUGCUAUCCUGGUCUGUGCUGAGAAUGUUCCUCCAAGGAUAGAACUUAAUGCCAGGAUGCAGAAGGGUUUGAAGGUAAAGGCUGGGUCUACAAUUCUUCUGGAGGCUGAUGUGUCUGGUAAACCAAUGCCCAGAGUCUCCUGGAAAAGAGGCGAUGACACCCUGAGGUCAAGCGAAGGCCAGGUUAUCAGCCAGCAGAGACACCAUUUCCAAAUGGAAAUUACAUCUGUCACCAAGGAACACACUGGAAUCUUUACCAUACUUGCGGAAAACAACAGUGGAUCCAAGACUGCAGACAUUGAGGUUACAGUUUUAGAUGUGCCUGGACCACCUGCCAGUGCCAAGUACCUUGAAGUCUUUGCCAACAAAGUUAAGUUGUCUUGGGAGCCACCUUUAAAGGAUGGUGGCUCCCCUGUUCAGAACUAUAUUUUGGACAAGCGUGAGACCAGCAGAGCCAACUGGGCGCAGGUUUCCUCGAAGAUCAAGGGUGACAAUCUUGAGCUAAGUGUGGAGAAACUUAUUGAAGGUCAUGAAUACCAGUUCAGAAUCAGAGCUGAGAAUACCUGGGGAGUUGGAGACAGUCUCAUCACUAUACCUGUCAUUGCCAAGAACCCAUUCGAUAUCCCAGGCCCCUGCGAGGCCCCAGUAAUCACCAAUGUCACCAAGGAGGCGAUGACAGUGAGCUGGAAGGAGCCCAGUGAUGAUGGAAAGUCAGUCAUUCUGGGUUAUAUGCUUGAGAGAAAGGAAACCAAGGAGAUUAAAUGGACCAAGAUGAACAGGAAACCCUUAACAGAAAGGACAUUUGUUGCUUCAGGCCUUACUGAGGGUACUGAGUAUGAAUUCAGAGUCAUUGCUGUCAAUGUGGCAGGACCUGGAAAACCCAGUGACCCCUCGGCUAGUACAACCGCACAGGAUCCCAUCACUCCCCCUGGCCCUGUGGUGAAACCCAGUGUCACUGACACCACCCACAGCACUUUAAGCCUCACCUGGAAUGCCCCUGCUUACAAUGGUGGAAGCCCGGUCUUGGGAUACCUGGUGGAGUGCAGGAGGACAGAGACCACAGACUGGAUCCGCUGCAAUGUUCCAAGGAACUUGCAGGACACAAACUAUACGAUACAAAACCUCAUACACAAGGCCGAGUACCAGUGCCGUGUGACUGCUGUCAAUAAGGUUGGCUUCGGCGAGCCAGUCGAAGUACCCGGCAAGCAUAUCGUCCAGGACAUCAGUGUACCUCCAGAGGCGGAGCUGAGUGCUGAGCUAAAAGACGGCCUGGAACUGCGUGCCGGUGCCACAAUGAAACUUCAUGCCACAAUCAAGGGUCACCCCUUCCCCAAGAUUAUCUGGGCAAAAAUGAACAGUAACAUCAAAGACCGCCAAGGGAUUCUUAUUAAAUCCACCAAAAGUGACACCACCGUGACGGUGGAGAAUGCCAACAGAUACGAUGCAGGCAAAUACAUCCUCACCCUGGAGAGUGUUGCCGGCAUGAAGAUGUACACCAUCACUGUCAAAGUUCUUGACACUCCUGGGCCACCAGUCCAUCUGAUAGCAAAAGAGACCACAAGUGACAGCGCCUCCAUCUACUGGGAUGCACCUCUCAUAGACGGUGGCUCUACUAUCACCCACUAUAUUGUCGAGAAGCGUGACUCCGAGAGGAAAGCCUGGUCUGGUGUUUCUUCCAAUUGCGCCAAGACAUCUUUGAAGGUGGGAGACCUGAAUGCGGGACGGUCCUACUGCUUCAGAGUGUCGGCUGUUAAUCAGCUCGGUGCUGGAGAGUUCUGCGAGACCCCCGACUCUAUCAAGGCAUCUGAGGAACCUGGUCCUGUAAUAGACUUUAAGGCCUUGCUGGUUACCAAGGACUCAUGUACUCUAGGCUGGAAGAAACCGUUAACUGAUGGUGGCAGCCGCAUUAUUUGCUAUGUGCUUGAGGUCCUCAAUGAUGACAACAAUUACAAGGAGUUAAUGAGGUCCAAGAACAUGCAGUACAGCACUAAAGAUCUGGUGGAGGGCAGAGAGUACAAAUACAUUGUCAAAGCUGUAAAUGAGACUGGAGAGAGUGCUGCCAAGGAACUGAUCGUAGUUGCCAAGGAUCAGCUCAUUCAUCCAACCUGUGACUUGAGGGGGCUGCCAGACAUGUGUUACGUUGCCAAGGAGGGUAGCACGGUGCGUCUGAGGAUUCCAAUCAUUGGCAAACCAACCCCCAAAGUGUCCUGGAAGAAAGGAGAGGAGGAAGACUUGACAGACUCUGGACGUGUUUGUGCAGAGUCCUCUGCAGUUAACACCACCCUCUUGAUCAGGGACUGCCAGAGGAGUGACGCCUCCAAGUACACCAUCACCCUCAGGAACAGUGCUGGAAGCAAAGAAUCCACCAUAUUCAUCAGGGUGGUGGGCAAGCCUAGCAUACCAAGUGGUUCUAUAAAGUUCAGUGAUGUAACUGCUGAUGGUGCCACACUAAAAUGGGGAGUACCGAAAGAUGACGGUGGCUCAGAGAUCACAAACUACAUUCUUGAAAAGAGAGACUCUAUCACCAACAUGUGGGUGACGGUCUCUUCUAGUGUAGACACACACACCAUGAGGGUAACUGGUCUCCACGAGGGCACAGAAUAUAUUUUUAGAGUCAGUGCUGAGAACAAGUACGGAGUUGGAGAGGGACUCAAGUCAGAGCCUAUCAUUGCCAAGCAUCCAUUCAAUGUUCCUGAUGCUCCUCCUCCACCUCAGGUAAUGAGUAUGUGCCAUGACUCAGCUAACCUGGUCUGGUUGGACCCCAGGAAGACAGGAGGGUCUCCCAUCACAGGGUAUCACGUUGAGUUCAAGGAGAGAAAUAGUAUGUUGUGGAGGAGAUCAAGUCCAACUGCCUUGAGAAUGAAGGAACACAAGGUGACAGGGCUGACUGAAGGUCUUGAGUACGAGUUCAGGGUCAUGGCUGUUAACCUGGCUGGCAUUGGCAGACCGAGUUCUCCCACAGAUCCACAUGUUGCACUCAAUCCCAUAGAUGCACCUGGCAAACCUGACGUAAUUAGCAUCACCAGAAGCACCGUGACCCUCCAGUGGACUGAGCCACAGUUUGACGGUGGCCACAGGCUGACAGGCUACAUAAUUGAGAGACGUGACCUUCCGUCUAAAAUCUGGGUGAAGGCCAACAGUGUAAAUGUUGUGGACCCGGCAUACACUGUCACUGAUCUCCAGGAAGGCUGCAAAUAUGAGUUCAGAAUAAGAGCAAAGAAUGCAGCCGGUGCCCUUAGCCCGCCAUCUGACCAGACAGACACAAUUAUCUGCAGAGAUGAAUACGCUUCACCAACUAUUAUCAUCGACGCUCAAGUGAAGGAGGGUCUGACUGUCCGAGCUGGGGAAACAAUUUUUGUCACUGCCACAAGCAUUCUUGGCAAACCUGCCCCGACCUCUUGCUGGUCUAAAGGAGGAAAAUACUUGAAGCCUUCAGACAUUGUUAACAUCGAGUCCACUACAAGCUCAUCCACUAUAUCAAUAAAAUACGCCAGCAGAAAGGACACUGGGGAUUAUGUCAUAACUGCCAUCAACCCCUUUGGUGUAAAGGAGGAAACUGUUAAGGUGAAAGUUCUGGAUGUUCCUGCAGCUCCUGGUCCCAUUGAAUGCAGUGGUGUCUCAUCUGAGAAGGUCACCCUGACUUGGGCUGCUCCUGCAGAGGAUGGAGGCUCUCCUAUCAAGUACUACACUCUUGAAAAGAGGGAGACCAGUCGCCUUCUCUGGACAAUUCUGGAAGAGAAGGUUGUAGACUGUCACUAUGUGGCCAACAAACUCAUACAGGGCAAUGAGUACAUCUUUCGAGUCUCUGCCGUGAACCAGUACGGCACUGGUGAGCCGGCUCACUCUGAGUCUGUCAGGAUGGUUGAUAGAUUUGUACCUCCUGGCCCACCAUCGAAACCAGAAGUUGAAAAAGUUGAUGCGCACUCAGCUACUGUGACGUGGAGAAGACCAACUGAAGAUGGUGGGAGUGAUAUCAUUGGUUACUGUGUUGAGAAGAAGGAGAAAAGGGCCAUGAGAUGGACCAGGGCCUCAAAGAAAUCUAUAGUUGAGCUUAGCUAUGAAGUGACUGGACUGACUGAAGGCAUAGAGUAUGAGUUCCGUGUUCUUGCUGAGAACAGAGCUGGCUUUGGAGAGCCAAGUGAACCAUCUAUGCCGGUCAGAACAACAGUCGCUGCUUAUGUUCCAGGGCCUCCAGUAAACCCAAGGGUUACAGACACAACCAAAACCACUGCCACUCUUAAUUGGGGAAAACCCCUUGAUAAUGGUGGCCUUGAAGUCACUGGUUAUGUAAUCGAGCACAGAAAAGAAGGAACAGAGGAAUGGAUUAAGGACACGCCAUCAUCUCCACUGAGAAUUACAGAGUUUGUCGUUUCUGAGCUAGAAAAUGCAACCAAAUACCAUUUCAGAAUUAGCGCAGUAAAUGCUAAGGGCGCAGGGGAACCCGCUGAAACUCAGGAAUUGGUUGAGAUAGUAGAGCGUGCAGCUGCACCUGAUUUUGAGUUGGAUAUUGAGCUGAGGAAAACUCUAGUUGUCAGAGCUGGGUGUUCCAUUCGUCUUUUCGUGCCAAUCAAGGGACGUCCUACACCUGCAGUAACCUGGACAAAAGAGAGCAGCCCUGUGCCACGGGCUGUCAUAGACAGUACUGAGUCAUUUACCAUGCUAAUCAUCCCUGAAAGCUCAAGAAUUGAUGCGGGUAAAUAUGAGCUUGCCCUCGAAAACACAGCCGGAAAGAAGACUGCAAACAUUAAUGUGAGGGUGCUGGAUUCACCUGGACCUCCACUUAACUUAAAACCAGUAACUAUAGAUAAAGAAUCAAUUACCCUUCAGUGGGAGAUGCCUCUCAUUGAUGGUGGAGCCAAGAUCACAAAUUAUAUAAUUGAGAAAAGAGAAUCAACACGCAAGGCUUUUGCCACUGUCGUUACAAACUGUCCCGGAACUUCAGUCAAGAUUACUAACCUUGGAGAAGGCUGUGAAUACUACUUCAGAGUGUCGGCUGAGAAUGAGUUUGGUAUUGGUGAAGCAGUUGAAACUUCUGAUCCAAUUCGCGCGUCUCAGGCACCAACUCCUCCAGAAAGCAUAAUCCCAACUGAUAUUACUAAGAACUCUGUGAGCCUGGCUUGGACCAAACCCAAGCAUGAUGGUGGAAGUAGACUUACAGGGUAUGUCCUUGAAGCCCAGAAACGAGGAACUGGUCAGUGGGCCCAUGUAACAACUCUAAAGACCAUGGAUUUCACUGUAAAUAAUCUCAAUGAGAAUGAAGAAUAUGUUUUCCGUGUAAUGGCUGUCAACCAAUCUGGAAGAAGUGGUCCACGUGAGAGCAAGCCCAUUGUUAUCAAGGAUUCUACAUCUCUGCCAGAGUUUGAUCUGCGUGGUGUAUGUCAGUCAACAGUUAUUGCCAAGGCUGGGGAUGACAUCAAGGUUGAAAUUCCUGUAAUGGGGCGUCCCCGACCAGUGGUCUCCUGGCAGAAGGAUGGAACUGCCUUAAAGCUCACACAGAGGACUAAUGUGGAGGCGACUCCUGCGACUGUUAUCCUCACAAUCAAUGAAUGCACCAGAGCAGACAGUGGUGUAUACACCAUGACAGGAAAGAACAUUGUUGGAUCUGUGAGCAGCAGCAUAAUUGUCAGAGUGCACGAUGUUCCUGGGCCACCCAAAGGACCAAUUAAGAUUACAGAAAUCUCUCCUAACUACUGUAUCUUUGCAUGGGACACUCCUGAGAAUGACGGCGGUGUUCCUAUCAACAAUUAUGUGAUUGAGAUCAGAGACACCACCUCCCAGACUUGGACAGAGAUAUCUUCCACUGCCAUUCGCACAAUGUUUAAAGCCACACGUCUAACAACUGGGUCGGAAUACCAGUUCAGAGUUAAGGCUAAAAACCGGUAUGGUGUAGGACCUCCCAUUACCUCAGAGUCAGUAGUGGCUGCCUAUCCAUUUAAAGUUCCAGGACCACCUGGUACACCCCAUGUUGUGGCAUUCACUAAGAACUCCAUAACAAUUGGCUGGAAUGAACCCGUGUCUGACGGUGGAAGUGAAGUCAUUGGGUACCAUGUAGAGAGAAAAGAAAGAAGCAGCAUCAUGUGGCAAAAUAUCAGCAAGGGUCUUGUGAAAGGAAACAUACUGAAAUCAGCAGGGCUUGAAGAUGGAGUCGCCUACGAGUUCCGCGUUAUGGCAGAAAACAUGGCAGGUAUUGGCAAACCAAGCAAAGCAUCUGAACCAAUACUAGCCUUGGACCCUGUGGAUCCCCCAGGUCAGCCUGUGGCGACUUUUGUAAAUAAUAAUGCCAUCACUAUUCAGUGGAAAAAACCUGAGUAUGAUGGUGGAUUCAAAAUUACAGGCUACACGGUGGAGAAGAAAGAACUUCCGACUGGUCGCUGGAUUAAAGCCAACUUUACAAACAUAACUGAGACAACUUUCACAGUCAGUGGAUUGACUCAAGAUGUAUCUUAUGAGUUCCGUGUCAUAGCUAGAAAUUCAGCAGGAGCAGUAAGUGUGCCCUCUGAACCCUCAGAACCUAUUACAUGUAAAGAUAACAUAAUUGAGCCACGCAUCAUGGUGGAUGCUAUCUUCAAGGAUGUUGUUCUGCUGAAGGCAGGGGAGUCCUUCAAGCUUGAUGCUGAUGUUUCUGGCCAACCAAACCCAACUAUGGUUUGGACCAAGGAUGGAAAAGAGUUUGACAACACAUUGAAACUGGAAGUUAAGUUCUCUGAACUCACCACUACACUGAUUAACAAAGACGCUGUCAGAUCAGAUGGGGGGGAAUUUGUCUUAACUGCCACUAAUGUUGGUGGCUUUGCCAAACACAUUUUUAGGGUAAAAGUACUGGACAGACCUGGGCCACCAGUAGGACCUAUUAUAGUGUCAAAUGUCACAGCUGACAAUUGUUUACUGACAUGGGCCCCACCUAUAGAUGAUGGUGGUGCUAAGAUUGAAGGCUACAUCAUUGAGAAGCGGGAAUCAGGCAGGCUUGUUUGGACCAAUGUGGCUUCAGACCUGCAGGUUACAGAAUAUAAUGUGACCAAGCUUCUCAAAGGAAAUGAAUACAUUUUCAGAGUUAUGGCAGUGAACAAAUAUGGGAAUGGGGAGCCUCUUGAUACAGAACCCAUUAUUGCAGACAAUCCAUACAUGGUUCCAGAUGCGCCAGGAAAUCCUGAAGUCACAGCUAUCACCAAAGAUGCCAUGAUUGUUAUAUGGCAGACACCAAAGAGUGAUGGUGGGACACCAAUCACAAACUACAACAUUGAAAAGAAAGACAGCAUAGGCCACCGCUGGGUCAAAUGCAAUAAGAGGAAGGUCAAGGAUCUACAAUUUAAGGCAACAGGCCUUGUUGUUGGACAUGAAUAUAAAUUCAGAAUCAUUGCAGAGAAUGCUGCUGGUAUCAGUGUACCAAGUAUCUCCAGUCCAUUUUACAAGGCCAGUGAUCCUUUGUACAAGCCCGGGCCUCCAUGCAACCCCAGAAUCCUAGACACAACCAGGUCUUCCAUUACUAUUGCCUGGAACAAACCAGCCUAUGAUGGUGGUUCUGACAUCACUGGUUACAUUGUUGAGACCUGCAUUCCAUCUGACAAGGAAGAGGAAUGGACAAUAGUGACCCCCAAAGAAGGACUACAUGCCACCUCAUUCACCAUUAUCAAUCUAACAGAGAGCCAGGAGUACAAGAUCAACAUUUCUGCUGUUAACAGUGAAGGAAUUGGGGAGGCGGUUUCUGUGCCUGGCAAUCCCAAGGCUGAGGACAGACUCCUCCCUCCUGAAGUGGAUUUGGAUGCAGAGCUCUGCAAAGUUGUCAGCCUUCGAGCUUGCUGCACACUUAGACUGUUUGUUCCCAUCAGAGGCAGACCCACUCCUCAGGCUAAAUGGACCAAAGAGGACGGUGAACCCAUUGAGAGGGCCACUAUUGACACCACAACAUCAUACACAUCCCUUGUCAUUGAAAAUGUCAACAGAUUUGACACUGGAAAGUAUAACCUGACUGUAGAGAACAGCUCUGGCUCUAAAACGGUCACAGUCCAAGUUAGGGUACUCGAUACACCUAGUAAUCCACUGAAUUUAAAGAUUACAAGUAUAACACGUGACUCUGUCACCUUGACUUGGGAUCCACCAGCCAAUGAUGGAGGAGUUAAGAUUAAAAACUAUAUUGUUGAAAAGCGUGAGUCCACAAGAAAAGCUUACGCAACAGUCAGUGCUUCAUGCCAUCACCACAAAUUCACUGUUAAGCCGCUCCUUGAAGGAUGCAAUUAUUAUUUCAGAGUUUUGGCUGAGAAUGAUUAUGGAAUUGGCCUGCCCAUUGAAACCAAUGAAUCAGUUAAAGUGUCUGAGAAACCACAACCUCCAGGGAAAAUCAGUCUUAAGGAUGUUACUAAAAAUAGUGUCACACUCUCAUGGGAAAAGCCAGAGCAUGACGGCGGAAGCAGGGUCGGCUGUUAUGUUGUAGAAAUCCAACCCAAAGGUGUUGAAAAAUGGACACAGUCAAUGAUUGUGAAAGAAACAGAAGCUACCAUUGGUAGCCUUAACGCAGGGGAAGAAUAUAUGUUCCGUGUCUCAGCAAGAAACGAGAAGGGAACAAGUGACCCUCGUCAAAUUGGUGUGCCUGUCAUUGUAAAAGAUCUUGUUAUUUCACCAGUUGUCAAAAUGUUGUUCAACACAUUUAGCGUGUUGGCAGGUGAAGACUUGACUGUUGAGGUUCCAUAUGUUGCCCGUCCCAAAGCAGCGGUCUCCUGGUUUAAAGACCAACAGCCACUCAAGAGAACAACCAGGGUAAACUUUAGUGCAACAGAAACACUGUUGAACCUCUGCAUAAAAGAGGCAUCUAAAGAUGAUUUUGGAAACUAUCAUGUUACUAUUAGUAAUACAGCAGGAGAGGCAACAGCAGAUUUGAGCAUUGUUGUACUGGACAAACCUGGUCAGCCAGGUGGUCCAGUUAAGGCCGAGGAGGUCACUUCUGAGAGUGUGACCAUUUCCUGGAGCCCACCGGAGUACGAUGGUGGAUGUACAAUCAAACACUACAUUGUGGAGAAGAGAGACACGUCUACAACCAAUUGGAUGAUGGUGUCUCCAAACCUUGCGAGGACCAAAGUCAAAGCAGGAAGACUGAAAACUGGCUCAGAAUACCAGUUUAAAAUCACAGCAGAAAACAGAUAUGGGAAAGGUCCAGCUCUUCUGUCUGAAUGUAUUGUGGCUCAAUAUCCAUACAAACUCCCAGGACCACCGGGAACUCCCUCCAUCGCAACAUCCACAAAGGAUACCAUGGAAGUUACAUGGAAUGAACCUGUAAAUGAUGGGGGUACUUCAGUUCUAGGCUACCACCUUGAGUGCAAAGAAAGAACCAGCAUCCUUUGGGUAAAAUUAAACAAGUCUCUUAUUACAGACCAAACCUUUAAAACCACAGGCCUGGAACCAGGAAUGGAAUACGAGUAUAGAGUCUGUGCUGAGAACAUUGUGGGCAUUGGCAAGGUCAGCAAAGUGUCAGAAGGUCAUGUUGCUAGAGAUCCAUGUGAUCCUCCAGGUAUGCCGGAGGCAACCAAAAUUACAAAAGAUUCAGUAACCAUCAUUUGGACAAAGCCUGAGUAUGAUGGUGGGGCGAAAAUUACAGGCUACAUAGUGGAAAAGAAGGAGCUUCCUGAAGGCCGUUGGGUAAAGGCUAAUUUCACUAAUGUCAUCGACACAGAAUAUGUUGCGACUGGACUAGUGCAGGAAAAUCAGUAUGAGUUCCGUGUUAUUGCCAGAAAUGCUGCUGGUGUUUUCAGCUUGCCCUCCUACAGCACUGGCCCAAUUACUGCCAGGGAUGAGAUUGAGCCACCUCGUAUCAGCAUCGACCCAGAGUACACACAGACCCUUUUGGUAAAUGCGGGAGACAAUUUUAAGAUUGAUGCAGAUGUCCACGGCAAACCAUUGCCCUCUAUCCACUGGAUGAAAGGUGAGCAGGAAAUGGGUAACACAAUUCAUAGAGAGAUAAAAAACACAGCAACCCAUGCCUGUGUGACUAUAAAGGAAGCUAAACUCUCGGACGGAGGCGUAUAUAAUCUGCUGCUAAAAAAUCCAGGGGGGGAAAAGGCUGUCCAAGUGAAUGUUGUAAUUUUGGAUAAACCCGGCGAACCACAAGGACCUCUUACUAUAACAGGGAUAACCAAAGACCAGUGCUGUCUGGCAUGGAGAGCACCACUUCAAGAUGGAGGUAGCAAGAUAUCUCACUAUGUUGUGGAGAGGAGAGAAACAAGUAGAUUAGUCUGGACUGUUGUGGAUCCAAAAGUGCAGAACACCUGCCUCAAGGUUGAGAAGCUCCUGGAAGGCAAUGAGUACAUCUUCAGGGUCCGUGCCGUAAAUGAGUUUGGUAGUGGUUCACCACUUGAGUCUGCAGCAGUGAUGAUCAAAGAUCCCUAUAUAACCCCUGGAUCACCCAAAAACUUAGAGAUUUCAAAUGUUAAAAGGGAUUCAAUGGUGCUCACAUGGGAGGCUCCUACUGAAGAUGGAGGCAGUCCUAUCACAUCAUAUAUUGUUGAAAGACAUGACAAAGAAGGUGUCAGAUGGAUUAGAUGCAACAGGCAGGCAGUGCAGGAUUUGACUUUCAAGGUCACUGGACUCUUGGAAAGCCAUAAUUAUGAAUUCCGCAUUGCAGCAGAGAAUACCGUGGGUGUUGGUGAACCUUGUUCUCCAACAGUUUACUACAAAGCUCUCGACCCUAUCUUCAGGCCUGGUCCACCACAGAAUCCCAGAAUCACAGACACAACCAAAACUUCAAUAUUCCUGUCAUGGAGCAAGCCCAUUUGUGAUGGUGGUUCUGAGAUUCAGGGAUACAGCGUUGAGUGCUGCACAACCACAGAGCAAAACUGGAUAAUGUGCACACCACCAACAGGUGUCAAGAAGACCAAGUUUGAGGUUGUCAACCUGAAAGAAAAUCAGGCUUAUAAGUUAAGAGUGUGUGCCAUCAACAAGGUUGGGGUUGGUGAUAAUGCCAAUAUUCCUGGAGCCGUGGUGGCUCAGGAUAGAGCAGAAGAAGCCGACCUUGACAUUGACCCAGAACUGAGAAAGAUCAUGACAAUUAAGGCUGGUCUAUCACUUAGACUGUUUAUUCCAAUUAGGGGAAGACCAGCUCCAAGCAUCAAGUGGGACAAAGAUGAUAGUCCACUUAAUGAGAAAGCUCAAGUUGAAGUAACUAGCAGUUACACCGCUCUUGUGAUUGAUAACAUGAGCAGAGCAGAUAGUGGAAAAUACACUGUCACUGCAGAAAACUCUAGUGGAAUUAAAUCUGCAUUUGUUGUCGUCCGUGUUCUCGAUACACCAAGUGCACCCAUGAAUUUGACAGUCAAAGAAAUUACAAACCAGUCAGUGACACUUGCUUGGGAAGCCCCUCUGUUAGAUGGUGGUUCCAAAAUUAAAAACUAUAUAGUGGAAAAGAGAGAGAGUACACGCAAAACAUAUGCAGCCGUGGUAACAAACUGCCACAGUCUUUCAUGGAAGAUUGAGCCACUCCAAGAGGGUUGCAGUUAUUACUUUAGAGUCCUUGCUGAGAAUGCACAUGGUGUUGGCGUGCCUGCAAUAACUCUUGACCCACUUAAGGUCUCAGAGGUGCCACAGGCUCCCAAAAACCUGAUUGUUACAGAUCAAACAAAUACAAGCAUUGCUCUGGCCUGGGAUAAGCCAGAAUAUGAUGGCGGCAGCAGAGUCAUCCAGUACUUGCUUGAAGUACAGCUUAAGGGCCAAGAGAAGUGGUCUGGUGUUAACUCAUACAAGACAAUGGAGACGACUGUUACAAAUUUAAACCCUGGGGAGGAAUAUUUGUUCAGAGUUACAGCAAUUAAUGACAAGGGAAAAAGUGACCCCAAAGUCCUUUCUGGCCACGUCAUGACCAAAAACUUAGUUUUUGAGCCUGAUGUGCGACCUGCUUUCAGCAGCUACAGUGUCCAUGUAGGUAAAGAUCUAAACAUUGAAGUUCCACUUUUUGGACGCCCUAAACCAACAAUAAUGUGGACCAAGGACGGCGCACCUCUGAAAUUCACAACCAGAGUAAACAUUCACAACACCCUGACUCAUACAAGUCUGAGCAUUAAGGAGGCCGCGGGUGAUGAUGGUGGCAUGUAUAGCAUAAAUGCAGCCAAUUCCGCUGGAAAGAAAGAAGCCACAAUUGAAAUAAUAGUACUUGACAAGCCUGGACCCCCAUCUGGCCCUGUGAAAUUUGAAAACAUCACAACACAGAGUGUGACUAUUUCAUGGGACCCACCAAAGCACAAUGGUGGUUGCCAGAUUUCAAACUACAUUGUGCAGAAAAGAGAUACAACAACAACAACAUGGGAAAAUGUCAGUAUUAAUUGUGCCAGAACUAGAAUCAAAGUACCCAGGCUGAAGACUGGAGGAGAGUACCAAUUUAGGAUCAUAGCCCAAAACCGGUACGGGAAGAGUCAUGGCCUGGAUUCAUCUGCGGUGGUUGCGCAGUACCCAUAUAAAGAACCUGGCCCACCAGGAACACCAUUCAUCUCUUCACUCUCCAGGGAUCACCAGAUUGUCGAGUGGCAUGAGCCUGUUUCGGAUGGAGGCAGUCCCAUUCUUGGCUACCACAUUGAAAGAAAAGAGAGGAAUAGUAUUUUGUGGGUGAAAAUAAGCAAGGCCCUCAUUCAUGAGACAAAGUACAAGAGCUACCCAUUAGAGGAGGCUGUUGAGUAUGAAUAUCGAGUGUAUGCUGAAAAUAUUGUAGGUAUUGGAAGGUGCAGUAAGGUCUCAGAGGGCUGUGCAGCCCGUGACCCAUGUGAUCCUCCCGGUCAGCCAGAAGCUGUCCAUGUGACCAAAGAUACCAUCGUUAUUCAGUGGACAAAACCGGAGUAUGAUGGUGGCAGUAGCAUAACCGGCUACAUUGUGGAAAAGCGUGAUUUGCCAGAAGGCCGAUGGGGAAGGGCUAAUUUCACAAAUGUUAUCGAGACCCAGUUCACUGUAACUGGGCUAACGGAAAAUCUCCAGUACGACUUUAGAGUCAUAGCCAAAAAUGCUGUUGGGACCAUCAGCAAACCAUCAUACAAUAGUGGCCCAAUUACUGCGAGUGACAUGGUUGAAGCCCCUAAAUUCUCUAUUGAUCCGGCAUUCACAAAGACCAUUGUGAUAAAUGCUGGAGAAACUUUAAAAUUGGAUGCAGAUGUUCGUGGAAAGCCGCUGCCAGCAAUGCAGUGGUUCAAGGAUGAAAUUCCACUAGAAAAUACUCUCAGGCUGGAUAUCAAAAAUACAGAAAAUCAUGCAAUGAUAAUCAUGAAGGACACUGCUAGGACUGACAGUGGAACAUACUUUCUACAGCUGAAAAACGAGGCAGGCAGUGAAACUGUGCCCUUCAAAGUGGUUGUUCUUGACCGGCCGAGCCCUUGUGAGGGACCCCUUCAUGUAACUGGGGUAGCUGAGGAUAGAUGCUCAUUGGUGUGGCAUUCUCCUUUACAUGAUGGAGGAAAUCCUGUCACGCAUUAUAUCAUUGAAAGAAGAGAAACUAGCCGCCUAGCUUGGACUGUUGUUUCUGCUCAUUGCAGCACCACAAGCUACAAAGUCACCAACUUGUUGGAAGGAAAUCAAUACAUUUUCCGUGUCAUGGCGGUCAACAAUUAUGGCACGAGCGAACCACUGGUGUCUGAUGGAGUAAUAAUGAAGUCUGAGUUUGUUCCUCCUGGUCCACCUCACAUUGAUGACAUAUCGAACAUUACUCGUGAUAGCAUGACUGUCACUUGGUCUGCCCCAGAGACUGAUGGUGGCUGUAAAAUUUCAAAUUACGUUGUUGAAAAGAAAGAUAAAGCAGGAAUUAAAUGGACCAGAUGCAAUAGACAGAAAGUCACAGAUUUCUCCUUCAGAGUAACCAGCCUCACCCCUGGCCAUGAAUAUGAGUUCAGAGUCGCUGCUGAGAAUGUUGUUGGAUUGGGAGAGCCGAGUCUACCAAGCUCUUACUACAAGGCCUGUGAUCCUAAAUAUAAACCCGGAUCCCCAACGUAUGUGCACGCCAUUGAUUCCACACAAAGCUCAAUUACAGUGUCAUGGGGAAAGCCUUUGUCUGACGGGGGCAGCGCAAUUCAGGGAUACAUUGUUGAAAUCUGUAAGGCUGAGGAGGAAGAAUGGACUAUGGUUACUCCCCCUACAGGCUUGCGCGUUAACAAAUAUGAAAUCCUGAAUCUGACAAAGGGUCAGGAUUAUAAGAUCCAGGUGUGUGCCCUGAACAAACUUGGAGUUGGCGAGCCAGCUAUCCUCGCAGGAACAGCAAAACCAGAAGAAAAGCUUGAACCACCACAAAUCUACUUGGAUUCUGAGCUUAGAAAGGGCAUUUGUGUCAAGGCUGGUGGAUCUGUGAGGAUCCACAUUCCAUUCAAGGGCAGACCAACUCCUGAGAUUAAGUGGCUUAAAGAUGAAGCAGACCUAUCGGAAAAGGCAGUGGUUGAGAAGACUCCCACCUUCACACAGCUGUCCAUUGACUCCUGUGACAGAGGUGACUCAGGAAAAUACUCCCUGAGCCUGACCAACACCAGUGGGGUUGCAUCUGAGUUUGUUACCGUUAAAGUCCUCGAUACACCGGGAGCCCCACAGAACCUUGUAGUCAAAGAAAUCAAAACAAAUUCAGCCACUCUUGUUUGGGAUGCACCACUGAUUGAUGGUGGUUCUAAAAUUAAAAACUAUGUUAUUGACAAGCGUGAAUCAACGAGGAAGGCUUAUGCAAAUGUCUCAACCAAGUGCACAAAGACCACAUUCAAGGUUGACAACCUGAUUGAGGGUGCUAUGUACUACUUCAGAGUCAUGGCUGAGAAUGAAUAUGGUAUUGGCCAGGCAAUUGAAACAAAGACAGCUUCAAAGGCUUCUGACGUACCCCUUCCAGUUGGAAAUGUUUCUCUUGUCGAUGUCACCAAAGUCAGCGUGUCACUUGCCUGGGAGAAACCUGAGCAUGAUGGAGGCAGCAGGAUUGGUGGCUACCUCAUAGAAAUGCAGCCAAAGGGUACAGAGAAGUGGGGAGUUGCCACAAAUACAAAGACAUGUCAGGGCACUGUCACAGGCUUAACGAGUGGGGCAGAAUAUCUAUUCCGUAUCGUUGCGUAUAAUGAGAAGGGAAAGAGUGAGCCAAAAGCACUUGCCGCACCAGUUGUUGCCAGUGACAUGACCUUGGAGCCAAGCAUUAAGACACAGUUUAGUACUUAUAAUGUCUUAGCUGGAAAAGAUCUGACCUUGACAUUCCCUGUACUUGGCAGGCCCAAACCUAGAGUCACUUGGACAAAGGAUGGUCAGUCCUUGAAGGUGACUUCUAGGGUCAACUUGGUAAACACUCCUACAACAACUGCGAUUAGGAUAACCGAAGCAUGCAAGGAGGACUUUGGAACGUACACAAUUACAGCAACAAAUACUGCUGGCACAUUUGCUGAUAAUGUGGCUAUCAUUAUUCUUGAUAAGCCUGGUCCACCAACUGGCCCACUUAAAGUUUCUGAGGUUACUAACACAUUUGUCCACUUCUCAUGGGAACCUCCAGAGUACACAGGUGGAUGCCAGGUGAAGCAUUAUAUAGUAGAAAAGCGAGAGACCACAAGCAAUACAUGGCAGUCAGUCACCACACAACUUGCUCGGACAGCUUUCAAAGUGACUAAGUUGAAGACUGGUGUAGAAUACCAUUUCAGGGUCAUUGCUGAAAACAGAUAUGGAAAAGGCGUUCCUCUAGAAUCUAAGGCUAUUGUUGUCCAGUACCCAUACAAACCACCAGGCCCUCCUGGAACACCAUAUGUCAAAUCUGCAACAAAGGAGAUGAUGAUCAUUGAAUGGAACGAGCCAGUCAAUGACGGUGGAAGUGCUGUUGUUGGUUACCAUCUAGAGAGCAAAGAGAGAAACAGUAUCUUAUGGACCAAACUUAACAAGACUAUGAUCGCCGAUACUCAGUUCAAGAUCUGUAAUCUUGAAGAAGGAAUUGGAUAUGAGUUCAGAGUGUAUGCUGAAAAUAUUGUUGGCGUUGGCAGAUGCAGUAAAGUCUCAGAAUCCUUUGUUGCUCGGGAUCCAUGUGACCCUCCUGGUGCUCCAGAUGCUGUAAAAAUUUCUAAAGACCACAUCAAGAUUAGUUGGACCAAACCUCAAUAUGAUGGCGGCAGUAAAAUAAAUGGCUAUAUUGUUGAAAGAAAAGACCUAUCAUCCCCUGAUGGGCGCUGGGUUAGAGCAAACUUUACUAAUGUAAUAGAGACUGAAUAUGAUGUCAGUGGUCUCACAGAAAAUGACCAGUAUGAAUUUAGGGUUAUUGCCAGAAAUGCAGCGGGCGUCUUCAGCGAGCCCUCCGAAAGCUCUGGACUUAUAACUGCCACUGAUGAAAUUGAGCCACCAAGGGCCUCUAUGGACCCCAAGUACAAGGAUGUCAUUGUUGUUGCUGCAGGAGAACAUUUAAUUCUUGAUGCUGACAUUCACGGAAAACCAGUUCCUGACAUUGUCUGGCUAAAGGAAGGCAAAGAAAUUGAUAAAUCUUUGCGCAUUGAAGUGAAAAAGACUCAAAAAUGUGCUGCUUUGACUAUUAAGGAUGCAACCAAAAUGGACACUGGGCACUAUGAACUUGUCCUCAAAAAUCUGGGUGGCAAAAAGACCUUUCCAAUCACUGUCAAAGUCCUUGACAAACCGGGUAAACCAAUGGAACCGUUCAAAGUAACAGAAAUCAUGGCUGACAGAUGUACCCUUUCCUGGUCUGAGCCAACUCUGGAUGGCGGUGCUAGUAUUACUCACUAUACUUUGGAGAAGAGAGAGACCAGCAGCUUAUCAUGGACAAUGGCUGCAGCCAAUAUCCAAAAUUUGUUCUACAAGGUAACAAACUUGCUUGCCGGGAAUGAAUACAUUUUUAGAGUAAGGGCUGUUAACAAAUAUGGUGUUGGUGAUUAUCUUCUAAGUGAGCCCAUCAUUGCACGCAAUCCAUACAAGCCCCCGAGUGCUCCUGGAACACCAGAAGCAAGUCACAUCACAAAAGAUUCCAUGGUUCUGUCAUGGACAGUCCCAGAACAAACUGGGGGAGCCGAUAUUGCUUGCUAUCAUCUUGAAAAACGUGACAAAGAUAGUGUCAGGUGGACAAAGUGUAACAGACAAAAACUGACAGACACUCAUUUCAAAGUGACAGGUCAGAAGACGGAUCACUUUUAUGAAUUCCGAGUUGCAGCUGAGAAUGAGGCUGGAAUUGGAGACCUCAGUGAACCGUCCCUAUUUUACAGAGCUUGUGAUGCAACAAUGCCACCAGGACCUCCCCAAAAUCCCAAGGUGACAGACUACACAAAAUCUUCUGUCUCUCUUUCCUGGCGUAAACCUGAUUUUGAUGGUGGUGCCUAUAUUAAAGGUUACAUUGUUGAAAUGCGAGAGUCCAUCGAAAAGGCAUGGGCCAUGUGCACGCCCCCAGCUGGCAUCCAAGCUACUAAACUUACUAUCUCUGACUUAAAACAAGAUGAAGAAUAUCAGUUCCGUGUUUGUGCCAUCAACUCAGAGGGAGUGGGAGAGGCUGCUAAUGUCCACGGGACUGUAGUUGCUCACGACAGGGUUGAAGCACCGGAAAUUGAGCUUGACGCUGACCUCAGAAAAGUGGUAUCUGUCCGCGCCGGUGGUACACUGCGUCUGUUUAUUACCAUCAGAGGAAGGCCUGAACCUUCUGUAAAAUGGGAAAAAGUUGAUGGUGCUCUCACAGAUCAUGCUGUCAUUGACACUACCAGCUCAUACACUAUGCUUGUAAUUGAUAAUGUCAACCGCUGGGACAGUGGCAAAUACUCACUCACUCUGGAGAACAACAGUGGUUCAAAGUCUGCUGUUGUGGCUGUUAGAAUUUUGGAUACACCAAGUGCCCCACAGAACUUCACUGUCCAGGAGCUUAAAAAGGAUUCAGUAACACUUGUCUGGGAUACACCACUCACUGAUGGUGGGGCUAAAAUCACAAACUACAUUGUGGAGAAGAGAGAGUCUGUCCGGAAGGCCUACACUACUGUAACCAGCAACUGCACAGCCAACACACUCAAGAUAGAAGAACUGCCAGAAGGUGGCAUUUUCUACUUCAGAGUUUGCGCUGUUAACAAAUAUGGCCAAGGACAGAUGGCUGAAACCAAAGAAAUUAAAGUGUCUGAAGUACCCUUGCCACCGAGCAAAUUAACUGUUAUAGAUGUGACUAAAACCAGCGUUUCACUUUCAUGGGAGAAACCUUCUCAUGACGGUGGUAGUAAAGUAAUCUGCUACAAUGUGGAAUUCAAGCCCAAAGGUGGAGAAAAAUGGGGUACAGCUUGCACAGUCAAGGUGCCAGAGGCGACUAUUCCUAACCUGACUCCCAAUGAAACUUAUCUAUUUAGGGUUGUCGCAAUAAAUGAGAAGGGAAAGAGCGAUCCCAAGGAUCUUGGCUUACCGGUGGUAGCAAAGGACAUUGCACUAGAGCCAUCAAUCAACUUACUGUUCACAACAUACACCGUUAAAGCCAGUGAGGAACUGACUAUUGAGGUACCAGUGAGAGGCAGACCUAAGCCUGUUGUCUCGUGGAAAAAGGAUGGUCUUCCUCUGAAGCAAACAUCUUCAGUUACAAUUUUAAACACAGCAACAUCAUCCAAGAUUCUCAUUAAAGAGGCUAGCAGAGAGCAUGUUGGGAAGUAUGAGAUCACCCUGGCCAACACUGCAGGAACAAUAACAUCACAACUAGGUGUAGUUGUCCUGGAUAAACCAAGUCCACCUAAACUCAUUAAGGUGGAUGCUGUGACCUCUGAUAGCAUCACACUUUCCUGGUGUUCUCCAGAUUAUGAUGGUGGCUGUUCUAUAAGUAACUAUAUCGUUGAGAAGAGAGAUACCAACACACAAGAAUGGCAAACGGUUGCAAGCAACGUGGCAAGAACAUCUUACAAGGCCGGUCGUCUAACACAUGGGGCACAAUACCAAUUUCGCAUCUAUGCAGUCAACCGUUAUGGAAAGAGCACACACCUAGAUUCUCCGGCAAUUACUGCUCAGUACAACUUUAAACAACCUGGACCGCCAUCUACACCAAAAGUAAAGGAUGCUACCAAGACUUAUAUGUUGGUAGCCUGGAAUGAACCCGUCAAUGAUGGUGGAAGUCCGGUUCUAGGCUAUCAUCUAGAGCAGAGAGAGCGCGAUAGCAUUCUCUGGACCAAGGUAAACAGAGGAAUGAUCAAGGACUCUGAAUACAAAGUGAGUGGAAUCGAAGAGAGUAUGAUGUAUGAAUAUCGUGUCUAUGCUGAAAAUAUUGCUGGAAUUGGCAAAUGCAGCAAGACCUCUGAAGCUAUGGCAGCCAGAGAUCCAUGUGAUCCUCCAGGUACCCCCGUUGUGACCUCUAUUGGCAGGUCAUCUGUGUCUUUGUCUUGGGCCAAACCUGAGUAUGAUGGUGGUGCUAAGAUUUCUGGUUACAUCAUUGAAUGUAAAGAUCUUCCAGAAGGACGCUGGACAAGGUGCAACUUCACCAAUGUGCCUGAGACUUACUAUAAUGUGACAGGCCUUACAGAGGACAGCCAGUAUGACUUCCGUGUCAUUGCUAAAAAUGCAGCGGGAUUGUUCAGUGAACCAUCUGACAAUACUGGCCCAAUUACUGUUAAGGAUGAUGUAGAACUGCCACGCAUCAUGACAGAUGUCAAAUUCCGAGAGACAGUGUUUGUGAAAGCAGGUGAAACUUUAAAGAUUAAUGCUGACAUCGUAGGCCAUCCUGCACCCAUCAUUUCCUGGAGCAAAGAUGGAAAAGAGAUUGAGCUGAGAGCAAGAAUCCAGAUAGUUUCAACAGAUACCAGCACACUGGUGAAUGUGAAAGAUUGCAUUCGACGAGAUUCUGGAAAAUAUGUUCUCACUCUAAAGAAUAUUGCUGGGACAGUUAGCCUGCCAAUAAACUGUGUGGUUUUGGAUAAAUCAGGGCCACCUGCAGGACCAUUGCAGCUUACAGGUCUCACAGCUGAUGAAUGCACUCUGUCAUGGGGUCCACCUCAGGAGACUGGUGGUGCUGAGAUCACACACUAUGUUGUUGAGAAGCGUGAGACCAGCCGUUUGGCCUGGACACUCGUAAAGGGCGACAUUACUAAGACUUACUUAAAAGUCACAGGACUGCUAAAGGGCAAUGAAUAUGUCUUCAGGGUCUUGGCUGUUAACAAGCAUGGGAAUGGUGAAGUUUUGGAGAGUGAUGCUGUAAAGAUCACAGAUCCAUUCACCAUUUCCACUGCUCCAGUUAAUGUUGACGUCACUGAUAUUACUGGAGAUUCAAUGACCGUAACGUGGUGCAAACCAUUGAGUGAUGGAGGAAGUCCAAUCACUGGUUAUGUGAUUGAGCGGCGAGAAAAGACAGGCAUGCGCUGGCUCCGUGUGAAUAAAGAUCCAGUUGUUGAAUGUAACACAGUUGCAACAAAACUGCGUAAGAGUUGUGAGUAUGACUUUAGAGUCUAUGCUGAAAAUGCAGCUGGACUGAGUCCUCCAAGUGAACUGUCUGCCUCAUUUAGGGCAGUAGAUCCUCUGGCUGUUCCUUGUCCUCCAACCAAGCCAACAAUUGUCAAUUCAACCAAGGACAGUGUCUUUAUUGUCUGGAAACCACCUACGGAUAAUGGAGGUGCUCCUAUCCUUGGAUACAGUGUAGAAUACAGAGACUACAUUGAUAAACCGGAAACAGAAUGGGCUGAAGCUAUUUCUCUUACCAAGAGUUUGGAGUUCACAAUCACUGGACUAAAAACAGAUUCCAAGUAUGAAUUCUGUGUCAGAGCAAUAAACAAAGUUGGAUGCAGUGUGCGCAGCCGCUAUUCCGAUGCCGCUGUGGCAAUAGAAAGAACUGCAGAGCCUUCAUUUAAUGUGGACUUAGAGAUGCGCAAAGUCCUUGUUGUUAAGCACAGCACAGCAUUCACUCUCAAUGUUCCAUUUAAAGGUAAACCUGUUCCAUCAGUUGAAUGGACCAAGGAGGGUACUGAUUUAAAAGUUAGAGGAACAAUCGAUUCAAGUAGCUCCAAUACUUCACUGACCAUUGAAAAGGCAACAAGAAAUGACUCUGGAGAAUAUAGCGUCACAAUUGAAUCAACAUUAGGAAAAGCAACAUUACCCAUGGUCGUAAAGGUGCUCGACUCACCUGGACCCCCCAUCAAUGUCAAUGUUACAUCAGUAACCCGGGACUCUGCAACCCUUACUUGGGAAGCCCCUGAAAAUGACGGUGGCGAGGCAGUGAAAGCGUACCACGUUGAAAAGCGUGAAGCGAGUAAAAAGGCCUGGGUUUCUGUAACAAUCAACUGCCAUGCACUGACCUACAAAGUGGAAGACCUGCAGGAGGGGGCCAUCUAUUACUUCAGAGUUAUUGGAGAAAAUGAAUAUGGCUUGGGUGUACCCCAGGAGGCAAAGGCUGGCACAAAAAUUACAGAGGUACCAAGUGCCCCCACAAAACUAGGAGUAGCAAAUGUUACAAAAGACACUGUAACCAUUGUCUGGACACGACCUGAGUACGAUGGAGGUAGCAGAGUCACUGGUUACCUAAUUGAUGCUCUGGAGAAGGGGCAGACAAAGUGGGUGAAGUGUGCUACAGUGAAGGGCAUGAGCCACACUAUUAAAGGCCUCAGGGAAGGCACAGAAUAUUUCUUCAGAGUGCGAGCAGAAAACCAUGCUGGACUAAGUGAACCUAAAGAGAUGAUUGUUCCGGUUAUCGUCAAGGAACUUCAAGAGGCUCCGGAGUUUGAUCUGAAGAACUACCCCAAGAAUACGGUUUAUGUGAGAGCUGGAUCCAACCUUACCUUUGACAUUCCACUUACUGGGAAGCCAAUGCCAAAGGUGAAUGUGUCCAAGAACAAUGUUGUCAUCAAGGGAUCCAAGAGACUUUUGACAGAAGUUACACCAGAUAGCCUAACUAUCACCCUGAAUGAAAGCAUGUCAAGCGAUGCUGGCAAAUAUGACAUAACAGCCUCAAACCCCAGUGGUGCCACCAAGAUCUUCAUGAACUUCAUUGUACUAGAUAGACCUGGACACCCUGUUGGACCUGUGGAGACUGGAGAAGUCGGAGAAACCACAGUGUACUUAAAAUGGGCUGCUCCAGAGUAUGAUGGUGGCAGUCCUGUUACCAACUACAUUGUCCUCAAGCGGGAAACUAGCACACCUACCUGGUCAGAGGUGUCAAAUAACAUAGCAAGAUGCCAAAUCAAAGCAACUAAGCUGACCAAGGGGGAGGAGUAUCAGUUCAGGAUUAAGGCUCAGAAUCGCUAUGGUGUCAGCGACCACAUUGACAGCAAGCCGGUUAUGAUCAAGCUUCCGUACACUUUCCCUGGACCUCCAUCUACUCCGUGGAUUAGUUUUGUAUCCAAAGAGAGCCUGACUGUCUGCUGGAACGAGCCAGUCAAUGACGGUGGAAAUCCUGUGAUCGGAUAUCAUCUUCAGAUGAAGGAGAGAAGCAGUAUCAUCUGGCAAAAGAUCAAUAAAACAGCAAUACCAGGAAACCAGUGGAGGGUCACCAAUGUCUGCCCUGGUCUUAUCUACGAGUUCAAGGUAGCUGCCGAAAAUGCUGCUGGUAUUGGAAAGAUGAGCAAGGUGUCUGAAGAGGUGCUAGCUAUUGAUGCUUGUGAUCCUCCAGCUAAUGUUCGUGUCACAGAAGUGACCAAGAACUCAGUCAGCUUGUCCUGGCAAAGGCCACCGUAUGAUGGCGGUAGUAAAAUUGCUGGCUACAGUGUGGAGAGAAGGGAGGCGGCCAGUGGCAGAUGGGUGAAGGCUAACUUCACAAACAUCCUUGAAAUGGGCUUCACCGUUUCUGGGCUGUCUCAGAAUGAGUCUUACGAGUUCAGGGUGUAUGCAAAGAAUGCAGUUGGCUCUGGCAGCAAUCCUUCUCUUAUUGCUGGCCCAGUCACGUGCAUUGAUGCUUGUGGUACUCCAGCCAUUGACCUUCCUCCAGAGUAUUUGGACGUGGUUAAGUUCAAGGCUGGAACUUCAGUUAAACUCAAAGUUGGAAUUUUUGGCAAACCUCAGCCAAACAUUGAGUGGCUCAAGAAUGAAAAUGAGCUUGUAUCUUCUUCAUCAUUGUAUGUGGAAAACACAACUGAUUCGUCUGCCAUCCUCAUCAAGGAUACAACUCGCCUCCACUCAGGCUCAUAUGAUAUUAAGAUCAAGAACAUUUUGGGCUCAGCAUCUGCAACAAUCAGGGUUGAAAUUCUUGAUAAACCCGGACCCCCUCCUGGCAGUAUUCUUUUAAACUAUGUUGCAGCAGACAAAAUCACCUUCAGCUGGGAACCUGUAAGUCCGGCUGACAAUGGAGGUUCCAAGGUGACCCACUACAUUGUCCAGAGGCGUGAGACCAGCAGGGUAGUCUGGUCGACCAUUUCAGAGCGACAUGAGCAGACCUUCAUUGCUGUCGGAAAACUGGUUCAAGGAAAUGAAUAUGUAUUCCGCGUAAUGGCUGUUAACAAGUAUGGUUUUGGAGAGCCACUGGAGUCGGAAGCUGUCAUUGCAAAGAAUGCCUUUGUAACUCCAGGGCAGCCGCAUACUCCUGAGGUGAACACCAUCACCAAGACUACUAUGGUCGUAGAAUGGGACAAACCAGGUGUGGAUGGGGGUAGCACAGUUACUGGCUACUACUUGGACAGACGUGACAAGAAGAGUUUGCGCUGGAUCCGAGUUUACAAAGAUCCUAUUGCUGACAUUAAACAGACUGUCUACCAUCUAACCGAGGGAAAUGAAUACCAGUAUCGUGUCUGUGCUAUUAACAAGGCUGGAGAAGGACCCUUCUCAGAUGUAUCCGACUACUACAAAGCUGCAGAUCCAGUUGAUCCACCAAAUGAGCCUUGCAAGCUUAAGGUGAUGGAUUCCACAAAGACCUCUAUAACUUUGGGGUGGUCCAAGCCAGAGUGGGAUGGAGGCAGUGAAGUGACCAGCUACAUGGUGGAGAAACUUACUGAGGGAGAGCAAGACUGGGAAAUGAUUUCUUCAAAGGGAGAGGUCAAGAUGUCCGAAUACACUGUACACGACCUAAAGCCAGAUGUUAACUACUUCUUCAGAGUUUCUGCUGUCAACUGCGCAGGCCGUGGCGAGGCACUGGAGAUGACUGAGCCUGUACAGGCUAAGGAUAUCCUCGAGGAAGCCCAGAUUGACUCAGAUGUGGCCAUGAGAACUCACUAUAUCGUGAAGGCUGGCAAGGAUGUUGAGCUCUCUGUCCCUCUGAAGGGUCGGCCGGCUCCCUCUGCAUCUUGGAGCAAAGGAGACAUAUGCAUUGACAGCAACCCAUCUUAUGAAUUCCACCACUCAGACACAGCCACUGUUCUUGUUAUGCGUGAAGUGACCAAACUCGACACUGCCAAGUAUACAGUCAAAAUUGAGAAUGGUGUGGGAGAGCCCAAGACAAUUUCCUUGUCCAUGAAGGUCCAGGACUCUCCUGGUCCAUGCAGAAACCUGACAUUGAAAGAAGUAACUCGUGGAAAAGUCACACUUUGCUGGGAGCCUCCACUCCUUGAUGGUGGCGCUGAGGUUACCAAUUACAUUGUUGAGAAGAGGGACUCUUCCAAAAGAUCCUACUUUGCAGUGACAAGCAAAUGCACUGACACAUCAUAUACUAUUGAAGAUCUCUCUGAAAAGGCAUCCUUCUUUUUCCGUGUUCUAGCAGAGAAUGAGAACGGUGCUGGUGAACCAUGUGAAACACUUGAACCAGUGAAGGCCGCAGAGACCCCUGGACCAGUUAAAGAUGUUUCUAUGAAGGAUUCCUCUAAAACCUCCGUCACUCUGCAGUGGCUAAAGCCUGAUUAUGAUGGUGGCAGUAUCAUAUUGGACUACAUAAUUGAAAAGAAAGCAGUAGAUGGGGAAUGGGCUCUGGGAGGAACGACCCGACAAUGUGAGUUUGAGGUCACAAAACUAAAAGAGCACUCAGACAUGUUCUUCAGAGUUGCUGCUCGAAAUGACAAGGGUCAGGGCGACUUUGUGAAGAUAGGAUCUAUCAAGGUGAUUGACUACAUUAUCACACCUGAAGCAAGCCUUGCAGACUACCCAGAUGGAAGAAUUUGUGUUCGUUUAGGACAUAAUGUCCACAUUGAGCUGCCAUACAGAGGUAAACCUAAGCCAUCAAUCAUAUGGCUCAAGGACAACCUUCCUCUGAAGGAGAGUGAUCAAAUUCGCUUCAAGAAGACAGAGAACAAAGCCACUCUUAUGAUAAGGAAUGUGAAGAAAGAGAAUGAGGGUAAAUUUACACUAACUCUUGACAACAAAAUCAACAGAAAGUCCUUCCAUAUCUAUGUCAUUACACUCGGACCCCCAUCAAAGCCCGUUGGACCUAUCCGUCUUGAUGAAGUAAGAGCAGAAAGCAUCAUGAUGUCAUGGGAUGAGCCUAAUGAUGACGGUGGGGGAGACAUCAACUGUUAUACUAUGGAGAAGCGUGACACUACUCAGUCUGAUUGGAAGAUGGCUUGUUCCAGUGUGGCGGGAACUCAGUUCAAAGUGUCUAACCUGAUCAAGGGUGUCCAGUAUCAGUUCAGAGUCUGUGCUGAGAACAGGUAUGGUGUCAGUGAGCCUCUGGUAUCACAGAUGGUAAUUGCCAAGCACCAGUUCAGACCUCCUGGCCCACCAGGCAAGCCAGUUGUGUAUAAUAUCACCAACGAUGGCAUGACAAUCCAGUGGGAACAGCCAAUCUAUGAUGGUGGUACCCCCAUCCAGGGUUUCCAUGUGGACAAGAGGGAAAAUAACAGCAUCAUGUGGCAAAAGGUGAACAUGAUGCUGAUCAAAGAAACCGAAUACCGAAUUUUGGGAUUAAUUGAAGGCCUUGAGUACUCGUUCAGAGUGUGCGCACAGAAUGAUGCUGGCUACGGCCGACUGAGUGACAGCAGCAAGCCAGUAAUGGCCGUCAGCCCUGUUGAUCCUCCUGGCCAGCCUGACUACACUGAUGUGACAAGUGACUCAAUAACGCUAAAAUGGGACGCACCAAAACGUGAUGGAGGUAGCAAGAUUACUAGCUACACCAUUGAGAAACGACAAGGAGAAGGGCGCUGGUUCAAGGCUAACUUGACUGAUGUUCAUGACUGCCAGUAUACUGUGCCUGGUUUGUCUAUGAAUGAGCGCUAUGAGUUCCGAGUGAUUGCUAGGAAUGCCAUUGGUGUGGUCAGCCCACCUUCCAACUCGUCGGGUUUGAUCGUGGUCAGAAGUGAGAAUGCUUCUCCCCGUAUUGAAUUUGGUGGAGAGUAUUUCGAUGGUUUGACUGUUAAAGCGGGUGACAACAUUAGAGUGAAGGUGGCCAUCACUGGACGACCUGUUCCCAAAGUGGUCUGGUACAAAGACAGUGUGGAAAUCACCAAAAAGAUGAUGGAUAUUGUCAACGUAGCUGGAUACAGCACUCUAUUUGUCAGAGAUGCUGACCGUACUCACCGCGGCCUCUACACCGUUGAAGCUAUCAAUGGAUCUGGCAGCAAAAAGCAGACUCUCCUGGUUCAAGUUCAAGACACACCUGGGGAACCAGUAGGACCCAUCACUUUCAGCAACAUCUCAGAGGGUCGGUGCACUCUGUCCUGGAACGCACCAGAGAAUGAUGGUUGCUCAGAAAUUUCACAUUAUAUCAUCGAGAAGCGUGAAACAUCCAAGAUCUCCUGGGCAUUAGUGUCAGAGGAAUGUCAGGAGUGCAGUUUCACUGCAACCAAACUGAUCAAAACCAAUGAGUACCAGUUCAGGGUGUCAGCUGUAAACAAGUUUGGUGCUGGCAGGCCGUUGGAAUCCGCCCCAAUUAUUGCACAGCUUCAAUAUACUACUCCCGAUUCCCCGGGCACUCCUGACGCCACUGAGACGAAGGGAGAGAGCAUAACUCUGGCCUGGACUCCUCCAGAAUCUGAUGGUGGAAACCCCAUUCAAUACUAUAUUGUGGAAAAGCGAGAGAAGAAAACAGUUCGGUUCUACAAGGUGCUUUCAAAGAAACCCAUCACUGAAUGUGGUCACAAAGUUGUCAGCCUCAUUGAGGACAUGGAAUAUGAGUUCCGGGUCAUGGCUGUUAAUGAUGCUGGUGUUGGAGCAACCAGUAAUAUCUCCAUUCCCAUUAAAGCUGUUGAGCCAAAGGAUAUACCAUGUGCUCCAUCUGUGGUCUGCGUGUCAGACUCCACUAAUACCUCCAUCAGCCUGGAAUGGACGAAGCCUGCAGAUGACGGAGGAUCUGAGAUACUGGGCUACAUUGUUGAAAUGGUUAGGGGCAAUGAAACUGACUGGAAUAGAGUACAUGAAGAGCUGGUGGCAGACACAACAUAUACAGCGACUCUUCUACAUACUGGGGCUGAAUACAAGUUCCGUGUAGCAGCUGUAAAUCUUGUCGGAAGAGGUGAGGACAGGGAAACUCUAGAACCUGCUCAGGCCAUUGAUAGAUUAGCACCACCACAGGUGGAUAUUGAUGCCAACUUCAAGCAGACGCACAUUGUCAAGGCAGGAGGUUCAGUGAUAUUAGGUGUCCAAUAUAGGGGAAAGCCUAUACCCACCGCCACCUGGGUGAAAGAAGAAGGAGAACUAAGUGUCAUGUCAGAAGUUUCAACCUCGGAGGGGAGCAGUACUCUACUUAUGGAAAAUUGCACCAGAAAUGAUACCGGUAAAUACACAGUUAACCUGGAAAACAGCAGCGGUAGCAAGGCUAUCACUUUCACUGUGAAAGUCAUGGACACUCCUGGGGCUCCUCAGGAUGUAGGCUUCCAGGAGGUGUCCAGAGGCUCAGUUACACUUACAUGGGAGCCGCCACUUAAUGAUGGUGGAGCACGAAUCCACCACUAUAUUGUUGAAAGACGUGAGGCAAGCCGUCGCACAUGGCAGCAGUCUGGGGGAAAGUGCACUCAGGGUAUUAUGAAGAUUCAGGACCUGCUGGAGGGGGUACCAUACUUCUUUAGGGUAUCUGCAGAGAACCAGCAUGGUGUCGGUGAAGCUUUCGAGACAACAGAGCCUGUCAUUGCCACUGCUGAGCCAGCAUCUCCAAAGAGAUUGGAUAUUGUCGACACCACAGACAGUUCCGUGUCACUGAGCUGGCUAAAACCAGAGCAUGAUGGUGGUAGCCGUAUCCAAUGUUAUAUCAUUGAGGCAAAUCCAAGCGGAACAGGUAAAUGGGUAGUGGUUGGCAACACCAAGAAUCUCUCCUAUGUGAUUGAAAAACUCAACAAGGGUGAUGAGUAUCACUUCCGUGUGAGGGCAAAGAAUGAGUCUGGCCUCAGCACACCCAGGGAAACCUUUACACCGGUCUUGGUAAAAGAGCCUCAUAUUGAACCUGCAGCUGAUCUCAGUGAGAUUCCGAACCAGAUGAUCACAUGCAACUCUGGCAGAACAUUUACUAUCGAUGUUCCGAUUAGUGGGAGACCUGCUCCCAUAGCCUGGAGGCUGGAGGAGAUGAAGCUGAAGAACUCAGAAAGAGUUUCCAUUACAGUAACUAAAGAAAGAACAAGCAUAUCAGUCAAGGAUGCCAUGAGGGGUGAUGGUGGUAAAUACUACCUGACUCUGGAGAAUGUCACCGGAAGCAAGACAUUUAAUAUCGAAGUAAAUGUUACAGGUAGACCCAGUCCACCAAUGGGGCCUGUUGAAAUCACAAAUAUCACCUCUCAGUCUUGUGUUGUUAACUGGGAUGCGCCGGAGGAUAAUGGUGGAACUGACAUUACCAACUAUAUUCUGGAGAAGCGUGAAUCUGGUUCGUCUGCCUGGCAGCUUAUCAACUCCAGUGUGAAGCGCACGUCACUCCACGUUAGUCAUCUGACCAAGUACAUGCAGUACACCUUCAGGGUCUCUGCUGAAAACCGAUUUGGCGUUAGCAAGCCUACUGAGUCUGAACUCGUUGCAGAGCAUCCUUACACACCUGCUGGACCACCAACAAGGCCAUCUGUCUUCAAUGUCUCUUCCAACACAAUGACGUUGAAAUGGGAGGAGCCUUACCAUGAUGGUGGCAGCAAGGUGACAGGCUACUGGAUUGAGAAGAAGGAGAGAAAUAAUAUUCUCUGGGUAAGGGAAAACAAGAUCCCAUGCUUUGAGUGUUUUUACAAGGAAGGCCUUGUUGAAGGUCUAGAGUACCAGUUUCGAGUUUAUGCCAUGAACAGUGCUGGUCUGAGCAAAGCCAGUGAAGCCUCUAAAGGAGCAGUUGCCCAAAACCCUGUUGAUCCACCGUGUAAGCCAGAAGUGACAAAUGUAACCAGAACUACAGUGUCGCUCAAAUGGUUGUCUCCACUUAAUGAUGGUGGCAGUCCAAUUGUGGGUUACAUUAUUGAACGUAAACCAUACACUCCAACUGGUGAGGGCCGAUGGCUAAAGUGUAACUACACAAAUGUGAUAGACACGUUCUAUACUGUUACUGCCCUGGGAGAAGGAGAACCCUACGAGUUCAGAAUCAUUGCAAAGAAUGCUAACCAGGUCUUCAGCACCCCAUCCGUUUCCACUGGCUCUGUGCAGUGCAAAACAGACUUUGGGCCCAGCUGGACGGCAAAACUCUUGUCUGAAGUUGUUAUGGUGAGAGCUGGUUCAGAUCUGGUCCUGGACGCCGCAGUGGGCGGCAGGCCUGAUCCCAAAGCAUCCUGGUCCAAAGGCAACAGGGAGCUGGAGCUGUGUGAAAAAUACCACCUGCAAUACACAACCAAUCGGGCUAUGGCCAUCAUCAAGUUCUGUGACAGAGAUGAUACCGGAAAAUACAUUCUCACGGUCAGGAAUGUUAGUGGAACCAAGACUGUUGAGGUCAAUGUCAAAGUGCUUGACACUCCUGGACCAUGUGACGGCAGCAUUGAGAUCAGCAAGAUUACUGAGGAUUCCUGCACUCUACGUUGGAGUCCUCCUUUGGAGGAUGGGGGUGAUGACAUCUCUCACUACCUUGUAGAGAGGAGAGACACCAACAGACUCAGCUGGGUCAUCAUGCAUACCGAGUGCAAGCAACUGACCUGUAACAUCACCGCACUGUUCAAGAACACAGAAUACCUGUUCAGAGUCCGAGGAGUCAACAAGUAUGGAGCUGGAGUCCUUCUGCAGUCAGAGCCUAUGGUUGCCAGAAACACUUUCACUGUUCCAACUCCACCGGGUGCGCCUGAGAUCCUAACGUCCGGAAAAGACUUUGCAACCAUUGAGUGGCUAAAGCCUGAGAGUGAUGGCGGCAGUCCGUUGAUCCACUAUCUUGUCGAGAGGCGGGAGAAGAAGAGUGCCCGCUGGGUGAAGGUGAACAGGACUGGAGCACACCUUGACACAACGUUGAAGGUGUCUGGAUUGACGGAAGGCAACAUUUACCAGUUCAGGGUAGUGGCAAUCAAUAAGGCUGGAGAGAGUGAACCCAGUGAGGUGUCACUGUAUGUGGUCUGCAGAGUCCCCACAGGCACCCCCGCACCACCCUCUGUUCCUCGCAUCACUGACACCCAUGCUGACAGCAUUAGCCUGGCCUGGUCUCGCCCUGUGGAAGAUGGUGGAGCUGAUGUGAUUGGCUAUUUACUGGAAAUGCAGGAAGCUGGAACAGAGGAGUGGAAGAAGGCCCACGAGAAGACACUGCGUGCUGCAGAAUGUGUGGUGACUGGACUUUGCUCAGGCAAUAAGUACCAAUUUAGAGUGGCCGGUAUCAACUUCAAUGGCACUGGAGACUUCAGUGAGCCAUGUGCUGAAACUGAACCUGUGGAGAGAAUUGAAAUACCGGACUUUGAGCUCCAUGAUGACCUGAAGAAGACCAUAUGCCUGCGUGCUGGUGGUUCUCUGCGCCUGUUUGUGAAUAUUAGUGGUCGUCCUGCUCCGACAAUCACUUGGAGCAAACCAGGAGUUGACCUCAACAACCGGGGCUUUAUAGAGGUCACUCACAAGUCAACUACUCUCAUUAUCGAUAAGGUCCAUCGCUAUGAUGCUGGAAAAUACACACUGGUGGCCGAGAAUUGUGCUGGAAAACAAGAAGUCCAUAUUCUGGUCAAAGUUUAUGACACACCAGGACCAACAGGACCCAUCAAGAUAAAGGAACUGACCAAAGAAUCAGCCACCAUCUCUUGGGAUGCUCCAAUCGUGGACGGUGGUGCUCCUGUCAACAAUUAUAUUAUUGAGAGACGUGAAGCCUCCAUGAGAGCCUACAAAACUGUCACUUCCAAGUGCAGUAAGACAUCCUACAAGAUUGAUGGCCUGAUGGAGGGCAUGCUAUACUACUUCAGAGUUCUUCCUGAAAACAUUUAUGGUAUGGGGGAAUCCCGCGAAACACCGGAUGUCAUCCUGGUUUGCGAGGUACCUCUGCCACCACGCAACCUGCAGGUGAUUGACAUCACCAAGAGCACAGUCUCGUUGAGCUGGGAUAAGCCUGAGCAUGACGGAGGUAGCAGACUGAUCGGCUACUUGAUAGAGGCCUGCAAAUUUGGUACUGACAAAUGGAUGAAGGUGGCCUCCCUGAAGUUAACCGACUUUGAGCACACUAUUGAAAAGCUAAAUGAGAAAGAACAGUACUUUUUCAGAGUCAAAGCAAUCAACAGUCGUGGUGCCAGUGAAGCAAAGGAGCUUGUUGCACCUGUAACCGUGCAAGAACAAAGAGUGAUGCCUGCAGUGGAUUUCUCCAGGCUUCCCCAAAAAGCUGUUAAUGUUUUGGCCGGUAGGACCCUGGAACUGGAACUGCCACUAAUAGGCAGGCCUCCCCCUACCUGCUUGUGGUACUUUGGUGACAACAGAUUAAAAAUCACUGACCGUGUCAAGAUCCAGAGCACUGGCAAAGUUUCCAAGCUGACCGUGUCAGACACGACCAUUGACGACACUGGCAAUUAUACCCUGGAGGUGAAGAACACGGUCGGUGUAAUCGCUGAGGUCAUCAAGGUCGUCGUUCUCUCCAAACCUGAUGAGCCUAAUGGACCAAUCCGAUUUGAUGAGAUCGAUGCAACCUCAGUCAUCUGCAGCUGGGAUCCUCCGGCUAGGGAUGGUGGAGCUCCCAUUAGUGGCUUUGUAGUGGAGCAACGAGAUGCCCACAGACCAGGCUGGGUGCCGGUCUGUGACCAUGUCAGUCGACCCACCUUCAAAUUUGAGAACCUGAUUGAGGGAGACGAGUAUGUCUUCCGUGCGGCUGCUGUGAAUCGCUACGGCACCGGAGAAUUUUUGCAAUCCGAGAUUGUCACCUGCAGAAGCUUGAGAAAUGUGUCUGGACCUCCAGGCCGACCGACCAUUUUUGAUAUUUCACGUGAUGGCAUGACAGUAGCCUGGAACCCACCAGAAGAGGAUGGUGGGCUUGAGGUUUCUGGUUACAUCAUUGAGCGCAAAGAAGUCAGGUCUGACAGAUGGGUCCGUGCCAACAAGAACCCCAUCACCAUGACUAGAUACCGGUCAACAGAGCUGAUUGAAGGUCUGGAGUACGAGCAUAGAAUCCUCGCCAUCAAUGCCCGUGGAAUGAGCAAACCAAGUCUGCCUUCGAAACCAGCUGUGGCAUCAGAUCCCAUUGAUCCACCUGGUUGCCCUCAGAACCCACGGAUUACUGAAACCACUAAGUCGACUGUGUCACUGGCUUGGAGUCCCCCUGAUGAUGAGGGAGAUGCCAGGGUAGACGGGUACCUAAUUGAGAUGCAGAAGGUGGGCACUAUGGCUUGGCUCAAGUGUAACACCACACCCUCCCUGAUCUGUGAGUACACAUUGACCAACAUGCCACAAGGAGAGGAGUUCAAAUUCCGAGUUAUGGCCUGCAAUGUUGGUGGCUCUGGCGAGCCUGCUGAAGUGCCUCAAACUGUCACCAUCACAGAGAUGUUUGAAUCUCCAGAUUAUGAACUUGAGCUAAAAUACAAAGACGUGUAUGUGGUUCGUCAUGGUGGCGUGGUCCGACUCUCUGUCCCCAUCAAGGGUAAACCUCACCCAACUUGUUCGUGGUCAAAGGACAGUGAGUCACUGUCAACCAACGCAAUGGUUGCCUCCACUGAAGAUACCAGUGAACUAGUGAUCAAAGGAGCAGAGAGAAGUGACUCUGGUCUGUAUGAGCUCCUUCUCGAAAACAAAGUUGGCAAGAAAAAGGCCCAAAUUAAGGUGAAUGUCAUCGGCCGUCCAAGUGCUCCAACCGGACCAUUAAUGUUUGAGGAAGUCCAGGCCAACUCUGCUAAGGUCUCCUGGAACGUUCCCACUGACAACGGCGGUACAGAAAUCCUUGGUUACAUUGUUGAAAGAAGAGAAGUUACCAGAAAUGCAUGGUUUACCGUGGACAGCAGAGUGACUGAUAACCACUUGACAGUAAAGAGCCUAAAGGAAGGAACAGAAUACCACUUUAAGGUUACUGCAGAGAACUCUUUUGGUAUCGGCCCGUCUCUGAAAUCAGAGCACCCACUGGUGCCCAAGACUAUGCUUUGUCCACCAGAGCCUUCAAGCAUGCCACCAGAGAUCAUGGAUGUUACCAAGAACUCUGUCGCAUUGGCAUGGUCCAGACCAAAGGACGACGGGGGUUCUUCCAUCACAGGCUACUUUGUUGAGUACAAACAAUCGUCCGCAGAACAAUGGAGCCGCCACCACACUAAGAUUUCCUCCACCAUGUUUACUCUGUCUGGACUCACGGCUGAUACGGAGUAUCAUUUCCGUGUUGUUGCUGUCAAUGACAUUGGCGAGAGUGAGGCUGGAACUGUGUCAGACCCAGUGAUGUGCAAGGAUCCAUUUGAUAAGCCCAGCCAGCCAGGCGAAAUUGAUACGGCAAGUGUGACUAAUAACUUGAUCACUAUUCGCUGGCAAGCCCCAGAGUGUGAUGGUGGAAAGGAAGUCCUGGGCUAUUGGGUGGAGUACAGGAAGUCCACUGAGAGCACCUGGAUGAAAUGCAACAAGCAGAGGCUGAAAGAGAGAGAGUUCACCAUGCGUGGACUGGCUGAAGCUACCGAAUAUGAGUUCAGAGUAUUUGCUGAGAACGAUACUGGAAUGAGCAGACCUUGCCGAACUGCCACUUGUAUAAAGACUAAACUAAGUGUUGAAACAAAACCAAGCCUGAGAAAGGAAAUGGAUGAAGUAACAGCCAAGCUUGGACAGUCUGCUGUCAUGAAGUGCCAAAUUAUCGGCAGGCCUGUUCCUGACAUCAAGUGGUAUCACGCAGGCAAAGAGAUUGUCGAGUCCCGUAAAUAUGAAAUAAGCUCUGACGGGCGUAACCACUCCCUAUCCAUUAUGACUGACCAACAAGAGGAUGAGGGCGAGUAUACCUGUAAGGCUACCAAUGAUGCCGGAGACAUAGAGACCAAAGGUACUCUUGUAUUGGAAGCAGCUCCAUCGUUCCACUCCGACUACCCGUUGAAGAGCACAUAUUAUGCUGGCCUGGGAACAACUCUGCGCAUCCACGCAGUAUACAUUGGACGUCCUGAGCCAAAGAUCAUGUGGCUCCACGAAGCAAAGACCCUGGAGAACGCUGAGGACAUCAGUAUAGAGACCACCGAGCAUUAUACUCAUCUCAUUAUAAAGAAUGUGCAGCGUAGAAUCCAUGGAGGCAAAUACAGGAUUAGACUGCACAAUCACUUUGGCAGGGCGGACACUGCAUUUAAUGUUGAAAUCUAUGACAAACCAGACAUGCCUCAGGGUCCCAUUGUUUUGGAGGCUCUCCUGAAGAACUCUGUCAUCAUCAGCUGGAAGCCACCCAAGGACGACGGAGGCUGUAUGAUUACCAACUACAUUGUGGAGAAGCGAGAGGACAGUGAAGGGAACGAGUGGGAACUGGUGUCAUCAUCCAUCAAUGGCACAUCCUGCCGUGUUCCCAACCUCACCGACAGUGCCGGUUACUACUUCCGUGUGUAUGCCCAGAACCGCUAUGGCAACAGCGAACCACUUGAGCUUACCUCACCUAUCCUCAUCAAGAGUCAACUUGAGAAACCAUCACCACCCCAGGAACUGGCUGUUUCUGGAAUCACCAAAGACUCCUGUGUUGUUUCCUGGAAGCCUCCACUCAGUGAUGGUGGCUCCAAAAUCAAGAGUUAUUGCCUUGAGAAAAAGCAAAAGGAUAAGAGGGAAUGGGGCGAAUGGACACCCGUGACAACAGAUGAGAUCAAACAGACGGUCUUCUCUGUCAAACGUUUGUCCGAGGGUAUAGAAUAUGUCUUCCGGGUUAAAUGUGAGAACCUUGGGGGACAAAGCGACUACAGUGAGGAAAGUGAUUCUAUUGUUCCAGCCACAGCUGUUGAUGUUCGGGCUCCUGCUUUCAAGGAAGAGCUGAGGAACAUGAGUGUCAAACACAAGAGCAAUGCUACACUUGUCUGCAAGAUCACAGGGCAGCCGAAACCUGUGAUUAAAUGGUUCAGACGAGGAAAGGAGAUCCAUUCGGAUGGAAAAAAGAUAAAAAUUCAAGAAUUCAAGGGAGGUUACCACCAACUGGUGAUCGCUGAGGCAGAUGAAGAAGACUCCACUGUGUACCAGAUCAGGGCCACUAACCAAGGAGGUUCAAUCUGUGCUACCAUCUCUCUAGAUGUUGAAAUUCCUGCAAAGAUCAAUCUUCCCAAGAACCUGAAAGACAAAGAAGCGAUUCCUGCCCUGCGUGGAGAAAUGGUCAAUAUUAAGAUUCCUUUUGGUGGAAAACCAGAUCCUGUCAUCACAUGGCAGAAGGGACAAGAUCUUAUUGACAGCAAUGGCCACUACCAGGUUAUCGUCACAAGAUCGUUCACUUCUUUGGUGUUCCCCAACGGGGUGGAGAAGAAGGAUGCUGGCUUCUACAUUGUGUGUGCUAAAAACAGAUUUGGCAUUGAUCAGCAGACAGUUGAGCUGGAUGUGGCUGAUGUGCCUGAUCCUCCACGGGGUGUUAAAGCCAGCGAUGUCUCUCGAGACUCCGUCAGCCUUAACUGGGUGGCUCCAGCUAAUGAUGGUGGCAGCAGAGUUAUCAGUUACAUUAUUGAAAAAGGUUCUACCACUUCCGAGAGGUGGGAACGUGUUGCUCAGUCUCGUGACUGCCGCUACACUGUUAUCAAUCUUUUCGGAGGAACCAGCUAUCAGUUUAGAGUCAUUGCUGAGAGCAAGUUUGGACAAAGUGCCCCAUCUGAAACCAGUGGACCUGUCAUGACAAAAGAGGACAAGUCCAGAAUUCUUCUCUAUGACAGAGAGGUUGAUGAUGCAGGACAUGUACCAAAAGGAAAAUCCCCACACUCAGAUGCAAAGAAUAUGCAUAAAAAAUAUGCUAUUGCAGAAGAACUGGGAAGAGGUCAAUUUAGCAUUGUCCACCGCUGUGUACACAUCAGCUCUGAAAAGACCUACAUGGCUAAAUUUGUCAAAGUGAGAGGUGCAGAUCAGACAAUUGUCAAGAAGGAAAUUGCCACCUUAAACCUGGUUAAACACACAAACUUCCUUCUCCUACACGAGUCCUUUGACAGCCAAGAGGAGCUGGUGAUGAUAUAUGACUUUAUCUCAGGCGUCGACAUAUUUGAGCGUCUCAGCACAGCAGAGUUUGAGCUUAAUGAGCGAGAAAUUGUCAAUUACAUUCGGCAGAUCUGCUCAGCUCUUGAGUUCUUGCAUAAUCAGAGCUAUGGACAUUUUGAUAUCAGGCCUGAGAAUAUUGUGUACUCAACAAGAACUGGCUCAAAUGUAAAAAUCAUUGAGUUGGGACAGUCCAGACACUUGACGCCUGGAGACCAAAUUAAGAUACAGUAUAGCACUGCAGAAUAUGCUGCACCUGAGAUCCACCAAUGUGACUUGAUUAGCACUGUGACUGACAUGUGGUCGGUAGGCGUCCUCACUUACGUGCUCCUCAGUGGACUCAACCCAUUCUCAGCUGAAACCAAUCAGCAGAUGAUCGACAACAUUUCAAACGCAGCAUAUGGCUAUGAUGAUGAGUCCUUCAAGCAGGUCAGCGUUGAAGCAUUAGACUUCACAGAUCGCUUGAUGACAAAGGAACGUAAACAUCGCAUGACUGCUGCUGAGGCUCUGGUGCAUCCAUGGCUGUCCAAGCCCGAAGAUGAGCUGAGCACUAGAACUAUCCAGACUGGCAGACACAAGAGAUAUUACCAGACAAUGUGGAAGAAGGAAUGGAACACUGUGGUGUCUGCAGCUCGCAUGGCCAGCGGUGGCUCAAUCAGGUCCCAGCGUGGUGUGUUCAUUGCCAAGGUGAAGAUUGCUCAGUUUGAACACGGACCACAUGGUGGUCAGAUUGGCCACUCAGUGGCCAGCGAGGGUGAUAGGGUGAAGUUUAUUUGCAACAUUGACAACUAUGACAGCACCACUGAAGUGACCUGGUAUUGUGGUGUCAGGCAACUGGAAUCUUGCGACAAGUACGAAAUUGAUUACGAGGAUGGCCUAGCUGUGAUCACAAUCACUAAAGUCACAAAAUCCGAUGAUGGCACAUAUAGAUGUAAGAUUGUCAACGAGUAUGGCGAGGACAGUGCUUAUGCAGAGUUGUUCGUCAAUGGUGUCAGGUCCUACCGUGACUACUUCACUACACGUGUGGUCAAGAGGACAAAGCGUAGAAUUGACACUGCUAGAAUGCUUCAGAAGCCACCAGAAUUCACCUUCCCUUUGGUUAACCAUACAGCAUACAUUGGAGAAAAAGUACGCUUUGGUGUCACCAUCACGGUUCACCCUGAGCCACGUGUCACCUGGCACAAAUCUGGACAAAAGCUUAUCCCUGGACAGGAUGACAAAAAAUAUACAUUCAUCACUGAUAAAGGCCUGUACCAGAUGAUCAUUCACAGCGCUGAAGUUGAGGACGAUGCCGAAUAUAGCGUUGUGGCUCGCAACAGGUAUGGCGAUGACAGCUGCAAGGCUCGGCUUACUGUGAUUCCUCGACCAAAACCGGCAGACCUCACCCUGAGGCCAAUGUUCAAACGCCUUCUUGCCAACGUCGACUGCAGGGAGGGCCAGAACGUUCGCUUUGAAAUCAGAGUUUCAGGCCAUCCUAUACUGAAGUGGGAAAAAGAUGGUACGCCCAUAGCCUUUGGGCCAUCUAUUGAACUUGUACACGAAGGCUUGGAUUAUUACUUACUUCAUGUGAGAGACACAUUGCCGGAAGACUCUGGUGUGUACAGAGUGACUGCCACAAACUCUGCUGGGUCGGCCAGCUGCCAGGCAACACUCAAAGUGGAACGUGUCACUCAUGUAAAGAAAGAUUACGAGAGCAGCCAAAAGGAUAAGAAAACUGUAUCUCAAAAUGAAGAAUUAGACAAAAAGGUGAGGCUGUAUCAGAUUUUGUCAGACACAGUUGUCAUGCCAUUACCACCUGCAGCAAUCCAGGCUGUCAGGGAGGCAGCCACCAUGUUUAAACCUGCGGUUACAACUAAGACGAGUGAAAAGUCUGCGGCUGUCAUACAGAAAGAACAAGAAGAGAGGAAAAAGCGGGCAGAUGAGAAGAGACUGCGUAUGCCAUACCUUGUGCCCACUCCUCGGGUCAUGAACCAGGCUGUGCUUGAAGAAGACAUGGAAAUUAAACACUUCAAACCGCUCUCAGACAUGAAGUGGUACAAGACGCUCAGGGAUCAGUAUGAAUUCCCAGAGCCCAUGGAGAAAAUUAAACAGAAGAGGAUGAAACGUAUUCGUCUCUCCAGGUGGGAGCAGUUCUAUGAGGUACCUAUCAGAAUCAAAGACCAGUACAAGCUCAAGUGGAAUAUCCCGUCCAUGACUCAAGAUGAUUUGGAGACGGUGAGGCCAGCCAGGUACCGCGCUACUUCCCCAGAAAUUGGGGUCUACCGCAGGAUUAGGAGGCGGUCAUUGGGUGACUUUUCAGAUGAGGAACUGCUGCUGCCGGUCAAUGAGUAUUUGUCAAUGAAGAGAACUGAAGAAGAGAGGCUGCGCCUGGAGGAAGAAUUGGAGCUUGGUUACUCUGCUUCUCCGCCAAGUCUCAGCCCUGUUCGCUUUGAGCUAUCAGCACUUCGCCCCUCAUCACCCAGAAGAGUCUACAGUGAUGAUGAUGAGCCAGAAGCUCUUCAAAGAUAUGAUUCAUACAAAAUACCAUCCAAGUAUGAAGCCGGCUCAAGUUUUGUUGACCUUCAACAGCGUCACAUGAAAGCCACAUAUAAACCCCCCAGAGAGAAGCAAAGAAUGUAUGAAGAGAGAGAAGAUCAGGAGUUGCUGCGACCACACACAACCACUCAGAGAAUCUCCUCCUACAAGAGUGAAAUCAAACGCAUGGAGAUUGAGGAGAAGACUCGAAGUUUGAAAAGAGAAACAUUUUCCACAGUUGCAAAAGUCUCAGAGGGCAUUGAAUCAGAGCAUCUGACAGCUUAUGCUUCUGAAUAUAUUCCAAAACCCAUCGUGAGGCUUCCGAUGCCUGAACCAGAGAGUACAGACCCUCCUCCAGGAAAGGUUGUCAAGACAGAGACCGCUUUGCCCAAAGUCGAUUAUCUGUCCAGGUAUGAGGAGAGGAAGCAGACUCUAAGAUCAGAGCGAAGAUCUGUGGAGAGGAAAUCGGAGGACAUGAAGCAGGCACCUUUUAGCCUCGACCACAUCCCACGAAUUACGAUCCGCAUGCGAUCUCAUCGUGUUGCUUAUGGUUCCAACACAAGAUUUACUCUGAAUGUCCAGGCCAAACCUGAGUCCAAAGUCAAAUGGUUCCACAAUGGUAAAGAGAUUUACCCGGGCAGCAAAUACCACAUGACCAACAUCAGUGGCCUCCUUACGCUUCAGAUCAACAACUGUGUGACUGAAGAUGCAGGAGCAUACUCUGUUGUCUGCAAAAACAUCAAAGGAGAGAUUUCAGACAGUGCUACGUUAGACAUCGCAGCAGCGGAAUACGCUGCCUCGUCUUCUUUUCACCAGGACGAGGAACCUCCAUCCUCUCAUUUUUCAGACAUGACUGAAACAGAGAUAUAUCACAUCUCGUCAGCAGCAGUGAAGGAAACCGUGACUGAAACACUGACAAAAACCGUCACUGUUGUCGCGAAGGAAAAGACAAAGCAUAUUGUUCAAGCAAAGAUCCUGACCAAACCACAAUCUUUGACCGUUGAGGAAGGAGAACUUGCCAGAUUCUCGUGCGGUGUGGAUGGUGAUCCAGCUCCUUUAAUAUUGUGGCUUCAGGAGGGAGCACCUCUGGCUUCAUCGACCCGUCAUCAUAUUGAGUCUACAGAGACCAGCUCCUCUUUGGAGAUUUCUGCUGUGCAAGCAUCCGAUGAAGGAAACUACACUCUAAUUGUGGAAAAUGCUGGCGGUAAACAAGAAGCCCAUUUUACUCUGACCAUCCGUAAGACUGAGCCCAAGCAGAAAGUAGUUGCUGCUCCUAGAGUCACCUCCCCAAAAGCCAAGUCCCCUGAACCUGUGAAAACGCCAAAAAGAAUCAAGUCCCCCGAGCCGAUCAAGUCCCCUCUGCGAGUCAAGUCACCAGUCUCAUCAAAGUCCCCUACCGCAAAAUCUCCGCCUCCAUCCGUCAGGGAAGUUAGCAGUCCAAUCAAAUCACCGCCUCCAUCUGUCAGAGAAGUUAGCAGUCCAAUCAAAUCACCGCCUCCAUCUGUCAGAGAAGUUAGCAGUCCAAUCAAAUCACCGCCUCCAUCUGUCAGGGACGUUAGCAGUCCAAUCAAAUCACCGCCUCCAUCUGUCAGAGAAGUUAGCAGUCCAAUCAAAUCACCGCCUCCAUCUGUCAGGGACGUUAGCAGUCCAAUCAAAUCACCAAAGAGGGUGAUGUCACCAACUGUUGCGAAGAAGUCAGCUUCUUCUGUAGACUUGGAACAGCUCAGUUGUGGCUCGCCACCGCACUUCCUGUUGCAACCUCGAUCCCAAAAUGUAAUUGAAGGACAAACUGUCAAAUUUACCUGUGAGAUUGCAGGUGAGCCUUUCCCAGAUGUGGAGUGGUUUAAAGACAAUUUGACUCUUUCCACCACGUCCAACAUGAGACUGAGUUGCGCCAACAGCGUGUACACUCUGGAAAUAUGUAAAACCACACUUGCAGACAGUGGCAAAUACACCAUAAAAGCCCACAACAACCUUGGUCAGUGUUCGGCCACAUCCUCUCUUCACAUCAUUACUGGUGUUGAUGAAGAAACACAAGAAAUCACAAGCGCUGAACAACGGGCGGACGUUUUCUCGAGUUCUUCCGUUCACAUGAAGGCAGCUACUAUGCAAACCGUCACUUACAGCUCCUCCACUGAGAGCGUGUCUGAGACUAGCAGUCAAAUGAUGCACAUGUCUGCUCAAUCGCAUAUGGAACCCUUCUCUUCUUGCGCCCCAUCGAAGAUAACAGCUCUCCCAGAAAAAAAUUACAUUGAGGUUGGAAAAUCGCUGACAGUACCAUGGGCCUUGUUUAGAGAUCCAGCCCCAUCCGUGCCGUGGCUUCACUCGGGUCGGACCCUUAUCAACAGCGGCGAGCCUGACCACGUGGACAACACAGCUGACAAUUCCACUGCUGCGGUGAAGGAGAACGAUGCCGGUGCAUACACCCUGCACCUUUCCCACGAACUCCAUUCUGACACGGCAACUGUCAACGUUCACACCCGUUCAAUGUAAAAAAAAAAAAUGUAGUUACACCCUCGCCCUUGUUUUCCCUCAUUGCUAAUUUUGUUGGUUGAGUGAAUCAAACAAUUGACCGAUUUUUCUUCUUGUAAAUAUGAACUAUUUUUGUACCAAACAUGACGUUCAUUGAUGCCAAAUUCAAAUCUCAACUUGUUAUAAGAUGUGAUGACACUUUUGCAGUGACAUGUACAUAAUGUAUAUAGCCGGGUUUCACGGUUAUGAGAAAUGUAUGCAUUGUUAUUUAUGACAAUAAUAUAAAGUUAAAGAAGCAAAGCAAAUACGGUUCUACAGGAGAAAGUUCUGCACGGAACGAAUACCCUGUUAAACGGAGAAACUAAACCUUGUGCCUCAACGCUACGUUGACGUCUAAGAUUGCCUCAGCAGGUAGAGCUUCUCCCUGCUGACGUUUACUCAACACGGAAAGCAAACUUGUUUUCGACACGCAUCGCCGUUACGAUUUCCUGCGAGCGUUAAGGCUCCGACUGCUGUUUGUGUCACCCUCACACAAGCAGCACGACGUGGCCUUGUGCUCCAACUGACUAAGUCGUACCAACACUUUGUUUGAUGACCCGGUGAGAGUGCGUGUGGCCUGCGCUCUCACCUUUGAUCCACGUGCGCUGCUUCUGGCACAGAAGGGUCUCUUUGGCUUUCUGUACGUUAACAUCUCCUGGCCGGAAAAAUAGAGAAAGUUUGAGUUGACUCUGCUAUGCAGAAGCGGCGCCAUCUCUCGGAGGAUUGCCUAUUAGCGUGUUUGUGUGUGUUUGUAGCUUCUAGUGGGUUCACUAUGUCCGUUGUUGACUUCUAUGCCACAGUGACUAUCUGUGGCAUGAUUGUUUUUUUCAUUCAUCCUCCUUGAGUUUUUUGUUUUAAUAAAGCAUGAUUUCAGCA